CAGACACACACAGACAGAGAGGGAGGGGGCGGGCUGGCAGAGACUGGGAGAGGGGUUACAGGAUACUUGCAGGGUCCUCUCACUGCAGAACCCUCCCUGUGUGAGUACUCUGCCAGCAGCCUAGAGUGAACCCAGCACAUGCCCCCUCAGUGCCAUCCCAGGGACAGUCCAGCCGGCAUUUAAAGUGACCAUGUCAGGAAGGAGGAAGGUGAGAGCCAGCUCUGCGCUGGGCAGACUGGAGACAUACAAUGUGCCCAGGUAAGGACUAAACAAGAUACUUUUUACGGGUUUGGAAUAAUAAUAUUUGACAUGAUGUUUUCAGAGCUGUUUACUGUUACCAAGUAACGUUACUCAGCGUGCAACACGUAGAGCAGAUACAGAUAAUAUAUACAAUACAGCAAUACUGCUAGAUCUGUACCAACUGGCAGGGACCUGAUAUAUUAUUAUAUUUUACUAAUAGACCUAAUGUACUAUUAUACUGUAUAGACAGGAGUAUUAAAGGACCUGAUAUACUAUUAUACUGUAUAGACAGGAGUGCUAAUGGACCUGAUAUACUAUUAUACUGUAUAGACAGGAGUACUAAUGGACCUGAUAUACUAUUAUACUGUAUAGACAGGAGUACUAAUGGACCUGAUAUACUAUUAUACUGUAUAGACAGGAGUACUAAUGGACCUGAUAUACUAUUAUACUGUAUAGACAGGAGUACUAAUGGACCUGAUAUACUAUUAUACUGUAUAGACAGGAGUACUAAUGGACCUGAUAUACUAUUAUACUGUAUAGACAGGAGUACUAAUGGACCUGAUAUACUAUUAUACUGUAUAGACAGGAGUACUAAUGGACCUGAUAUACUAUUAUACUGUAUAGACAGGAGUACUAAUGGACCUGAUAUACUAUUAUACUGUAUAGACAGGAGUACUAAUGGACCUGAUAUACUAUUAUACUGUAUAGACAGGAGUACUAAUGGACCUGAUAUACUAUUAUACUGUAUAGACAGGAGUACUAAUGGACCUGAUAUACUAUUAUACUGUAUAGACAGGAGUGCUAAAGGACCCAAUAUGCUAUUAUACUGUAUAUACAGGAGUACUAAUGGACCUGAUAUACUAUUAUACUGUAUAUACAGGAGUGCUAAAGGACCCAAUAUGCUAUUAUACUGUAUAGACAGGAGUACUAAUGGACCUGGUAUGCUAUUAUACUGUAUAGACAGGAGUGCUAAAGGACCCAAUAUGCUAUUAUACUGUAUAGACAGGAGUACUAAUGGACCUGAUAUACUAUUAUACUGUAUAGACAGGAGUGCUAAAGGACCCAAUAUGCUAUUAUACUGUAUAGACAGGAGUGCUAAUGGACCUGGUAUGCUAUUAAACUGUAUAGACAGGGGUACUGCUGGACCUGCUGCUCUAUUAUACUGUAUAGACACUGACAGGAGUACUGCAAUAGCUACCCAGUCUCUAGUUUUUAUUACAGUAUUUAGUGUCCAUCCAAAGACAGGAGGUGGGGAAAUAAUGGCUGCACUUUAACCUUUUUAGUAUUGGGAUAAUUUAAAUAACUGAAUAAUGUAAACCAGCUUUAAUGGCAAUUUGAAGCCAGCCAUUUUUGCACACUUUUUAAAAAAAUUAAUCAGGACUGAGGUUUCCAAUUGGGUUAUAUUUAAUCUGCAGCUCAGGUUGGGCAUAGUAAAUCAAGGUUAAAAUAAUAUCUUGCAAUAAUUCACUAACAUAAGCUAUCUGUCACCUGUCACAUGGGAGUAAGAGACAUUUAGCUCUCCUUAGAUUCGCAGGGUCCUUUGUGUCCUUGCUAUAGUCAUAGCUUUGUAAUUUAUUGAUAUUUCACUUUGAACACCUGGCUCCUGUUCCAUCCUGGUUAUCAGGAAUAGUACGCUUGGUUUGUUUUAUUCUUUUAGGAUUCUUGUUCAUGUGUUGAAUUGAAAUCCUUAGAUUUCCACAACAUUUUUCAGCUUGAUGACUUCAUAGGAAAUUUAACUUACAAUGUGUCAGUUAACAGGUAGCUUAAAACUGCUAUAUUGGCAGUUGAGCUUAUUUUUCAACAAAACAGAAUUGUCUUAAAUUACAGAAGCAAAUCCAGGUAAAUCACUGAAUUUGCAUACCAUGUCAUAUAAUGAACUUAAACAGCACAAAUUAUCACGAGUGUUGAGAACAUCUUCCGCACUUUCCUUUCACAUAAAAACCUGUAUACAAGGAUGGGUCGUGUGAGAGUCGAAGUGAAAGAGUUGUUCAAAGGAGAACUAAAGUGUAUGAGACAUGUUGGAUACACUGUUUCAGCAGGCUAAGAAUGUGGUCUCCAAAGUCCCUGGAGCUCUGUGAGGGACUAAGAGAAGAGACAAGAGGAUUUAAGAGGCUGUUCAAAGGACAGCCAUGAUUUCUAAGAGGGUGUAAACAUCAUUUCAGCAGUUUUGGAGUAUGGCGAAGUUGGUUAUAGUUUGUGUAAUCGCAGCUGGUUCCACUAUUUACCACUAUAAGGUCUUAAAGCAUAGAAUUUAGCAGGGCUAUUUAAAAUAUAUAAAUAAUUGAGAAUACAAUAAAAAUAGGGAUUUUAAAAAAUAUUUUAUUUAAUAAAAAUAUAAAUAUAGACAUAUAAAAAUGUAAUAAUCCAUUACAAUAAUUUGUAGCAGAGUUUAUAAGAUUAAACUAAAUGCUUGUGAUCAGUAAUAUAGAAUAAUAUACCCUCUUGAACAUGUCAACAUAUCAGUUAUGAUAAAAUGCAUCCAAAAUUCUCUGUCCUUCUAAUAUCCUCCUGAGACCCAGCUCAUUAACUUGUGUCCUCUGUACUGGACAUUUCGUUCACAGGCAUCUCCUUUUAUUCUUUUGAGCUACUCUAUCAAUCCUUGAUGUAUUGUAAAGAGUGUCACAGCAAGGGUGAAUUAUUAUUAUUAUUAUCUCCAUUUAUAUUGCGCCAACAGAUUCCGUUUCACUUUGCAAUAUUAUGAGAGGGGGGAUUUAACUAUAAAUAGGACAAUUAGAAGAAAACUUACAGGAAGAUAGGUUGAAGAGGGCUCUGCUCAACCGAGCUUACAGUCUACAGUGAAGCAGAGCUGGAGGAGAGAGUAAAGUGCUGCCCUUUAGGAGAGAGCAAGAGACAGGUAUGUGAGGUAGAGAUUACUCUGUGAGGCCUAAAGUUUCCUAAAGCACUUCUUAAACAAUUGAAGACUAGGGAAGAGUCUGAUGGCGGUAGGCAGGCUAUUCCAUAGGAAGGGAGCCACCCGCAAGAAGUCCUGCAAGCGUGAGUUGGGCGUACGGGUGCGAGCAGCGGACAGGAGAAAGUCACGGGCAGAGCGGAGAGACCAAGAAGGGACAUACCUAUGGAUCUGUGAAGUGAUAUAAGAGGGGCUAGAAUUGUUCAGUGCUUUAUAGGUAUGGGUUAGCAUUUUAAAUUGACUCCUAUAGGAUACAGGAAGCCAAUAUAUGGACUUACAGAGGGGUAAGGGGUGAGAGGACCGACUAGAGAGGAAUUAGGACCAAUUAGGAGAGGGUUACAAUAAUCCAUGCAGGAAAUUACUAGAGCAUGGACAAGCACCUUGGUAGCAUCUUGCGUAAGAAAGGGGUGGAUGCAGACUAUGUUUUUAAGAUGGAAUCUACAGGAUUUGGCAACAUACUGGAUGCCAAAAUCAUGUAUGACGCCAAGACAGCGUGCUUGCAAGGAUGGACUUAUGUGGAUAACACUAACUUGAAGGAAGAGCAAAAGAGGAGGAUCAGUAUUAGGAGGAAGAAAGACAAGGAGCUCAGUUUUAGAGCGAUUGAGUUUCAGAAAGCAGGAGGACAUCCAGUCAGAGAUGGAAGAAAGGCAAGCAGUGAUGCAUUGCAGGACGGUAGGGGAGAAGUCUGGGGAGGAGAGAUAUAACUGGGUGUCAUCAGGUGGUGUGGAAUCCAAAUGAGGUAAUAAGUUUGCCAAGAGAGGCAGAAUAAAGAGAAAAUAGAAGGGGACUUCAACCGAGACAGGACGAGGGGAGGAGGUAUCAUUAGAAAAGGAGACACUGAAUGAGCAUUGGGAGAGAUAAGAGGAAAACCACAAAAGGACAGAGUCAUAGAGACUGAGUAAUUGAAGAGUUUGAAGAAGGAGAGCAUGAUCAACGGUGUCAAAGACAGCAGAGAGGUCAAGAAGAAUUAGUAAGGAGUAGUGGCCUUUGGAUUUAGCUGCAAUUAGGUCAUUAGUAACUUUGAUAAGAGCAGUCUCAGUAGAGUGGAGAGGGAAGAAGCCAGAUUGAAGAGGGUCAAGGUUAGAGUUGGAAUUGAGGAAGUGAGACAUACGGGUAAACAAGUUUUUCGAGAAGCUUUAAGGAAAAAGGGAGCAUAGAUAUGGGACGAUAGUUAGAGGGGGAGGACAGGUCAAGAGAUGAUUUCUUCAGGAUAGGUACUACAGUGGCAUGUUUAAGGUCAGCAGGGACAAUGCCAGAAGAGAAAGAGCAGCUGAAGAUGUGUGUUAAGGAAGGCACAAGACAGUGGGAGAGAGAUCUGAUAAGGUGAGAUGGGACAGGAUCAAGUGGUGGGGCGAGUGGAAAGGAGAAGCUCUGCCACCUCUUGUUCAGUAGCCGGGGAGAAAGUCUGAAGGCUAGGAAAGGCAUGAUCAACGUGUGGUUGAGAAAGAGAAUGGCAAGGUGGGGAGAAUUCUUUCCUUAGCUGUUUAAACUUGUCAGUAAAGUAGCAUGCAAAGCCAUCUGCUGUAAGGUUAGUCUGGAGGGUGGCCACAGCAGGGCGAAAAAGAGAGUUAAAGGUGUCAAAGAGUUGCCUGGGAUUGUGGGAGCAUGAACUAAUGAGAGAGGAAAAGUAUGACUGUUUGGAGAGGGCAAGGGCUGCACUGUAUGAACACAAUAUGAAUUUAUAAUGGCGAUAGUCUGCCAGGGUGCAAGACUUCCUCCAGGAGCAUUCAGCACAACGGGAGCAUCUUUGCAGGUAGCGUGUUGAUUUAGUAUGCCACUGUUGGGGCCUGUCCUCUUUAAGGUGCAUGUUUGGAGCGGGGCUGCAGCAUUCAAGCAGAGUUGAGGGUAGUGUUAUAUGUGGAGAUGGCCAGUGAGGGACAGGAGAGGGAAGGGAUGGAUAGCAGUUGUGAAUCAAUAUCAGCUGACAGCUGAUAUUCAAUAGAAUUAAGGUUCCUCCUGAGUUGAAAGGGGUUAGGCUGAGGUUGGGUGAGGGGGUACUUGAGAGCAAACGAUAAGAGGUGGUGAUCAGAGAGAGGAAAUGGAGUGUUGCAGAUAUUAGAUACUGUACAUGCAUAAGAGAAAAUGAGGUUGAGGAUAUUGCCAGCUACAUGGGUGGGAUAAUUAGCACUCUGCAAUAGCCUGAGGGAGGAAGUAAUCAAAAGUAGUUUAGAGGCUGUUGAGGUCAAAGGUGGGUUAAUGGGAAUAUUGAAGUCCCCGAAAAUUUGGUAUGGAAUAUUAGAAGAGAGGAAGUAACUCAUUAUUGCACUAUGGAAUAUUGUCCUUUAAUGUAAUUUUUGUAGUGCAUAGAUAAUCUGCUUGCCUGGUAGAGGUGGUACUGUCAGUGUCAAAAUAAGUUAAUUUGAUUGUGUGGAAGGUUUAUAGCCUUAAUUCCUUUUGAAGCUGGGACCCCCACAGAGGUCAGAUGACAGAAGGGGUAAUGUAAAUUGCAUAGGAAUGUGAAAGCUGCAAGGUAUGAGAUUCUACACGUGAAAAGCUUGAAUGUCUGACUUCAGUCAUAUGUCCUGUACCUCUUAAUUGAUGAGUCAAUCUCUUUGAUUUGCUAAUUGAUUUUAACCUUGUUCCAGUAUCAUAGGGGAAGGAAUUGUGAUGUCUGCCAUAUUGGGUCGCAAGUACGCUGUACAACAUCGAUAGAAUGGAAAAAUAAUAACAAAUUUGUAGAUGCAAUUAUUAUUUCUAUGGCAGGUACAUAAGAGAAGAUAGAACCAAAUGUUUCCAUUUGGAUUGAUAUUGGUCUGGAACACAAGGGGGUGGUCACUCAUUAUCUCUAUAGAUACGCCUUAACUCCACCUCUAGACCAGGCAUGGUAAUCCACAGGGUAUAUCCAAUAUCCAAUGAUACUGAAAUGUCUUGGUACUUGCUCUGGGCCAGAAUCUAAUUCUAAGUGAGCCACCAUCUUUCCUACCAGAGACCCCCUGGGGCAGAAGUAUUUACUUUGAAGAGCUGAGUAAGUGAUUAGGACUUUCUGUUAUUUUAUCCCUUUUGUUUUUAUCAGUUGUUGGUGUAAAUAAUUUUGAUUGUCAUCUAUAUUUUUGUAUGCACUGUGACUAUUUUUUUCUCAUAAUAAAUAUUCCUUUAUUAAGUUCUGCCUUUGUCUGGUAAAGCAUCACGUUACCUGAAGAGACUAAUUAGUAUUUUGUAAUUACAUAGAUAUUGUGCUAAGUUACAUUUGGUAGUUUUUAUUAUUGAUUUAUAUGGGGGACCAAGGUGUUAUGGACAGAUGAAUUAAAAUAAAAUGGCUAUUUACUAAUGUCUAUUUAUUCUGUGUACGCUAUGUUAAAACUGGCUGCUAGAGUAAAUAUUCCCUUCCCCCCCUACAAUGUGUUCAGUUGCUGUUUCCUCUGUAAAUUCCUCACAUCCUGCUAAGCAUCCCCCUUCCCAUCAAGCAAACCUCGUGUAACCAAAAUUCCUGUGUUAACAGCUUCCUUUACUAACUCCUCCCCCACUUCCUUUGUGCCAGUUACCAGCUAUAUGCCACGUGUAACAAAAUGGAGAAUCACUGUUAAAGUAACUGAAAGAGACUACUCACUCCCCCUGUCAUCGUGUAUGCAGGAGCUGGAAUAUAGGCGGGAGAAGUCUGUAAUGACGACACUACAUCCUGUAGGGGGGGUUUAGACAAGACCCCUUAGACUGUUAACCAAUUGUUGAAUGUAUACUGUAUGUUUAAACUGUGACGUAUUUUUGCUUUAAGAAGGAGCCCCCACUCCGGGGAAUAAAGCAUUCCUUGGUUUUUCACUGAUCAGAAACUUUGUCUCCGGUGUGAAUUACUUCUAGGGAAAGCAUGCACACAUUAAUUAAUCAAUUUGGAAGGAGUAGAUAGACAAAUAAUCAAAGUUUUCUUUGAUCCAAAACAAAGGCACCCCAUUUAUAAAUUGUCUUGGUGGUGGCAGCGUUAAAAUAGUAAUAGUUAUAUUAUUAUGUUUAAGUGUGGGUGGUGUUAAUGGGGAUUUUGUCAUUAUUUCCGGUCUAGUGCAGACAAAUAGUCAACUAUGUCACGCACACUCUUGAAGUAGGGUGCGUUCGUGACAAAGAGGACAUCCUGUACUUUCCAGUGAUAUGUCAUGUAAUAAGCUCGGAUGCUGGGAACUUCCUCCUCCUUUUCACCAAAAAUGGAUGGCACAUUGGAAGGCAAUUUUUUCUUUGGUUCCUGGGAGGAUAUUGAAAUAAAUACAUAUAUGUAUACCUUAGAUUUUAAAUUAGGUAAUGUUAGGAACUACCUUAACUUGGGAAAGAUAUAAGGUCAUGAGCAUUAAAUGACAUUGCCUUGACUUGGUCACCUCACAUGGGAACAUCCUAAACAGUCUAUUGUCAUGACCUUAUCUAUGUUUAGACUAAAAUGUAAGGGUACACAAACAUAGGCAAUGCUUGAUUUGUUCUUACAUUAACCUAGGACAAAAUGGCAUCCUAAAUUCUAAACACCAUAUUCAAUGAAAAUGGGUAAGAGGUCAUUUAUUAAAGAAACAUUGAAUGAAAUACAAUAUUUCCUUCUCUAACAAAUUGUCAGUUUGCAAAAUCUGUACACAGUUUAAGAAAUACAACUUUUCAUUCUAAUAACUUGUAAUAUUUGCAUAUGUCCAUAACAGUGGCAAAAUCAAGAAUCACCAGGUCUCUUUGGCAUUUAAUGAAGGUGACUUGAUAUGUGAUCAUUUGCUUAUUCAGACAUCACCAGGGGCUUUAGCACAAGGUUACAUUUUAUGACCGUUCACCCUAAUUUGUUUUUUUUAAACUUUACGUCAAGCAUAAUUAUAUAAUUUCUAAUUAUAUAGCUGAGAGGAUCAGUAGAAAAAGGCACUUGGAGCUUUUAAGAAGACUUGGGGCUAACAAUGAGGAAGUGCUCUAAUUAGACUGGGGACUUUACAGGAGCCAACUCUAGAUUGUAAGCUUGUUUGAGCAGGGUCCUCAUAAAUCUAUUGUUCCUGUGAAAUUAUGUAAUUGUCUAAUUUAUCAUAAAAAUGUCACCCUUGUAGUAAGUUGCCAUUAUAUAAAUGUCAAUAAACAAUAGUAAUAACUUGGGCGCUUCAGCCCAGGCCAACCCUUCCCUUGCAAUGCAUGUAAGUGUUCACACAAAUAUACAUUUUAUGCAGUAGUAAUUCUAUCACAAGGCAUAGAACAUUGUUUUAUUGAUGGUAAGACGAUACGUGUUUUUUAUCCGAGUUAUCAGGCUUAUUUCUUGUUGCUGCGUGUCACUGGUAUACAGUUUCUUAUAAUAAUGAUGUAUAUUAAUAACUGCAUUAUGUUUUAUUUGCAGUCUUUUUAGUGAACUAAGACAAACAACAGUAAAAACUCAGCCAAUCCAUCAACGAGCAAAAACAGCAGGGGGAGCCCCUAGGGUCCGGACACAAUCUAAUACUAUUUACUUUGAAGAAUCUGAAGAAGAAGAAGAUCAAAUCCCUCCAGAAUGGCUGGAGAAGGAGCUAAUCAGGAGACAGCAGAGAAGACAUUCUUUAGGGCUACUAGAGAAUUUAACACAAAAGGAAAAUCUACAAAACAACUCAGAUCCAACCAGAAACCUCAGAAAAGAGAAGGUAACAGUAUGCAGUAUAAUGGCAGUAAUAGCGGCUAUGCUUGGGUUACAUAUCACCUUCCUGGUAAAAUAUUUUAGAAAUAAAUUAUCUAUUAUUAUUAUGUAAAGUGAAUUUAACCCCUUAACGACCGCAGACUAAUGCAAUAAAAUAAUCAAAUUAAUAUAUUAUAUAGUCAUUAAAGCAUUUUAUAAUAUAUUAUAUAUAUAUAAUGCGCAUAAAUGAUUGCAUUAUAAAUGUACUUUGAAAUAUAUAUAUGUUGCCUUUGAGAGCGUAUGGUAGCCCAGGAACGAGAAUUACUACCAUGAUGGCAUACCAUUUGCAAAAGAAAACAACCAAAGGUAUUGCAAAUAAGGGAAUGUCCAGUCUUUUUUAGUAGCCACUAAGUCACAAACACUGGCCAAAGUUAGCGUUCAUAAUAGUUUUUUUUGAAUUUUUAACACAAACAAAUAGAAAUGCUAAAUUUGGACAGUGUUUCUGACUAAGUGGCUACUAAAAAGACUGGACAUACCACAUACUUGGGUUGUCUACUUUAUGUCAUAUGAGGUGUGAUUCAGAGAUUUAUGACUGAUAACAGUGUUGCAAUGCCACUACUGAUACAUUUUAAAAAGAUAUAUUUUGAAACAACAAUGUCUUACUUGUACAAAUAGCCAUGUAACUUGCAAAAAAGGCUAAGAACAUGUUAACAUUGGGUAUUUCUAAACUCAGGACAAAAUUUAGAAACUAUUUAGCUUGGGUGGUUUUUUUUUGUUUUUUUAAUUCUUUAUUUUUGUAGUGCGUAAGUUUGUAGCAGUCGCUUGUGAGGUACCCCAAAGGCAAUCCUCUAGCGCAUUUCAAACAGUAAGGCAUAGAGGUACUUGUUAAGGCUAGCACAUUUUUAUACAUAUAUAUGAUUACGUCGUGUAAUAAACAGUGUGUAUUAUCAUUACUUAGUCUCUUCCAUAACAUAAAAUAACUUCGUUGAUAAUGGGGGUAACAAUCAGGCUAGGGCGAGGCAGUAUGUAACUGGGGUAGACUGGGUUAAACACUCCCUUCCUAGAUUCUGGCUACACAUGGUUAUGCAGUAAAUGUAGUUAUAAGUGCGCUAAGCUAGAAGACAGUGGAGUAAAAUUAAGUUAAAUCUCGAGAGGGAGCAGGCUAGUUCCACAUGUCCAAGCUGGAAUAUACAUUUAAGUUAACUCAGGGAGGCUAGCUAGGCAUGGGGAUUGAAGUAUAGUAAAGUGUCACUAACUUAUGUGAAGCAGGCUAGUGUUGUAAGUUACUUGCCUAUGUAGCAUGUUAAGGUAAAAGAGAAACAGUGUUAAAUUAAUGUUAAACUAUUCGUUUUGCCUGGCAGAUCAGGGUGUGAGUAGGACUUCACUUGAGCUUACGCUUCCAACUCAUAGCUCGCCAACAGCAUAUGUGGUUUUAUAGAGAGAGAGGAGUCUGUGAGGCAGUAUAGCCCGGUGCCCAGAGAGUCAGUGCUAUUGCUCAGGAAUCCACUCCGGGGCCCGGGAGAGUUGUCUGGGCCUCAGCUUGUGGGGUCUUCCGUGGUCAGCCGAUGCCUGCCCUGCUGGGCUGUUGGUGCUGAGUGUGAGUCUCUUGGGUGCUAUGUGCACUUGUGCGGCAUGGUAGGUGCCCCCUCGGGGUUGGCCAUUGUGGGUAAGUAGUCUCAGUGGUCUGCAUGGAGUCCCUUUUUGUGGGCCCAGCUCUAGCUGGGUUCUGCUUAGUUUUCGCCUGUGCUGCGGUGUGAUGCUCCGCUUUAGCCCUGGAAUGCAGAGUGGUUACAUGCUGGCCUGGGGUUCUGUACUUGGGUAUGUUGCUUGGACUUUGGGUUUGCCCGGCGGUCUCUGUCCUGUGUGUGUGGGAGCGAGCGUGUGCGCCCGGGUCGCUUGAGUCCCUUUCCAGCCAUUGUGGUCGUCGAUGCUUGCGUGGCUGGAUGGCCGCUUUGAAGGUCUGCAGUGGGAGUCCAUAAUGGUGCCGGCGGGUCGCAGGAUGAAUCCAUGAGGCCACCACACAGGUUGCUUGACGGUAUGGCAUUCUGCCGUCACAUAGUAUCGCGCAUAGGCUCGAGCAGAGCCGGUCAAGGGCCUCCAGGGAGUAAGCGUGUGAAUGGCUGCCCAUGCUCCCUCUCUCUGGCCUUAGCUUGACGGCCAUCUUGGAUGAGCUCCGGCUGAUUCGUGUUUCUGCAGGCUGUGUAGCCAUGGUUGCUCGUUUGCAGCUUUACCAAGGUGAGUGUUAACAUGGUGGGGUCCGGGAUAACCCCCACUGGACCACAGGGGGGGUGCAGGGCCCUUGUCGCACUCCUGGUGUGCCCGGCCAGGUCCGGUCGGAGGAUCGGCCGCCUCCCCCGCCAGGCCCUAGACCAGGCCUCAAGUGUUGCCUGUCGGCUGCCGCAAGUCAGCUCCAGAUCCCUAAUUGCUUCUCGAGAUGCCCAGGAGCCUCCGGUCAUAGGUUUUCAGACUGAAAGGGCUACCGAGCAGUGAGUUUAGGCAUUAAUGUGAAUUUUGGUCCGGAGCUGAUGUGUAGUGCGUCCACUCGGUUUGGCGGUCAGGCCCAGCCCCCCAGCUUGGGUGUUUUUUGGCGGUUGUAGAUGCGUAACAGAUUUUGGGGGUCAAAGUUAGAAAAAGUGUGUUUUGUUUUAAAUUUUUUCAUCAUAGUUUAUAUUUUUUGUUAUAGUAAAUUAUAUGAUAUGAUGAAAGUAAUGGUAUCUUUAGAAAGACCAUUUAAUGGUGAGAAAAACUGCAUAUAAUAUGUGUGGGUACAGUAAAUGAGUAAGAGGAAAAUUAUAGCUAAACACAAACACAGCAGAAAUGUAAAAACAACCCUGGUCCUUAACGGUAAGAAAAUUGAAAAACGGUCUGAUCACUAAGGGGUUAAAGGAUAUUUAGGCCAGAUUAGCCAAACUGAAUUAGCCAAUUUUCUAGAAUGGAAGGAAUCUCCAUGGAAACAUAAGCAAUGUUACAGUUGAAUCAUCUACUUAUAGAUUGCUCAGAAUUUUUCAGCAUGCAUUCCCUCCCCCCCCCCCCUGUUAAAACAACACAUAUGUCCAAUUCUUAUGUAAAUUGCAAUAGUUAACAAUUUUUUGGUGUGUCACUGCCACCUAGGAUAUAUUGUAUAAAUGCGCUAGAAAUAUGCUCUUGUAUAGAACUGGACAUAAGGGCCCAGAUGCACCAAAUGUUUGCACCCAAAAAUAACCUCACAUAUACUAUAAAAGCUAUACCUAUAUGAGGAUUUGCUGAUAUCAAGUUGUAUUUUUGAGGAUUAAUUUUAUUAUUGAACAACAACCAUGUUCUCAAUGAACCCAAAAAACUCAUUAAUAUCAAAGCUGAAUAUUUUUGUCAGUAGUUUUUAGUUUGUUUUUAGUUAUAGCUAUGUUAGGGGGAUAUCUGUGUGUGCAGGUGACUAUUACUGUGCAUAAUUAUUAGGCAACUUAACAAAAAACAAAUAUAUACCCAUUUCAAUUAUUUAUUAUUACCAGUGAAACCAAUAUAACAUCUCAACAUUCACAAAUAUACAUUUCUGACAUUCAAAAACAAAACAAAAACAAAUCAGUGACCAAUAUAGCCACCUUUCUUUGCAAGGACACUCAAAAGCCUGCCAUCCAUGGAUUCUGUCAGUGUUUUGAUCUGUUCACCAUCAACAUUGCGUGCAGCAGCAACCACAGCCUCCCAGACACUGUUCAGAGAGGUGUACUGUUUUCCCUCCUUGUAAAUCUCAUAUUUGAUGAUGGACCACAGGUUCUCAAUGGGGUUCAGAUCAGGUGAACAAGGAGGCCAUGUCAUUAGAUUUUCUUCUUUUAUACCCUUUCUUGCCAGCCACGCUGUGGAGUACUUGGACGCGUGUGAUGGAGCAUUGUCCUGCAUGAAAAUCAUGUUUUUCUUGAAGGAUGCAGACUUCUUCCUGUACCACUGCUUGAAGAAGGUGUCUUCCAGGAACUGGCAGUAGGACUGGGAGUUGAGCUUGACUCCAUCCUCAACCCGAAAAGGCCCCACAAGCUCAUCUUUGAUGAUACCAGCCCAAAUCAGUACUCCACCUCCACCUUGCUGGCGUCUGAGUCGGACUGGAGCUCUCUGCCCUUUACCAAUCCAGCCACGGGCCCAUCCAUCUGGCCCAUCAAGACUCACUCUCAUUUCAUCAGUCCAUAAAACCUUAGAAAAAUCAGUCUUGAGAUAUUUCUUGGCCCAGUCUUGACGUUUCAGCUUGUGUGUCUUGUUCAGUGGUGGUCGUCUUUCAGCCUUUCUUACCUUGGCCAUGUCUCUGAGUAUUGCACACCUUGUGCUUUUGGGCACUCCAGUGAUGUUGCAGCUCUGAAAUAUGGCCAAACUGGUGGCAAGUGGCAUCGUGGCAGCUGCACGCUUGACUUUUCUCAGUUCAUGGGCAGUUAUUUUGCGCCUUGGUUUUUCCACACGCUUCUUGCGACCCUGUUGACUAUUUUGAAUGAAACGCUUGAUUGUUCGAUGAUCACGCUUCAGAAGCUUUGCAAUUUUAAGAGUGCUGCAUCCCUCUGCAAGAUAUCUCACUAUUUUUGACUUUUCUGAGCCUGUCAAGUCCUUCUUUUGACCCAUUUUGCCAAAGGAAAGGAAGUUGCCUAAUAAUUAUGCACACCUGAUAUAGGGUGUUGAUGUCAUUAGACCACACCCCUUCUCAUUACAGAGAUGCACAUCACCUAAUAUGCUUAAUUGGUAGUAGGCUUUCGAGCCUAUACAGCUUGGAGUAAGACAACAUGCAUAAAGAGGAUGAUGUGGUCAAAAUACUCAUUUGCCUAAUAAUUCUGCACUCCCUGUAGCUUGCUUGACCCUGCAGGAGCAUCUUGUGUGUGAUUAAAGUUACAUUUACAGAGCAGGAGAUAAAAUCUUAUAAAGUAAGUUAAUAUCUGAUUUAAAAUAAUAAAAAAAAAUUUCCAUGCAUGCUAUAUGAGUUACACAUCACCUAAACACAGAGUUUGUUUUGGUUCACUUUGUAUAUAGUGGAAUUGGGAUAUCCACUGAGUGUUUUCAGCAGCUAAUUAUCCACAUCACCUAAACAUAGAGUUUGUUUUGGUUCACUGUAUGAGUUACAGCCAGUGGAGAUGUGACUAGGGCUGCAUGGAGAAAAACAAAAGUGAUUUAACUCCUAAAUGGCAGUGACUUGGGCAGUGAGACUGCAGGAGCAUGAUCUAUUCACUAAAACUGCUUUAAUAAAGGAACACUAUAGGGUCAGGAACACAAACAUAUGUUUCUGACCCUAUAGUGUUAAAACCACAAUCUAGCCCCCCUGGCCCUCUCUUGCCACCCUAAAUAUAGUAAAAUCUUAUCUAUCAAGUCUGGAGCUGCUACCUCUGACCCUGUCUGUUGAAAUCCACAGAAGUGAUGGUCUGAGCCAAUCACAAUGCUUCCCAAUAGGAUUGGCUGAGACUGUGAAGGAGGCAGAUCAAAGGCAGAGCCAACACAAGUCAAACACAGCCCUGGCCAAUCAGCAUCUCCUCAUAGAGAUGAAUUGAACUAAUGCAUCUCUAUGAGGAAUGUUCAAUGUCUGCAUGCAGAGGGUGGAGACGCCAAAUGGUAGUGCUGCACAUUAGGCAGGACUGCCCCAGGAAGCACCUGUAGUAGCCAUCUGAGGAGUGGCCAGUUGAGUUAUCACUAGGCUGUAAUGUAAACACUGCAUUUUCUCUGAAAAGACAGCGUUUACUGCAAAAAGCCUGAAGGAAAUGAUUCUACUUACCAGAACAAAUGCAAUAAGCUGUAGUUGCUCUGGUUACUAUAUUGUCCCUUUAGGCUAAUUGGUGACUACAGUGUAAAUUUAAAUUAUGUGUACUAAAUUAUUUGAAUGGCCUAAUAGUAUGCACAUCCUUUUAGAAUUAGUGAGUGUUGAUUUUUAAAAGCACACUUUUGAUGAAUACUCAAGCAACUCUACACAACAGGGAUCCCUUUCAUAUCCUCCACCACGUUAUGUCUCACAUAAAAAAAAUAUGGGCUUCACUACUUCCCAUAAUCCUGCUUUUUUCCCCCACAAUUCCCCUGUAACUCAUUAUUCCUAAAUAUCUAAAUGUAACUAUACACAUAUUUGCACAGUGACCCAGGUGAAAGCAGAAAAUGGUUCGCCCUGUAUUUAUAAAAACACAAAUCAGACAACAUUUUAUAGAAAUUAUCAGAAAUAGCAAAGCAUAUAUUAAUAAUAAACACAUAGUAACUUUUUUUUGUUUUAUUAAACAUCAGUUUAUAUUAAUAAAUUAUGUCACAGAGCAGCCAUUAUCUAACAUGCAUGUAAAGCGCUGCGGAAUUUGACGGCGCUCUAUAAAUAUCAUAAUAAUAAUAAUGCAUGCAUUAAAUGGAUAUCACAGAAUGCACAUAUAAACUAUAAACAUUAUAAAAUUCGAUGUAAAAAAAAUGAUAUACUGGAAAAACACAUAAGACCAACAGGUCUCCUAUUUCAUAAAACCUCAGUUUGCUGUUAAGGAUUAUAAGAUCUAAUCUACUUAGGUCUCGGUUGACAACCUUUUUCUUUGUAGAACUAAAUGUACAUGUCAACAUUGAAAUGUACAUAUAAGCACUAAUGGAUUUGUAUACAGUUACCAGGGCUAUUAUAUACAUCUACUCAUAAUGUAAAUAAUCACACGUUUUGUCAGCCUUUGCUAAAAUCUUCCAUUCCCUUUAUCAUUUGUUUUGUGGUCUCUACAAUUAUUAUUUUUUUCUUCAUAAUAUCAGCUUGUUUUCUUUUAUGUUUGUCUUUUAUUUACUUAUUAACUUUUUUUUAUUUUGAGAAACUGACCUUAAGACGUAGUCAAGGUGGAUUAAGACCAAGGAUUAUAUUGUGUUUUUCUGUUGUACAGGUUUAGCUCAAUCAGUUCUACAAAUUCUACAUGUUCUUCCAUGACUGCUAUAGCUCCCUAGGUAUUCUGAAAUUCAUAAAUGUGUUGUUGUUGUUUUUUUUUUAUAAUGCUUUAUAAAAGGUACACACAGAAAUACACACAAAUAUGAGCAAUGAUAUUUGAGUUAGAAACAUAAUGAGAGAGAGCAGGCUUUAUAACUAGAACAGGAAAUGUCAUGAGAAGCUGCACAUGUUAAGGUUUAAGAAGUAUAUAACUUCAGGUAAUUUAUAAUCAAAUAGAGACCACUGGGUCUAAAGAGUUAACACUGGCAAAUAGUCCCAUAGAGGUUAAGAACCGUAUAAAAAAGAAAAUAGACUUUGCAGAUGAAUUGCAGUGUGUGGCCACGAAUGACACAGCCUAGUUGCAGACACGGAUUGAGGAUCACUCAGCCAAUGCCUAAUGAGGGAGAGUUCCAGUCUCCCUCACUGUUAGCUAUAACAAUGGAGUUUCUCCACUGUGCCCAAGCACACAGACCAUCUGGGAACUUCCUCCGCCGUUAGACAACCCCACCUCCAGCCGAGGCUUGUGUUUGCCGACCACGGUGUCUUUGCAUCAGGUAACAUGGGUGGCAGGCCUCCGAAACUUGUAGGUUGCAUCUGGAGUGUGGCUGUUCACUUGUCCUGUAUCUAUGCGAGAUGCAGCAAGUGUGGGAGCCAUAUCGAUCAAUAAAUGACCACCGCCGCAGCAGCCUCUUACGCCGUCUCCACUGCAGCCUCCAACCAGGAAUACGUGGGAGAGGCCCACUCAAGCAGUGUCGUUUCUAGCAGGAUGGACUGUGGGAGCAACUGAAGGAGUGGAGGUAAGUCCCCCUGCACUAGGUAAAGCAUGGGCCCGUUCUUCCACAGCGCUCAAUUAGUUGCUCAAGCUUCGUCAGGGAACUUGCGAUGGCACCGGGUGGUGUGCACAAGGGAAGAUUAUGUCUGCCAUCUUGGCAAGAUCUGCUUUGUAGUUUGGUAGUAAAGACAAGGUCGGGCCAUCUGCAAGCCACACACAAAGUAUAUAGAUUGACCCAGAGGGGACUGGGAUACCCCCACCAGCUCAGGGGGAGGGGGGAACAAGGCAGCAUUGAGACUCGCUGCUGGGGCUGUGGUGUACAGAGCAGGAGAGAGGCCGUCUCCCCCGCCCGACAUUUUCCCUAGGCCUUGUCUGGGCCUUCAGCAGAAACAGGCAGUCAGUGCUUCAUGGGUUGUCAGGUAUACCCCGUUAGGCUCAGAGAGUAGGUAAGUCUCAAAGAGGUGCUGAAGGUAUGUACCCAAGAUAAAAAAAUGAGUCAGGAUUCAAUCAGUAGCUGAGGAGCAAUUGUGAGAUGCGUCCUGCUGCCAUGAAGCCCCAUUUUGUUUUGUUUUUAAAUAAAAAAAUCAAAAUAAAAAUAUGGUCCCUCCACUUAGCUGUUAGCUCAUUCUUGGCAUCCACGUUAAUACCGGUGGAAGAGAAAUAUCAUUCAGAUUGACAAGUUUUCGUAGAAUUCUGAUCUAAUAAUAAUAUGCAUAGAAUCUUAGAAAGCGUUCUCAUCUUCUCAGCAAUUACUCUACCAAACCAAAAAAAUUCUCACGUUUACUGUUCAAACAAUUGUUUGUGGGGUUUUGUGCAAGCUCGUUUUAGAUGAGCUGUGUCCAUUUUUAAACAAGUUCCUGCCACUUUCAUAAUUUUGUUAAUAUGAGAUACUGCAUUCUUUGUCCCAAAUAAAAUUUGGUUCAUGUCAAUAGUAUAAUUAUUACUUUAUUAUUUAUAAAGCAAAUUCCGUAGCGCUGUACAAUAGGUGGCCUAACAGACAUGUAAUUGUAAGACAAGUUGGACGCACAGGAACAGAGGGGUUGAGGGCCCUAUCUUACAUGCUAGAGGUAGUGGGACAUAGUGACACAAAGGGUAAAAGUAUGGGUAGAAAAGUAGGUUGCUAGAAAAGUAUUAACUGAUGGCUUAGUAGGUUAUUUUUAGCAGCUGCAGGAGAAGAGUCAUAGUGUGGGAAUAGAAAGCUGUUAACAGUUUGAUACACGCUCCCUAAGAAGUGAUUUUUUUUAUUAUUUUUUUAAGGAAUGAAGACUAAUGCAGAAGGAAAGUGAGUCCACGUGUGCGUAGUUUAUUUUACAUAUGCUUAAAUCUUAAGAAUCUUUACUUAAAUGAGUAAGAAUCAUUAGAAGAAACAUGCUUUUCAAUUUGGGAAAGUCUGUAUCAAACUUUGAAAUGUACCCUCCAGGCUGAACAUAAACCUAAUUUUUAAAGCAUUAUACAUAAUGCUCACAAUGUACAAUACAUUAUUUUUAAAGUGUCUGAAUUUGCUGCAAAUUCCCUUGGCUUUACAGCAUCUGCAGUGAGCUCUCAUUGAUCCGGGAAAAGGUUAGCUCAUCAGGAGCCUUCUUUUCUGUUCAUUGGAGUUUAAACUUAUCCCAAAUAACACCCAGCAAAGCUUUACAGAGAAAGUAGUCCAGCACUUGCCAGCACCUGACCAAACAGAUUUUAUUUCUAAGCUGCUAGCAGCUUCCCCACAGCUCUGCUCACAGCUUUGUGAACAGAGAUGUACACUGUGGUCAUCUGCCUUUAUUGCUCAGCAUGUCUAUAGCUUACUCCUCUGACAUCAUGUAUUUUAUAAAUUUGAAAUUGCAGUAUUUAUAAACAACCUAUUUUUUAACGGGAACUGUCUGUUCUUCAAUUUUAGCAAAAUCAAACAACUAAAAUUUAGUUAAAUUUAUUAUCAUUGAUCUGCUUUGCCAUGCAAAGCCAGUCAAAGGGUGCAAAUGUGUUAAUUGUUGCUGUGCUGUAUGUUUGUCGUUUUUGCAUAUGUACAGCACCUGUAUGAAAUGCCUAGGGUAUGGUAUGUCUCCAUUAGAGGCUCAAACAUACAGGUGUGAGUCCAACAUUGACGAGAUGGCAAAUUUGCUGCAAUGUGUAAGUGCUGUGGAGGUAAGUCAUUUUUUUAAUUUACCUACAUUUGGUUUAAUGAAAAAGCAUUUACUGGAGUAAAGGAACAUGUAACUGUCACUUCUCUGGAAACAAAAAUGUCUUUCUAAUUUAUAAUAGGAUUGCAUAUGUAUGGGUAACACUGCUACGUGAGGCUUGAUAGCAGUUGAUCAUCUACAAGAGAUACUGCAGCUCUGAUAAGAGAAAUACACUAUAUAGUAAGUAAAAUAUAGACCUUUUAUUCUUGCAGAUUGAACAGCAAGUGACACUGGAGCAGCUGUGUAAAUUAAAGAAAGCAUUCGAGGUAUGUCACUAAUCUAAUACUAUCCUUACCUUUUUGUGUCAUUUUACCCCACUCCCUCUAGCAUGUAAGCUCAUUGAGCAGGGCCCUCAACCCCUCUGUUCCUGUGUGUCCAACUUGUCUGGUUACAACUACAUGUCUGUUCGUCCACCCAUUGUAAAGCGCUGCGGAAUUUGACGGCGCUCUAUAAAUAUCAAUAAUAAUAAUAAUAAUAAUAAUAAUGUCUUUGUUAUAAUUUUAGAAAAAAAAAUCAGCAUUUGCUAUUUUCUGUCAAUCAUUUUCAUCAUAAGCAAAGGUUAUACAUAAGAUAUUUUUGUGCAUAAAUAGCCAGAGGAACAUUGUAUGCAUUGAAUGUGCCGUGUUUUUCAUCCUGUGAAUAUGUAACUUUCCCAGUUUCUUUAUUCUGUAUUUUUUAUUAUAAACAUUAGCCUGCUAAUAUGGAAAACACAGUUAGGAUUGCGAACAUGUCUUCUUGUGAAUUGUAUUUUAUAUAGUAAAUCUAAAUAUAGACAUGGAGGUUCAUUCAAUAGUGAAUUGAAAAUGAAAUUUCAGAAUUUAGAUAAAAAGAACUGAUUUGGAAAAAAAAGAUUCCAACACAUCGGUAAUCACAGUUUGACUAUUUCAGCCCAAAGCUUGCUAUUCGAUUGUAAAUUCACCACAAUUUAAACUUUAGUGAAUAAAUGCCAUAGUUUUUGUUACACAGAAUGUUUGCAAGUUUAGGAAUUCAUUCUUACAUAUAAUUUAAAUAUAAUUAUCAGCCAAGUUUGUGCUUGUGAACUUGUUUACUUAUAUAACUCCUUCCUUACCUGCAUUUGGAAGAAGGCAAGUAUGGGUAGCGGCUAUAUUCAGCUUUGAGGCUAAAAGAGAGAACUGAGUUUACACCAAAAUCUGGAGAUCGGAGCAUCUUCAUGUAAUCAUUGCCUUCACUCAGUUAUUCUGCAUAUUAAGAAACCCACCCCAUUGAGUAGAUGAGGAUUUCACUCUAAAUAACCACUGUCAAAAUAAUAGCUAACAUAUGAUAAACUCUGCUGCUGUAAUGUCUUAGUCAUGUGUAGGUUCUGAAGAACUACAAACACAGUCUACAUAUGCUCAGCCUACAACACCCACCCACCAAUGGCUUUGGUAAAUCAUACCUUGUGUCCCACAAAAUGGUUGGUGCACAAUGUUGGGUCCCUUGGUGUAGGUAGCAUUACCCUCAUCGUCUUUAUUUUGUAAACCAUUUGUAUGAAAUUGUUCCAUUCUCUUCUAAAAAGCUGCUGUAGCUCAACACGGAUAUCCCUCAGAUGUUAAUGCUUGCUAAUUUUUACUGCUCUCCAUAAUCGACCAAUUACAGAGUUUUGAAUCUGGGCCUGUUGCUUUUCCUGCUGACUGAUGACUGACUAUUGAGGAAGAGUCGCUGGAAAACACAUUGCUUUGAAAAUGGCUACAGGUGUAAAGCUUAGUAAAUUAAUACAUCUUAGUUCUGAAAAGUUUACCUGUUCCCCUCUUGUUAUAGAGGUUUGGCAUAGGGCUCUUACCCUUUGGGCCAUGAGUUUCUAUCCAUUCUUCUUACUCUAUGACAGUAGGCAAUCCACGGCUCCUAGAUUUUCCAUUCCCAUAGUCUUGGACCCUGGCUUGUACUUUAAUAAAAACUCACAAUUGAAUAGUGCUGCUAACCACUGGUGUCCUGUAGCAUCACAAUUGGUGGUGGUCAAAAGGUAUGUAAGGGGGUUAUUAUCUCUUUUCACUUCAAACUUGGUACUGUUCAAAUAAUCAUGCAAUGUAUCCAAAAUGACCCAUUUCAAUGCAAGCAAGGAUAAGCCUGGGGAAGAACACUCCCCAAUCCUUCCAAACUUGCAUCUACAUGAAGGACAUAUGCUUCAGUCAUUUUCUUUUUUAGGAGUAAAAGGGCCUCUUCACACUUUUCUCCAAAAUGUUUCUUGGGAUGAGGACUCUUCUGCCCUUUCUCCCCAGGUUUCACCUUCAGAAGAUUGUGAAGACUUCAUGCUAUCUUAGAGUAAUCUUUCAGAAAAUGAUGGUAAAAACCACAGAACCCCCAAAAUCAAUGCAACUCUUUAAUGUUUUUGGCCUAGAUCGGUUGACAACAUUUUCAAUUUUGGACGGGUCUGUGGCUACACCCUCAACAGACACAAAUCGUCCAACAUAUGUCACUGAACUCUGAGCAAAUUUACACUUAUCCAAACAAUCAAGCACUUGCAAUAGCCACUUUUCAUUCUCUGCCAAACACAAUUAAAUAAAAUUAAAAAAAAAUUCAUGCUCUUCAGGGGACUUGACAAACAUAAUUAAAUUGUCCAGAUAGACCAGGCCCUCCCUGGGGCUUAUAUCUCCUAGGGUUUUCUACAUUAAUCGCUGAAAGCUUGCAGGAGUUUCCACAAUACCUUGAGGCAUUCAAAUCACUUGAAAGAAUCCUAAGGGGCAUAUAAAAGCAGUUUUCUCCUGAAUUACUAUUUUCAUUGUAGUACCCAGAACAGAGGUCCAAUACACUAAGCCACUUGCUUUCAGACAAAACAUUCUGGAGAUCUUCUGUUUGCAACAGAGUAUAUUGAUCAGCAAUAGUUUUCUUAUUUAAAGUUGUAUAGUCAAUGCAUAAUCCUACUAAACCAUUCUUUUUUUCACCACCACUUUUGGUGAGGUAUAUGGACUCCUUGACUCUUGAAGGAGCCCAGCUUCCUUCAUUUCAUGAAAUCUACUCUAGAAUCAUCUGUAAAUGUACAGCCUUAUGGUAUUUUGAUAAGUCAGGUAAUUUGACAUCGAGCUAAAAAUGCUCAAUUCUUGUAUGAUGGCUGGAAGAGUUAGGCUCCAUAAUCAUGAAAAGCAGGCCAUCUGCAUAAGCAAAGAUCUUACAAUACACCUUGCCUGCUUGAAUACCUGAGAUUUCUGUGUUUACCCUGACCGAAGGUUCCACACUGAAAACAAAAAGGAGUGAAGACAGCAGGCAGCCUUGUCUGGUGCCAUUGUUAAUUUCAAUGGAGGCAAGAACACACUUUAGACAGACCAAUAUACACUGUUGAACAUCUUUUCAUCAUCCAUAGAGAGCAGAAGAGAAGGGGCGUACUGCUAACAAGCAGCAUAUGUCAAGUUAAGAACCUUAAUUGUGUUGUCUCCCAAUAUCCUCCCUUGGAAAAAAACCCCACCUGAUCCAAAUAGAUCAAGUGAGGUAAGAGAGGUGCCAGCUGUCACGGCCCCCGGCUCGCUGCGAGGUGCCAUCGUGCCCAACCGGCACGACUGUGCUGACAGACUGAUCUUACCUGCUCAGCAGUGAGUCGGGAGCCACUCUGCUGGGUUCUCCUGGCCGUCUGCCCAAAAUAAAGAUGGUGCCAACCAUGCAGUCGCGGCCAUCGAUGGCUUCGCCCCCAGGGGGACACAAACAUGCGUGUGACGUCACAAUGCCGAUGCACACGCACAUUCAUAGGUCACCCUCUAACCAAUUACAGUCAAAGGAGGCUUAUUUAAAUCCCUGAAGCUUCCCAGUUCAUUGCCCUGUCGUGGUUUCCUGUCCUGGUUCCCGAGAGUGCGUUUUCUGUUCCUAUUAUUGGUACUCCAGGUAUAUUGACUUUGGCUAUUCCUGACUACUCUGAUUUCUGGUUCUCCUGACUUGGCUUGUUUAACGGUAUUGUGUAUUUCUGACUUCCUUGAUCUCGGCUAUCCCUUGACCAUUUUCUGUCUUUAACGUAUUAGUCUGGCCAUUCUAAGGACCGGUUUACGUUCUGUCUUUUUCUGUUCUGUCUACGUAGAUGUUACAUAGUUCUGCGUGCUGGACCACAGUAGCAGUCGUGACACCAGUAAUUUAGCAAAUAAUUUCAGAUCAUCAUUCCACAGGGAGAAUGGUCAGUUACUAGAACACAAAGAGGGAUCUUUCUCUUUUUACAGAAUAACAACGUUGGCCGCAAUGGUGCUCUGGUGAAGGAUGUCUCCCUCGUGGAUGACUUUGGCCAAACAAAACAAAUGCUCUGCUAGGCUGUAGAAAUAUGUCUUAAAGUAUUUAAUGGAAAAGCCAUCAGGUCUUGGGCUUUUAUCAGGUUUGGCUAGCUUAACUGGUUCUUUUGGUUUGCAUAGAGUGCCUUCAUCAAGGGUUUGGUGGAGAUACUUUUCAAAGUAGGUAGUGAAAAACAAUGUUUUUUUUCUUCUCCUCAUUUGCAAUGUUUUCCCUGUCUUUGCGUGGCCAAACUGGAUUAUGAUAUUGUUUGCUAAAUAAUAUAAAUUUGAAAGAAAACAAAGCAUCUCAUUAAAAAAAAGAAAUGUUUUGGAUGGUUUUCAAUUUUGUAAAUUCAGUGUUGUAAAUUUCAGAAGAAUAACAGUUCCCUUUUAAAUUACUUACUUAAAUUAUUCAGCCCACAUGAAGCUUAGCUUGUCAUCCAUUCUGUUAUUGUGUUCACAUGUAUAGUAAAUAAAUAAAUAAAUUGUAUGCAAAUUGCAGCUUGAUGGAAAAAAAUACACCAGCAUUGUACAGUUAUAUGAAUCAUCAGAUUAAUCCUUGCUAAACUUGCUCUGAUUAAGGCCCUGAUUUAAAAUAUCUUAGAUAAAUUUUAAAAUGAAUUUUUUUUCAAAAUAUUAAAAUAUCAAAAUAAAUCACAUAAAAAAAUUAUCAAAAUAUUUUUUAAAUAUAUCACAAUAUAUGAAAUGUUUAUACAAAAAAUAAUUAAUAAUUUGAAAAGCAUAUCCAAAAAUAUUUAAUCAGGGUCCAAGAUAAGAUAUGAUGACUAAUAUUUUCUCUUUGAGCUUGUGCAAUGGCUGUAACUGUGACUAGUUUAUCUUGAAAUUCAGGAUCUGUAUAAAUGACAGCAUUCCAAAUAUUCAACUUAAACGCUUGCUAAUCCGUGUGAAAUUGUGUUAAGGGUGAAUAUAUGUCCCAUGGACUUUUCAGAUAAUACAACACAAACCAAAAACUUUAACUAUAUACUUACUUGCGACACUGUAAAGCAGAAAUUCGGAACUGUGUCGUCCUCCACAGUGUUGUUUUGAAAUUACUGCAAUAAAUGAUUCAAGAGACCAACAAUAUUUUACUGUCCUUCUGAUUGAAAGCAGGGUUGAGCAAAGUGAUGCAUUUUGGCUGAUGGUGUAGUGAUAUGGGCAGUCACAAAUCAUUUUGGGGAUUGUAUGAGCUCAGAAUAGGAUAAGAUAGAAUAGGACAGUCAUUUUUUAUUAUAAAAGUUGUACACCAAUGUGGUCAGCAACACUGAAUCAUCUCUCAAUUGUGAAUAGUACACAUGAGAAAGUGAGAUAACCAAACGUACAAAUGGAUUUACUGAGUGCAUAAGUGUUGCCUGAAAUUUAGCAGAGGUACAGAGAAUUUACAGAUAUUUCUGGCAAAACACCUUUUUCUGUUAGGGUUAUGUAUAAAGAGAGAAUUGUCAGAAAUUCAAUGUAAAUUUUAAACUUUAGACCAAAGUAGCUAAACUGAGAGUUUAGCUGAUUGGGGAAAUUUGUCCAAUUCAGCUAUUUUUACCGAAACAUUAAAAUUCACUUUGAAUUCACAACAAUUCUCACUUUAGUGAAUAAUCCAUCCACAAUAUUAAAGAGACACUCGCCUGCCCAAGUACUAAAAAAUAUUCCUUUUUUCAUUGCGGGGAUAAGUAAUUAUAUAAAAAAAAGUGCUUCCUUCUCUGGUGCCUUUGCAAGCUCUCCCUUCUAAACCCACCUAAACGUCUGACCUCUCUGUGGCUGUCCAAUCACAGACUUCCCAAUGCAGCUCAAUGAGAAGGCAGGUGCUCUGUGCAAUUGUAGCAUCUCGAGUUUAGCUCCACUGAGUUAACAAAACCAGAAAGUUUGAAAGCCAGGGGGAUGUAACCAGUGGUGUAUUUUGGAAUUGUGCUGCCCUAGGCACAAAUAAAUUUGGGCACCCUAAAGUCUAAAUUUGCCUCACCAAUUUAUGUCAGGGCCACUUUUUUGACUGAUAGACACACACACAUUGAUAAAUGCACUGACAUAUACUCACUGACAGAUACACAAUCAUUGGCACACGUAUGCAGUUAUUGGCGCACACACUGUUUAACCAUACACACUUUCACUGAGACACACACUGACACGCUCACUGACAGACACAUACUCUCAGAUGCACAUACACUGACAGACACAGACACACACAUCCUCACUGAUUUGACACACUCUGAUAGACACACACACAUUCACUCACUCAGACACACAAUGACAGCUGCAUGCACUCACUCACAGACAUACACACACACAAUGACACUCACACUCACUGACAGACACACAGACUCACAAUGACAGACACACACUCACUGACAGACACAAACACACAUUCACUGACAGGCACACACACACACACACACACACACAUUCACUGACAGGCAUACACACACAUUCACUGAAAGACACACACACACACACGCUGACAGACACAAACACACACACACACUUUUUCUCAUACACUCAUUACACUCACAAAUUAUUAAUAUUUCUUAAAUUGAAAUCCACCCAGCUUCCCUACUUUUGGGAGAGCUGAAGUGAAUGCUGUCCCUGACAGUUGCUGUGCUGGCUCGGCAGGCUCCUUGUUGGCUCCUGCUGACUAGGCUGGCUAUAAUGGGACUGCUGGCUGGACUGGCUCUGCUGGGGUCGCUGGCUUUGUUGGGGCUGCUGGCUGGGCUAGCUCUGCUCGGGCUGCUGGCACUCAAUGGAGGUGGUGAGGGAACUGAGCUCUUAUUGCUCAGCUCCCUCUGUACUGCUUAGUGAUGCUGGGGCCAGAGUGACAUCAUAUUCUGGCUCCCAUAUUACAGAAGAGAGCAAGAACAGCGCUCCUUCACCACCCGGAUAGAAUAUUAGUAGUUUAACAUCACGGGGGGGGGAGGGGGCUAAGGUAGCCAGCCAGCCAGCUCUUGGGCCCAUCAGGACACAAGGCAAACAAGGCAUUUGCCUGGGGUUUUGGGGUGGUGUUUUUUUCCGCCCCCCCUGAAAGUACCGCUCUAGGCAAAUGCCUUGUUUGCCUUGUGGUAAAUACAGCCCUGGGUGUAACCAGGUAAAUUUAUAAAACUGUCAAUUCCUAUUGAAAUCUGAACUUUUUGUAAAAUGUAAAAGGAAGACACAAGCUUCACAAAGUGCCUUAGGGAUUCAGAGUUUAACACAUAAAGCAUUUUCAGAAUCACUGAUAAACAUUCUUUCUUUGUUUUCGCUCAGCAUUAAUUCAGGCAGUAACACAUGAAUUUGUGAUGAUGUUUAUGUAUCAUUUUGCAAACAUGUCUGGAAUUAUAUUGCAAUUCUGAAAAACACAUGGGCAGGGCCGGAUUAACAUGCAAGCUGAUGGAGCUGCAGCUCCAGGCCCAUGCCUAUGGAAUAAGCUCAUUGAUUUAAAAAAAGAAAAAGAAAAUCUAUUUUUUUACACUACUAUUCACAUGCUCUUGCUUAAGUAUGGAAACUUAAGACUGGCGUAGGAGAACAAAACUGGUGUGGACCAGCUGACAAUGAAAUUAGUUAAGGUAAAGCUGACUUUGCGCACUAUGCGAAUGCUCUUGCUGCUUCAGUCUCUCUAACACUGUGGCAUGUUCCCUUUCUUCUACACUCACUACAUACACCUUUCUCUGUCCCAGACUGUGUAACAGGAACUUCUGCCUGCUAGUAUGAAGGUUAGGACAUGAGAGGACUAGCGAGUGCUAGGGGACAGUCCGUUGAAAGUGUAGACCCAGCGCAUCAUUACACACAUUUAUGCCAAGCUCAGGGGGCUGUCUGCAUAGUAUGCCCUUGGUUGGUUAUCCUACAUGAUUGGCAGGCAGCUUGACGUGCAUUCACGCCAGGCUGACCAUCUAAUUCUUCAUGCAGACACGCCCCCUUUUUGGGGAUGUUCUCCCCUCUGGGCGGUUCUGUUUUUUUUAAUUCGCAUCAGUGGCCCACCCUUUUACCCCACCUAUUGACAUCCUGCUUCACCAUACACUGCUGUUAGGGGGUAUAGAUUUACUUGAAAGAUGAAAGUGAGAGAUUAGCAUAAGGUGUGUGUUUUCUGAUAGCUAUAUCCUGGGAGUUUCCCUCCACCACCACCUCCACCACAUACAUGACUCUUGGGAGGUAUAACUGUUUUAGUGUUUUCUGUCAAUAGGCCCAUCAUAAUUGUCAGCACCAGGCUCAAUGAGCUCUUAAUCUGGCCCUGCACAUGGGAGAGAAACAUUCAAUUCCUAAAUAAUUAUAAGAGAUAAGCAUGUGUCAGUACAGAUGUGUAACUGCCAACUGGGUGAAUAUUUGGGUAUUUGGGUAUGAUUAGUAUGUGGGGUAACAGCUUCCCGAUCCCAGGAGAGAUCUGACUGCCAUUCUGGGUCUGAGAAGGAAUAUUUCCUAGUUUGUUGCAAAAUCGAAAAAGCAUUUGAAACUGGUUUUUGUUUUUGUUUUUUCUUUUGCCUUCUUUUGGAACAAUAGCAAAACCAGAUCAUGGUAAAAAAACAAAAAUAAAAUCUAAGUUAUGUGAUGGAUAUACUCACUAUCAGAAUGUUCAGAGCAAGCUAAAGAAGUAUUGUAAAUAAAGUCCAUAAGUUAAUUAAGGGAAAAGAUUAUAGAUCUCAUUGUAUCCUAAACAUGAAAAUACAAUUGUGCCUAAUGCAUACAGGAGAGUUUAAUUCUCAUAAGAGUCCUGACAGUGACCAUAGUGUAUAUCUAGCAUUAUGCUUCGUGGGCUCAUAAAGGGAGAAGCUCAAGGGGACAAUCAUUUUCGAUACUUAUGAAAGUAAACGUCCAUAUAAAUAAAUAUACUCAUUAACAAUAAGAAUAAUUUAGACCAGAUAAUGGUCGAAAGCAUAAUUGAUUUAUUUCCAAUGUAAAGGUAACCUUUAAAACCCAAACAAGUCUCAAUAGCCAUCACAUAAGUUUAUGAAUAGGGUAUACAAAAGUAAUACUGCUAGUCCAUAAAGCGAACCAAAAAAGUCCAAAAUGGGUAAAUUCGAUUGAAGUAGUUAAAAAAAUCAAAUGCCCAAUAAUGUUAGAAAGUCUAACGUAUAAACUGUGUGUAUGAAAAAAAAACUUUAAACGAAGAGGAUUGAGGGUUCUCAGUUGGUAAAUCCGGGAACAAUCCUUCCUCCUUAGGAGUGGAUCUAAGUCACCUUUCCUAUGGUCAGGUUUUACUUACUCAAUACCCCAGAAUCUCAGUCCCGAGGCAGAGACAUUGUGGUAAAUCCAAGCAUCACGUGAAAUACGGUGUCUUUCUUGUUAAUAACAGAUCUGAUGUGAUCUCUGAUUCUUUCUUUUAAGGGCCGUAUAGUCAUUUUAUACAAAUUCUGCCCUUUGCAUCUGACAGUCAGUAAACAGAGAUCAUGCAGAGGAAAAAAAAAAACAUGUUUCUCUUUAUCCUCUUUAUUUAUUUCCCUGGUUUUGCCUUGGCUGAGUUGGAUUCGAUUUAAUUUACUAAAUCUUUAAUAUAAAUUUAAAAGAAAACAGAGCAUCUCAUGAAAACCAAUGUUAAUACAAGUUUUAAAAAAAUGUAUUAGAUGAUAUAAAUACCAGAUAAGCAACUGUUCCCCUUUGAAUAUUUUCAAUUAGGAUUUUUCAUUACAUUUAGGGAUGACCUGAUAGAGCAUUAUGGGAGAUGCAGUCCACAGCCUUAGUAGUGAUUGAGGUCCCCUUUUGUUUCCUUGAGUGUAAUUUGAUAAUUAAACUGUGCAAUUUAUUACUGUAGCUUACUUUCACUCUGUUUUAGGAACUUGAAAAGAACGGCCAAAAAUCACUAGAUUUAGAUAAAUUCAAAUGGAUUAUGAAGAAAAGUACAGGAUUACGAGGCAUUGUGAGUAUUUGUCAAAUGUAGUCCUUCUCUGACCUUUUUAGUGUAUACAAUAGAUAACUUUGGUACGUUUAUAAACUUUCUCUAAAGACCCGUUUGAAAUCUUUAUAUAUAUAUGUCUGGUCGGUUUUGGUCAGUAUGGUACUUGAGUUACUCAGAAUGGCAAUCUACUGUUUCACCCAACUUAGAAUACCCACUUACACUUGGUGGUUUAAUUCAUGCCAGUAUCUAUUGCUGUUAUUAUCAUCUUACAGGCUGGAGAUAUGGUUUACUCAAAUAUUACUAAACUUUGUUUAAUGACUCUCAUAUAACAUUAAACCCAUGGUACCCAUAGACAAAUCUAUAUUCAUGGCUGGAAUACUAAGGUCUAAGCUGGGCUGUUCUUCAUCCAGUUGUAGAGGGGUGGGAUACGAAACUCAAGAUGUAUACUGUCAUUUUAUUCUGUUUCUAUGUGUAGGGUAUGAGACACCAUCAGUCCCACACAAUGAGGGACACUCUGUUAUCAGUCCAUUGAUAGGGGCUUCAACCCACAAAACCUUGAGUAAGGAAUUUAGGUUCCUACAUCUAGAUCUGUGAGUACCUUAUAUAUUUCUUUACUCUGCCCCACUCUCUACUACAAAUUGCAAAUGCCUAAGUGGGAGCUACAACUAAUGCCCAUGACCUUGAGAGGUAAUACUAAUAAUUCUAAUAAUUUGCAACAAUGCGUCCAUGUUCUGGACUCCGUGAGCCCAGGUGAUCCAAGAGCCUGUUUAUUUUUUUGCAAAAAAAAAUAAAAAUCAUUAUAUUGUAUGCAACAUAACACAGAAGAAACGGAGAUAAACACAGAGUAAGAUUGAAUAACACAUAUGGUAUCUUCAACAACCCAUAAUGCAAAGACAGUGUAGAAAAUUAGAAAAUAAGGAAACAAAAAGUAUAAGAUAAAUGAGGAGAGAAGAGAGAUGAAUUGAGGAGAGUAAAGAUAGAAAUAAUGAGGAGAGAAGAGAGAAAAAAAUGAGGAGGGAAGAGAUAAAAAAAAUGAGGAGAGAAGAGAAGAGGUGAAAAAGAAGAAAAGAGGAGAAACAAAAUGAGAGAUGGGAAAGUCCAAUCUGCCCCAUGAGGUAUACCCAUCCUAUAGCUGGAUGUGAGCCUCCAGAAUCCAAUUUCUGGACUGAUCCCACUUGUAUCUUGCUUUGAAAAAAAUUAAUUAAAUGUGUGGUCUAUCCUUAACCCCUUAAGGACACAUGACAUGUGUGACAUGUCAUGAUUCCCUUUUAUUCCAGAAGUUUGGUCCUUAAGGGGUUAAAGGUGGUUGACUCUCUAAUCUGCAACUUAAACUUGAAUUAAAGACUCGGGGCACUUUUGGCAGGAAGAGUCCAAGCAUAGGAACUCAGUUAAAGCUUCUGAUAAGCUGUGAAAUUGAACAAGCAAUAAAGGGAAGGGGUGACUAAAUUUAUCAAAACUGUAGGAGUCUCCCAAUGUCCCUGUCCAUUUUUGGUAACACAGACAGAUAUAUUGAAAUAUUGCCUCAGUUGUUCUACAUUAUUUAUGCUCCAACAAUAUCUGGGUGACUUGAGUCCAAUGUCCAGGUUGCAAUAUUACAAGUACAAAGUACAAAAAGUACAAAACUCCAGUUUUAUGACAUUUGUUAAAGCAAAUACACCCAAAAAGUUUGAUAAAAUUUUUACCAAGUUAUAUAUAUUUUUUUCUUAUCAAUACUUUCCCCUUGUUUUUGUGCAGUACAUAUUGAAUAAACAAUCUCAUUGCCUUUCAGAGUGAUGAACUGAUUGAAAAAUUCUUUAUGAAAAUAGAUUUUACCGCAAAGGGUAAAAUCCAGUGGGUAAGUUACAUUAGAUUAAUAAAUUAUUUACAGAAAUAUUUGCAGAGUUGCAAAAUUACUUUGAUGAGGUCUGGUAAGAGAAAACAAACACAUUUUUGUCUUACUUGAUUCCAUGUUUUACGUUUCAAAAAACAAAAAUAUUUUUUGUAAGCCAGAAACUCUCACUAAUCAUUAAUACAGCCUCUCUAUAUGUGAUUUUGCUAGCCAUUUCAGUGCUUUAGAUGAGAGCAGAAAUUCUGUGCCCUCUGCUGUAGCAUUGAAAUAGAGCACAACAAUAUGUAAAUGGGUAAACAAAAUGCGUUGGAUUGUCCAGAAUCUUCAUAUUAGUAGAUGGUCUGCUCUCUGAAGAAAAUGAGGCAGAAUCCCACAUUGGUGCAAUGGAAUAGAGUGGUAACACUGUAGAAAUGGUCUGGGGGUUCCCAUGCGUUUCACCACAAACAGUUCGACUCCCCCACAGAGAGGAUCAGUCAGGCUUCAAUCUUCUCUUUCUAGGUUGAAAGGUCUUGAUGCUUUUACUUUGACCUAAAGGAGCUAAGUUACUUUCUUUUUGUUAUUUUUUUUUUAUCACAUCAGACCUAUUUUUUAUUUGUAUUCAGAAAAUUUGAAUUUCAAGGGAUUCAUUUGAUAUGAGCAUAUGGCAUUCAUGCAUUUUAAACCAUGCCAUUUGUUCACUUGCUUGACUGCUUCCCAUUCAUAUUUUUUCAGAAUGAGAGAUAGCCAGUGGAUCAGUACCCAUCUUUACUACUUAUCAUGGAUAACUUAUCAUGGAUAGCUACCACCUAGUAUGGAGGUUGUAUGUAUCCCAUCACUCCUCCUGCUAGGCAGAAGCUUCUGGGACCUAACAUCUCCCUCAAUGAAAUCAACAAGAAAUAUUCAGACACGUUCUGGCUCCACAAAAAAAAAUCUCUUUUAAAAAGGGAACUUCCGUAGAAAUUUUUAUUAUAUAUGUGUGACUCCUUAAGUCUGUUAGAUGUGAGACAGCUGAUUUUUUUUUUUUGCUCAAAAUGAUAUUGUUAACUUUAUUAUCUUAUCUGUAUUUUUUUGGGGGGGAGGGGGUAUUUGCUUGUUUACAUAUUUUGUGUGUCUGAAGAAUAAUGCUUAGUAUGUUUAUAGCUUAUAUGUGUAUACCAAUAUAUAUAUAAAAAUAAUAGCCAUAGGGAGCAUUAACUAAAAAUAAAAAUGAAAUGUAUCUAUUUUUUUUUGCUGUGUAUUUUAUCAUAAAACUAAUUGCAAUGUAAUUGCAUUUGUAUUUUAUUGUAAUAAAAUUGAAAAUGUCAAUACUGAAAAAUUCCAAAUUAAUGUCUUUUUAUUAUCGGCUUGUAUGUUUUACCCUUAUAUUACAAAGCCAUGUUUAUUUUUAGGAAGAAUUUUGCACAUUUAUGCAGCUCGACUAUUCUGAACUGGAAAAAUUAAGCUUGAGACGUAAAAAGAUCAGUUUUAUUUUGCCAGCUACUAUCCAGGAGAUAAUACACGGAGAUCCCAUUCUGCGUGUAUUUCCCAUGACCGACAACACCUUGAUAAUGGUCAGAGAAGAUGGUCAUAUCUACUUUUGGUCCACACAUCUUAAACUGAAAAGAGACAAGAUGAUAUUUGUAUGUACAAUAUUACAUUGUUUUAAAUAUUAUUUUGCGUAAGAGAUAAUUGGCAUUUGUUGAAAUAAUAAUAAACUCUGUGUUUACAUUGACUCAAAAGGUAAUGUAAAACUGGAACCUGAAAACAUUAUGGCAGCUGAUACUUACUGUCGGUGCCCAAAGAGAGUAUAUAGUUAGAGGGACACUGUAGGCACCCAUACCACUUCAGCUCAUUGAAGUGGUCUGGGUGCAACGUCCCAUGCCCCUAACUCUACAGGGGUAAUUAUUGCAGUUUCUGAGAAACAACAAUAAUUACCUCUGAGGAUUAACUCCUCCUCACUUCCGGAAUUCAAACGGACCUUUGGUCCAUUAUCUGACGCUACACGUUCUCACGCUAUGCAUGAGGACCUCCAGUGUCCAUUUUUCCCCAUAGGAAAGCAUGUUGCGCAUGCGCAUUAGGUCUCCACCGCUGACUAACUGACGUCAGCGGGGGAGGAGCAUAGGUGGAGCUUGACCCAAUGCCGAGGCACAUCCUUCAGCCACAUGGGAGGGGGGCACGAGGGAGGGGGUAACUGUAGGAUUUUACUGUGCCAGGAAAAUGGGUUUGUCUUUUGGGCACUAGAGAAUCCCUUUAAUCAGAGAGAAAAUAGCCACAGAUCAAUAGUUCACACCUAUAUAACCAGAGGAAUCUGACAUAGGUUCCUCUCACUCACAGCCCUUCCAACUGGAUUGAAGGAAAAUUCAUAAAUGGUACUGAAAUGUGGCAUUCCACUACUUUUGUCACUAUGAGGAAGUAUUGUGAUGGCAAUAAACACUAGUUUUUAUAAAGCAAUGUGUUAAAUGUUGAGUCCUGCUCACCAUUUGCCCAGCAAAUCAAUGUCUGAAGUAGUAGAGGUGGAGUGUGGUGCCCGGCAGACCCAAGUAAUAGGUACAACCAUACUAAAACAGUUUAAACAUACCCAGGGCAUCACUACAUCAUGCUGCUUAUGUAACUUAGAGUGUUCCUUUAACAAAAAUAAGUUUAAAAAAAAAUUAGGCUUACAUGUAAUCCAUUGCAGGUAGAGUCUCCUCUCAAUAGCUCAAUCCACCUAUGUUGUGAUCAUCCAUCAUCUUUGUUACAACUAGGUGUUUCUUAUAGUGAAACAAAGCAUUGUAUGUAGCAUUUGCAGCAAUCAUUGCAGUUCGCCAAUUGAAUGCUCAUCAUAGAGAAGCAUUUUAAUACAAUGAUUAUCAUCAAGUUAUGUGUGCUAAUAUGUGAUAAUACUGAACAUGAAGACCUUCAAAAAUUAAGAAGUGGCUUUAGUCAUGGACAGUCUGAGAGCCACCAGAAGUGUGAUUUCGGCCAAUUGUAAACAUGUCUGUUUCUCAGAAAAAGCAAUGUUUUACGUUCCCAGAGAAUUGACUGAACUUUCAUAAACUGACCCUUAUUUUGUAUUGGACACAUGCUACUAUCUAUCAAUGUAGAAUACUGUAUAUUUUUUUUCACUGUGAAAAACUUUAAAUAAUUAAUUGAAAGAGCUUUACAUUUUUAAUUACACUAACCUUGAUCAUGUUUCAGGAAAAGAGUGCAAAAAAGAUGUCAAAGUGGGUGACCGACUUCACUGUCAUGCUGCAAUAUAACAAGCUGGUCUUGGGAACAGGGUAAAUAAAUGCAUUUUUGUUUGUAAAUGUAUUCGUUGUUUCUCUGAUAUGACAAAGUUUGAAAAAAAAUGUUUGUCAUGAGUGGAAAGUCAAGUGCUUGAUAAGUAAAAUAAUCUAUGAAUACCAAAUAAAGUGAUGUACUUGUUGCUCAAGCCAAAACCCAUGCCGUACCUUGUUAUGCGCUUUGCCCCAACCAACUGGGGCUGAUAUGAUUGUGGAGAAACCCCGUAGGAGGUUGGUCCAAGAACCAUCAAAUGCUUGGAGUAAUAUGGAACACAGAGAACUCGAGUGCAUAACUUUAUUUGGUAUUUUUCUUUUUACAUAUAUAUAUAUAUAUAUAUAUAUAUUAAAGUGUCACACACUUGUCUGUGUUAUUUGUGAAAAUGAUCUAUGCCAUGCAAUUCUACAGUGUCUCUUAGCACACAACAUUUUUGGUACAGAAUAUACAAUUUUGAAUUCCUGAGUUCUAUUUCAAGCUUCCCAUGGAUUUUUACCAAUCUAUUCUUUUCACCAUCCAAAUUACUAUCCUCUCUCUCUUUUUUUGUCUUAUUAAUGUUCCUCUUAUUUUUCUCCCCAUUAUUAUUAUUAUUUUUCCUAUUUCCGUUUACUGUGUGUUUUUCAUGAUUCUUUCUGUUCCCAUGUGUCUCCCUAUUUUCUCACUAUUUUGCUCCAUAUUUGUCAUCAUUAUUUUGUCCCUGUAAACGUUUGUCCUACAUCAUAUAAUUGAUGUUUCUCGUGGUAUUUAAUGUCUCACAUUGUCCCUCACAGUAACUUCAUUGUCCCCAUUGCCCAUCUGGUGUAAAUGUCAUAUGUUUAUCUGUCAUCCUGAAGUCAACCUACGUCCCUUCAGCAUUUACAAAGUGCACCUGGUUCUAUUUGGCCAAUUACUGUCCCCAGAUAUUCCUCCAAUAACCCUACUGUCCUCAUCGGUUCCUCGAUUGCCCUUGACAGUUUCUUUGGUGUGUAUCCCAGUCCAUAUGUUGUGACUCCAAUGUCUACCUAUUGUCACACAAUAUACCUAUUGAGUUUCAGCUGUCACUUUUGUAUCCCCAAUGUUCAUUUAGCCUUUCCAUCUGUCCCUUUAGAGUUUUAUCCAUUCUCUCCAGUAUCCCACAUUUAACCCGCCUCCCCCCACCACCAUAGAAUUCUCUACUGUGUCUCACUUGACACAUCAAUAGCGCGGCUACGAUCCCAUAAAUCCCCCACAUUUGUUAUAGUAAAUAAAUUCCUGAGUCUCAUCUUUUCCAUCCAAUACCAGUAAGAUUUCCAUGUGGUGUUUUUACUGCUUACUGAAGAACUAUAUUGUAUUCAUUUAUGAUGUUCUCUCUGUAAAAUGGUUUACUGAUAUAUUACUGCAAUAUUUAGUUUGAAAACGUUAUGUCUUUCAUAGGGACAGGGAGAUCCAGCUUUAUGAACUAUCAAACCUAGAACCGUACUGCCAAGUCACUGGACUGGAAACUAUGCCUUUAAGAUUAGACUACUGGUAAAGUACAAUUCUUACAUCCAUUGUGAUAUCCAUUGUGAAAUAAAUAGAUAAACUAAUACAGUCAACUUACUUUAGUAUGUGUCUUUGACAUGCCUUAUCAGACCGUUACUUAAAGGGAAACUUUACAUUCUCAAGAUUAGUAAUUUAAUUAAUUUUUUUAACAUUUGUUCUAUUUUUGUAGAUAUACAAUACAGGUAAAAUGGCAAGGGUUGUAUGGGAACAUACAGGGUUGUACAUUGAUGACAAUAAAUGUAAUUGUCACAUCUGAACAUUGGUUAUAUGUCAUAACAAUAAAUUUAAGCAAAACAUCACAUCAUCAAUUAUAUUGCAGGGUAUGGGUAACAUCAUUUUCCAAAAGAGGUAUCAUAGAUAUGGUGACUCGUUUGGUCUGAGUGAUAGGGCUACCUCCUCUAAAUGAAGAGCUAUAUCGGCAGCAUGCCUGUCACCUGGGCACUCCCCGUGUGCUUUAGGCCUGGCCCCGGUUCCAGGACACGCCUCCUUAACCAAAGUGGAGGGGGAUGACCUGGACUUAUCUCUUCUGUACUUUAUGGUUAAGGACUCACCUACAGGACCGCUAGUGCAGAUCUGAUUCCCAAGUUUUUGUGCUGGGUUUCAUGUCUUAUUCUGCCUGCUUUGUCUUUCCAAUGUACUGGUGCGUAGGUUUGAAAGGAAUGGAGGUGAGUGUGACGUAUUCAUGGUGGAAUGGUGAGUGGGGGGGGAGGUUUUAAUUGACAUGCCGGUCGGGCUGCUGGACAGGCGGCGCUGGCGAGGGAGCACUUUCCCCUGAGCGCUCUGCUCAGUUCCCUCACGUGCCGCCCGCAGAGUGAGGCUGGGAGCCGGAAUAUGACGUCAUGGGACAGAGUCCGCAUGAUUGCGAAACAACUUCGUUAAGGCCUCCAAUUUACAAGCUGCAUGUUUGCCGGCCUAACUCUGUGUCAAGUGGGAGCAUUUGGAGUGUCCCAUUUGAGCUGUGGAUACCCGAUAUAGAUGGAUUGUGUGCAAGUUAACACGGAGGGCCGUUAGAAUGUGGCCAUUCAGCCCCAAGGUUGGCUCAUCCCCUCCAGGAUUAGUAAUUUUAUGUUCAGCUACUCCCUAUAUUUAGAAAAUAUGUUUUUGUGAAGAUUAAAUAUUAAAAUGAAAUGUAGAAAUUUACACAACAGUCCUAGAACUGGGAACCUCCAUCUUAGAGCCUUGUCAAUCAUCAUUCUAAAUGUUGCUUUUUUUCUGCCAUUGAGCACAUUGGAACAGGAAAAAAACAAAACAAUAUUGUGUGUGCUGGUUGUGCCUGAACUGAACAUUAUUGUGAGUUGAUUUGCUAAAUCUUUAAUAUGCAUUUGAAAAGAAAAUCGAACACCGCAAGAAAAGAAGGCUUACACUAAUAUCAGCACAAGUUAUGAGUGAUGUUUAAUGUUUUGGUAUUCCUAGAAUUGACAGUUUCUUUAAAAAUGAGAAAUAUAAUAAAUACUUUUAACAGGGUUAUUGGAUACACUAGCACAUAUGUACCUUAGAGCGAACCACAACCUGAAGGAACGCAGGUUUAAUCACAGAAAUAUCUUCUGUAGCAUCUGACUCUCCUAAGUGCUCAAAUCAGAGACCGGUGAUAAACUAGUGCAUCUAUUGUCUCACUUCAAAGUGACAGAUGUCAUAAUGUGACUCACGUUUAUUGUUUCAGAUUUUUUCUACAGAAUUUCCUUGUAAAUAACUGUGAGACCCAUUAUCUUAUCAUGAGUGAAUUAAUCUGUUCAACAUAUAAACCUGUUAAGCAGCUCUGAAAGUCUAGAUAAAAGAAGACUGUGUAACCAGAGUUUAUUGUACAUAAUGAUAGGUGCAGCCUCAUUAACCAUACUGGUCCUCAAUAGUUCUAUUUACAAGAUUCUCUACUAUAGUAUUUGUUCAUUCAAUUUUAGUCAUGAUGAACACACAAAUUCUGGAGUCCUACCCUGCACUUUCUUGUCACCUUGAGGCAUGGAGCAGAGAUGUGAUAGAAUACGUGACCUUCUUAAUUUAUGAUUGACAUAGAUAAAUCCAUGUGAUUCAUGUCAAAGUCCAGGAAGCAACAUCUCCUUAGUUCUGCAGGAUUUACUGUUCAAAAUGUUUAAUAACGUACCAGAACCAUAAAAAUAUAUAUAUAUAUAAUCUCUAGUGGACCAUUACUACAUUAUGGUGUUAAGCGUUCUUUAACAAAAAUUAAAAUGGUGGUCUAAACACCUGUUAUUUCAACAGACCUGAUUGCAGGUACAGCAAACUAACUGUAGCACUUUAUUGUCCUAGAGUGUCCUCUUUAGAGACCUCUCUAAAGUGCCACCUGGCCCCAAACACAUCAAGCAUAUUUUUAUGCCAUUCCCAUCCACCCUGAUAUUAUGGAAUAAAUGUAUCUUUGUAUUAUUUAAAGUUUGUGGUAGGUAUAUAUUCCCCAGGAUGGGAUAUAACAUUGUGCACUUUAUAUAGCUGUUGUUGGAAGAUAGUCUACCCUUACCUCUCAAUUUUUAACCCAGAGCAAGGUCCAUAAAUACAAUUUGUCUCAUGUGCUGUGCUGCCCUCUAAGUUGCGUGAAUAGUAUUUUCAUGCCAUUCAUUUUUGAUAGUUAUAGCACAAACAUUUCAAGCUUUUAACACAACCUAUAUAUCCUACACAAUUCUGUAUGGGUAAAAGGAACCAUAACUUUAUUUAAUGUAACAAGAAGCUUUUCCUUGCAUCAGCAUCCUUGAUCAGCGUACCUGGGAAGGUAUUGGGCUUGCUCACAGUUAUUAGGUGUUUGGGUAUUUCUGUUUAAAUUUUGAUUCACUUCCAUUUUCUCUGAGACCUUGAAAUCAUAUCCACUUGCAAGUAACAGAAAAGUUUUCAGCUAUCUCAAGAUUGGUUUACUAAAAGGUAAAAAUAGAUUGUCUUUGUCUUAAAAAUGAAUCUGGCACGCAGAGCAGUGUGCUGAAACUAGGAAGUCGUCAAGUGUCACUGGUGGACUGACUCAUGAUCUUGUAGCCAGUUUCUUGGCGGAUGGUGCCAAGCUACUGGUUUAACUUCAUAUUUCUUCUCUAAUUAGCAGCCAAAAUAUCUAUAGGAUAAAUUAGGAUAAAAGUCUAACAAUAUAAAAAAAUUUAAGGUGGAGUAUUUGUCUUUCAACUAAGACACACAAUUGCCAGGUAUACUGAUAUGUGACUGUAAUCACAUUACUUCCUGAGAUCAGUUAACUCCUGAAUAAAGAAUGUUGCUCAAUUGUACAACUAUAUCAUACUCAAUGGUGCAAUCACAUGGGGUUUGUCUUCCUCAUGUUUAGUAGAAUGAUGAGUUUCAUUUCUGACUUAAUUGUCUGAAAUAAAGGUGAUUUAAAGGAACACUCCGGGCACCAUAAACAUUUCAUUGAAAUAAAGUGGUCGUGUUGCCUGGACUGUUUUUUUUAAAUAAUCGAGAACAGCUUCUCCCAUUAAGGAUGUUACGAUUGGCGAACGUUGCUUUCAAUCUUAGUAUCGGACUCUCAUUGGCCUCCGACCUAACCAAUGAGUGUCAAUAGAGCGCUAUUUAAACAAUUUAUUUUCUAGACACUGUUCUCCAUUGAAGAGGCUCUCCUCUGUUUAUUGCUUGAUGAGAUGCACAGAUUCUGAUACCUCUCAUCCUGCAUUUUAUUGAAUAUAAUGGCCACAUAUGCCGAGCAAUUUUCAGUCCGUUCAUCAGUUAUCAUCAGCUAACUAGUUAUUCUAAUUCUUCUGAUAGCGCAGGUGCCCUUGAAAGCACAGUUUAGCUAUAGAUGUGAUUGGUUACCCUUAUCCUACUUUGAAUGUUUAUUGGGAUUAUUUACUGUCCGUCAUUUUCAAAUUAAUAAUUUAUUUAUUUAUUUAUGAUUUUACCCUUAUUUUAUGGGAACAAGGUAGUACUGAGCUAGCAGAUGCUCUAGCAGACCAGCAGCCUCUUUUUGCAUUGGUAAAUCUAGACUUUUGACCUCAAACAGGGUUUUGAGCAUUUAGUAAAACACUGUUUAGUAGUUAUCUAUCUUUGUUAUACUUGUCAGCCUAGUCUCUCCAUUAUAUUUGGAUCUUACCCUCAAGGGAUUAUUAUGAGAUAAGACGGUAGAAACUUUGUUGCUUUGUGAUUCUAAAGAUACAAUUCUGCUACCCUGUAUUUAACAAGCUUAUUGCGGUUUUUGGUGCAGUAUCUGUAUUAUAUGUUAGAGUAUAUUUAUCUCUCCAUACACGUGCAGAUACUUUAGUUUUCAAGUUUUUUUCUUUGUAUAUUUCUCUUUUAGUACAUAUUUUUGUGGAUGCACAAUUCAUUUUAUUUAUAUCAUAUUCAAAGUUAAGUUUUAUUUCAAACUACUCUUAGAUCUGGAAUAGUGCCUGUUUCUCUUUCCAUAAUUUCUCAUUUAUCAGAGUUACCCGCUAUUCCUAUCCAUAGAUUGUCGCCCUAGAUUAUCUGGCUCCUACAUUAAUAUUUUGUUUACUUAACCCUAAUACAUAGGCAAUAAGACUAACCCUAAAAAAUAAGUCACACUCAGAAUGCUGUGGAAUGUGACAUCAAUUAAAAGUUGAGAUUUGGAACAUAACUCUCUAAAACUAGCAUUUCUAAUAGUAAUAGGAUACAUUGCCAGCCCAGCCCUCCAGCUAAGGGAAUAUUUAUCAAAGUGAUCUGAAAACCAUUGGUUACAUUCUGUCUUUAUUUUUGUUGUAUUUACUAAUGUGAUCAAAAAAAGGUGAUGGUUUUCUUUAUAGUAAAUAAUACCAUUUCAGAAAACUGACCAAUUUAUAGUAGUGGAAAAAUACCACCAGUUUUCGGAAGUGGUGGAAGUAGUGGGAAACAAAAAAUCAUAAAUCUGCUGUACUUAAGAAAGAGAAAUAUUGAGAAAUGAUGUUUAAGGGCAAAAAAGCAAUAGAUGGAAAAAAUAGCAAUAGAUUUAAUAAAUUGCACCAAAUAUUUACUGUAAACUCGAUGGAAAAGUGUUGGUGACAUUUAGACAAAUCUCCCAUGUUGUUUGUAUAUUUGUACACCUCCCAAACUUUUAAAUGGACAAGGAGGGACACUUUAAUGUGAGGAGUGUAGUUAGGGGAUUGGCUAGUGGCAAGGACUGUUCUGAGAAACUUUAAAGGGAAACUCCAGUGCCAGGAAAACAAUCCGGGGAAUUUCUAUUCAAUAGGGCUGAAUUGGUGAGUGGGGAUUUUGAGUCCUGACCAGUGGGGUUUGUUCAUUAAACUGUGACAAAUUAAAAUAUAGUGUUCAAGUAGGGAUUGUAGCCGUAUUAGUCCAGUGCUAAAUAUACAUAUAUGUGACAAAUUAUCUAAAGUGGACAAUACUGGAACUCUGUGAUAUUUCUAAAUAAGCAGGUUUGUCUAAAAAUUGCUUUAUUAAAAACACUCCUGUGUGUGGAAACCUUCAGAAUGUUUAGUGAAUUCAGUUUUUAAUUUAGCUUCUGUUAGGCAACAAUUAGCGAUUUCACCACCAUGGACUAGCGUACUACAUAUUAUAAUUCUAACAAAUUUUUUAAAGUAAAAUGAAUUAUGCAUUUUUCACUCUUGUUUUUCAGUGGAACAGACACUGACGAGUGUAUGAUUUUGUACGGUGAUGAUCAGGUGGGUACAACAUAUCUAAAUGUGUAAAUAUUCAAUUGUUUCAAAAAAAUUGUUUCGGUGUAUAUAUUCUGGCAUAUACAGUAUAUCACAAAGGUGAGUGCCCCCCUCACAUUUUUGUAAAUAUUUUAUUAUAUCUUUUCAUGUGACAACACUGAAGAAAUGGCACUCUGCUACAAUGUAAAGUAGUAAGUGUACAGCCUGUAUAACAGUGUACAUUUGCUGUCCCCUCAAAAUAACUCAACACACAGCCAUUAAUGUCUAAACUGUUGGCAACAAUUAAAUGGGCACAAUGCACCUUCUUCUAACAGGAAAAAAUGUUCUGAUUAGUUUAUUGUAUAUAUCUUUUCUUGCAGGGAUGUGUGAAUAUUCUAUUUCUGAAAUCAGUGGGAGAAAUGCUAAGGUACGAAGAAGAAAGCCUUGAAUACAGGAAUAGGAAAUCCUGGAGUAUCUGAUUAUUAAUCAAGUAUCUUGUAUGAAUAUAUGAAUACAUACAAUAUACCCUGCUAGGACACAGUGAUUUAAUCAUUUCACCUAUGCAGCAGAGAUGGUUUGAUGUUGAUGUCUGUCUUGUUUCUAGUUUCACAAUGUUACUUCAAACAAGCAUGCCUGAGGUGCCCCAAAGGCAAUCCCCAUGCGAUCAUGAUGUUUUACAUAAUGAGGCAAAUGAUUAACGUGCACAAUUUUUUAGAUGUAUAGGUAUAAGUAGUUGUGUCUUUAAAGCUUCGGUGUUGGAAGUAGGUAAACAUGCAGCAAACAGAGUUAUGUCAGAUAUCAAGUAUAGCAGUAAUCACAUUUUAGACAUAGUAGAUUAUGUGAGAAAGGCAUGGUGUUUGCAUGAAAAAAACGAGGAAAGCAUGCCACUAUGAUUAGAGAACCCCGGGCCCCCGAACAGAGACUCUCAUCCCAGUGAUAAGGUGACCCUGAUAAUUACUACUCCGAAGUCAGAGAGGAGGCGACCCAAGUCCCUAUGCAGGUAGCAGUCUACUCCCAUCACUGGCAGGAUACAGUCCUUCUCCUCACAGUUUCCUCUGAUGCUGUGGUAGGGUUUAUCAGGUGGUGUCAGCCGUUAGCGGUUGGGAGCUGGAUAUAUGCGGGGACCCCGCAGUGAUCCACCGCUGUCGGGUGUGUGUCUUGGCAUCGUGGGUCCGUCCCUGCUUGUAGCUUGAGUGUCUCGGGAGCUGCUCCGCCCUUCAGUUGGUCUCUGCACAAGGUCCGCAGUGUCGAUUGAAAGCACCCCAGGCCGGGUCUCGGGAUAGAUGAGUCGCUCAGGUGAUAUCUCCCAGAGUUGCCCGCUGUGAGAGCCAAGAGCCCUGGGGGAGCACCUUCUCCACAGUGCCGGUCAGGUUCAGCCGCCAUCUUGAAGAUUAGGCAAGGUCUCCGCUCUGAGUAGGGCCAUAAUUCAAACAUUUUACUGACUUUUUAAAAAUUGAUAGCAGAGCUGUAGAUGGAAGAAAAGAAUUUUAGAAAAAGAUGGGGCAAUAAAUGCUUUCACAUAGGGCUGUACUUAAUAUAAAAGAAAGUCCAAACCCGUUUUAUUCAUAUAAGAGAGAGAUAGAACAAUGUAAAGGGAUUGUACUAAUAUAUAUACAACAUGUAAAAUGCCUUCUUUAGAUUCUGGAAGAAGAUGCCACGAACAGACAGCGGCAUGCCAACAAUCAGUAUUGACAAGGCUGUUUCAUCACCUCAUGUAUCUUUUAUUCGCUGGAAAGUUCACAAUGAUUGGGUUACCCAGGUACGAGUACAUUGUCUUAAUACAAAACAUUGUUGCAUUUCUUAAACUAGCGAAUGGGAGCUAUGCUCUUUGCCAAUGAAUGUCGAUCAUCAUGGAAGUGUGUUACUGGGCCACCAGGGAGCAUUGGUUAGAGCCAAGGUCAGAGUAAUGGGGAGGCAGAAUAAACAAAUUACUAGCCAGGUUCAGGAAUACAGAAUGGCUGGGAGAAGAAUAAACUAGCCAUAUCAGGGUUACAGAAAUAGUAAAUAUCAGGAACUAGCCAAGGUCAAUUCCCAAAACAACAGACAUGAGUAAAGAAUGCACUAAAUUAGUCCUGGAAACAGAAACGAUAAUAGGGCACAGUAAAUAUGGCCAAAAAACUUUAAAUAGUGUUAGUGGUGAACACAUUGGUACACAUCACACCCACAACCCCAAAUGUGCGUGAAUGGGGACUCUAGCAUGACGUGGACCAUGUUGAACUGGAAGUGACAUUUACCCUCUGUGCCUUUAUGGAUGUGCUCUGUACGCGAGCAGCAUCCUCCUUGUUGAUGGAAGGCUUACCCGAUCGGUGCUCGCAGCCCCCAAGUAGCCCUCUAAGUAACAUCACAAUGAUCUGUACACUAAAACUACUUCAUUAAGCUACAAUUGGUUUGGUGCUUUGAGUACCCAAUCCAGUCUUUGGCCAAUUCCGUCAGGUUCUAAUUAUGCUUUGUAACAAAUUAUCAGGGUACUUUCUAGAGGCUGGUAUACUUCCAACUCCCCCCAAACAGGGUCUGUGUUAAGGCCUUACUGCCAAACAACUUUUAUCUACAGUGUUGCCUGGGUUGUGUACACAGAAAUACCGAUGGCCUUUUCUCACAAGAGAACUAUUAAACAAGAAUAAAAAAAUGCAUUUCACAACUACUGGUGGAGUGCAAACUUCGGCACUCCAGAUGUUGUGAACUACAUCUCCUCUGAUGCUUAGCCAGAAUUACGGCUACAAGAGCACUGUGGGAAUUAUAGUCCACAGCAUCUGGAGUGCUGACGGUUGCCUACCCCUAUUUUUGAACAUUAAGUAUUUUAUCCUUCCAUUAUGUCUUUUAAGUAUUUCAUCCUUUAUUGAUCUACUAGUGACAUCUAUUGGUUGAAUUGUGUAUUGCUUUGCUAAGCCAAAUGUAUGUGACCACAUUGCUUCCCCUGCACUAUGUAUAAAGUAGUUGUGUUGUCAAAAUGUAAACUUCAUGGAGGCUGUUUAGUGUACAUUCACUGUUUAUCCUUAGUUAUGGAAUAUGAAGUGCGAUGUAUGUUGUACAUGUUGUGUCCCUAGUCAUUCCAUCUAUUUAUAUAUUUGCUACAUUAUGUUCACUUAAAUUUACCUUUUGAGCUGUAAAAUCUUUCCCUAGUUAAUUUAUGUCAUGAGUUCAAUUCACUUUUAUGAAGAGUUAAUAGGGAAAAGAAAACAAGUUAAAAUAAAAUGAAUUUAAUUUUGAUUUUGGGUACUGCAGUAACUAUUCCUCUGUGUGGUAACAGUGUAUGUUAGAAAGAAGGACACACUAAAAUUCACAAUCACAGUUAAUUGAUAAAGGCGGAGUGCUAAAACGUUGGGGGGAUUGUUAUAUUAUUAUUAUAUUACUUGUUAUCUAUUUGCACUCUCCUCUCACGUCUCUCUCUUGUCUUGUGGUAUGUAGUUUUAUUGCUCUUCUAUACUAUUUAUCAUUUAGUGGUCUGUUAGUGGUCUUCAAUCGGGGAACAACGAUUUGUUGUUCCCUGAUUGAAGAUGCUUGGUAAAUAUCAACCCCCCUUUGCAUUUUACAAUAUUUACUUACUCAAUGGUUAUAUAAAUAAUUUCUGCAUAUAAUGUUUUUGCGAUUUUUGUAAUGAUUACGGUAUUUGUAAUUAAGUUCUAGUUAUGUAUUUUAUCUAAAUGUUGUGGUCCUGUGUUAAAGUUUAUACAAUUUGUGCAACCCCAUGUGGCAGUCCCACGGCAGGUCCAGAUGGGAUUGUGAUACUUCAUGGGAUUUACUAAAAGUGACAAUUGUCAGGAAUUCAGAUAGAAUUCUAUCAGGGUUAUUCACUAAAUUGAGAAUUUAAAUUGAACUGCAUUAUAGCAGGCCUUAAGACAUCUUUCCGUUCGGCUAUUUUGACCUUAAAUUUGAAAUUCACUUUGAAUACAUCUUGAAUCUACACUUAAGUUAAUAACCCUGUAAGUGAAUUUCAAGGUCAAGGUCAAAGUAGCCAAAAUUGAAGCAUAGCUGACUCAAAUAACCCGGGGAGUGUGGACAUGGGUUUCAAUAUAACACUUUGCAGUAUUUAACACUGACUUAUAUAAAAAGUUCUUCUGCACCAUCUGUAAGAGAAUAAUUUAAUGAUCGCAGACUGUAUGAAAAUCUGUCUUUGGUACUGGUAGUUUUAUUUUACAGAAAUAUAUCUAAUUUAAUGUUGAUCUUGUUAAAUGUUUAACUGUCUCUUUCUAACUUACUCUCCCCUAUAGAUGAAGUACUAUGACUCCAUUAAAUCUGUUGUUUCUGCCUCGAAUGAUGAAUCUACAGCUUUAGUAAUAGGUAAUAUUAUCUUGCAUUGAAUAGAAAAAUCUUUCAAUAUAUGCAUGCUUUUCACAAUAUUCUUGAAUGCCAUGCUGCAGUUGAUGGUUUUAAAGGAACACUAACCACCAAAUCUCUUUAGUUCAAAGUUUAGCUUAGCGGCCAACUUUGAGCACCAGACAGACCUCCAGUGUUUGUCAAGCAGCUCAAUAAUGAUUUGACAAAAAACAAUGGGUAGGCACACAUAGACGCAUAGCACCAUAACCACUACAGUGAGCUGUAAGAUUACAGCAUAUAGAGGACCCUUUAAGCAUGCAACAGAUACAUACUCAAAAAAAUACAUGUAAAACAAAACAGAACAUCUAGUUUAUAGGCCAUAGCUUAUUGUUACUCACAGCACAAAAAGAGUUGCAACCUUCCUCAAGCAAUAUGACAAAGCAAAAGACAGUCACUUCUUGACAUACUCAGUAUGUUUUUUUUCCAAAAUCUCCAAAUGAGCUGCCAAAUUGUUGCCAGCCCAGACCACGAAAUAUCCCCGGUCAUGUCAAAUGGUUCUGUUGGUAUUCCUCCAUGGAACAAAACAAAAAGGAAUACAGAAAUCAAGCGAUGAAUCUAUCGAUUCAGAGCUGUAAGAUCCUUAUUGGAAUGUUCAGAUUAAAAAGUUGUACAAUGCAAGGAUCAUAAAGAUAACAAAGGUGAACAGGAUCCCUGUGAUCCACAGCAACACAUCAAAGCCAAUGCUAUUAAUCCCUAAAUACCAACAAUCCCAAAAAUAUUGUAGAAAAUGGUCAACAUUGUCUUCAAACUCUACAAACAAAAUGCCUCUUCCCAAAACCUUCCCAAGUUGCAUCCUGUAUAAUGAAACGAAACUUGCAAAACCGCAUCUCAGUGUCAUUCAGAUGUUCAGUUUUCGGUGCAUUGGUUAUCUAGUAAGAGGCCGGUCUCUGGCAUUGGUGUACUCUUCUAUAAUUUAGGAAGAUUAAACCUUUUAAAUAAAAAUGGGUGGCAGCAGAAAUGGCUGCUCGUUGGCUUGAGGUUACUAAGUAUUAGGAAUACUGUUACAUAGCGUAUCACUAAUCCUUUUCUUCAAUGUGUUCUUUUAGGUUGUACAGUUGGGACAACAAAUGUUGAACAGCAAAUGAAAGAUAUAAAAGAACAUGGGAAGGACACAAAGAGCCGACGAGCACUGGUUACACUUGGACCAGCGCAAAAGAGAGCAUCCGGAGAUCAGACUGUGUUCCGUGUCUACAAAGGAGUGAAAACAUUUGCCCUGUGUAAGAAGAACAGUCUUAUUGCAACUGGAGGAAUGGACCGGAUUAUUCGCAUGUGGAAUCUAUACGUACCAACGUAAGGUUAUUAAUCCCCGUAAGGAAAACUAAAAUCCGAUAAUAGCUAAUCAUACAAAUGUGUUCAUUUGUACUAUAUGCAACACUAAUCCUGGCUUUAGUGAAGUAAACACUGUUAGCUUGUUAUUUAAACACUGUUAUCAAAUUACACCUCGAGCAUAUUAUAUGGAUUCCACUGAAAAACAGGUUUGGAGCAAAAGGUCAAAGCAUUGUAACGUUAAGCUUUUAAAAUAACAUGGUUACAAAUUAAAUAGAUUUUUUUUCUUGAAUACAGGCACUCCUCACUUACCGAUCGAGUUCCGUUCCUACGACCCGGUCGUAGAACGAAUUGGUCAGUAAGUGAGGAGUUAAGGGAUUCCCUGCUCUGGUGCGUUCCUCUAUGUUCUGGGAAACUUCCCUGAACAUAGAUUAGAGUGAUUCCCUGCUCUGCUGCAUUCGUCUAUGUACGGGGAAGUUUCCAGAGCAGGGAAACUCCCACCCCACCCCCCCGCCACGGCUUGCACUAACCACUGGUCGUAAGUGUGAGCCGUCGUAAAACAGGUAGGUCACAAAACGAGGACCACCUGUACUAUUAAGACAUUAAGAUGGAGAAUACAGAGAGCUGCAGAGCUUAGCUGGAGUUAAAGGGACACUCCAUUGCUCAAAUACAAAGAUAAAUACAUUUGAAAAUCACUACUUAGUAAAUGUGCUCUGAAUGAAAACAUGCAUGCAUGCAUUUUAUAAUGCUUUUUUUUCAUUGAGGUAUAAACACAGUCUACAAAAGCUACAGUUCUCUUGUCUGCAGCCUUUCAUAGGCGUGCGCACGGGGUGUGCCGGGUGUGCCUGGGCACACCCUAAUCCCGCGGCACGCCUAUGUAUAUUGAGACCGGCAGGGGAGAUCUCAGGAUCUCCCCUGUCGGCUCAUGCAGAGCCGGCGCUAUCCGAGCGCCGGCUCUGCUCUCAGCCUCCCUCCCCACUGACCCACAUGCAGGGAGGGAGGCAGGAGAGGACCGGCGGAGCUCUUGCCGGCAGCUCCGCCGGGUUCCUCUCGCGAGAUAUGAGCGUUGCCACGGCAACACUCAAAUCUCGCGAGAGUGAACUCUAGCCCCACCAGGGAAGGAAUCAGCAGCACUAUCCCCCCUCCCUACAAAAGGUAAGAAGGGAGGAGGGACAUCAAGUAAAGUACCCCCACCCCCACAAUCACCCACACACAUACACAGCACCAACACACAUACAGCACACACACAGCACCCACAGACAUACAACACCCACACAGACAGCACCCACACACAUACAGCACCCACACACAUACACAGCACCCACACACAUACACAGCACCUACACACAUACAGCACCCACACACAUACACAGCACCCACACCCACACAGCACCCACAGACAUACACAGCACCCACAGACAUACACAGCACCCACACAGCACCCACAGACAUACACAGCACCCACAGACAUACACAGCACCCACAGACACACACAGCACCCACAGACAUACACAGCACCCACAGACAUACACAGCACCCACACACAGCACCCACACACAGCACCCAUACACAGCACACCAUACUCAGCACCCACACACACACACACAGCACCCACAGACACACACAGCACCCACAGACAUACACAGCACCCACAGACAUACACAGCACCCACACACAGCACCCACACACAGCACCCAUACACAGCACCCAUACACAGCACCCAUACACAGCACACAUACAGCACCCACAGACACAGCACCCACAGACACAGCACCUACAGACACAGCACCCACAGACACAGCACCUACAGACACAGCACCCACACACAUACAGCACCCACACACACACAGCACCCUCACAAACACACACAGCACCCUCACACACAGCACACAAACAGCACCCUCUCACACACAGCACACUAACAGUACCCUCACAAACACAAACAGGACCCUAACAAACACACACACAGCACACUACCAGCACCCUCACACACAAACAGCACCCUCACACACAGUACAUUAACAGCACCCUCACAAGCACACACACACACACAAACAGCAUCCUCAAACACAGUACAUUAACAGCAUCCUCACAAGCACGCACACACAAACACCCUCACCCACAUAGCACACUACCAGCACCCUCACACACACACAUCACACUAACAGCACCCUCACACAGCGCACACACACACACAGCAGUGUGUGUAUGUGUGUGUAUAUAUAUAUAUAUAUAUAUAUAUAUAUAUAUAUAUAUACACACAUACAUAUAUAUAUAUAUAUACAUACAUACAUAUAUACAUAUAUAUAUAUAUAUACACAUAUACAUACAUACAUAUAUAUAUGCGGCGUGUGCAUGUGCUUUAGGGUGCACACCCUAAUGCAAUAGGCUGCGCACGCCUAUGCAGCCUUUACAAACUCUUCCUUCCUUUUCCAACCCAAACUUUCUCUGGCUGUCCAAUCACAGACUUCCCAAUGCAGCCCAAUGAGAUGUCUUUGUAAGGCUUCCUCUGCUGCCUCUCAAACCAGGAAGUAACAAGGCUGGUUGCCUGAUUGACAACCAGGGGGUGAAACAAGGUUAAUUUAUUAAAGUGCCAAUUUGUAUUGAAAUCUGCACCUUUUGUAAAAAAGAAAAAAGAGAAAGCUAAAGGGUUUUUUGUCUUUGGAGUAUUUCUUUAAUAAAGGUUCUUUUUUGGCUUCUUCUUUGUACUAACACAAAUAAUCAGAAUUAGUACAUGCAAAGCAGGACUUGUGGGAGACAUAUUCUCAUGUACCGAGGCAAAUUCUGCUUAAAUUAAAAAACUUGAUGAUGGAGUUUUGUGAAUAGCUGAUGUUACUGUUCCAGAAUUCGAUAGCAUUCUUUUUUAAACCUUCAAGCAACACUUUAAGCUCCAAAACAACUUUAGUUUAAUGAAGUGGGUUUUGUUUGUAGAUCAUGCCCCUGCAGUCUGACUGCUCAAUUCUCUGCCAUUCAGGAGCUAAAUCACUUUACAUAGACCUAGCCACAACUCUCCUGGCUCCGACUCAAACAGCCUGCCUAGAGACUUCAUGAAAAAGAGUGUACAUUUGUCUACAAGAGAAAAGAACUCUCUAGAAGAGUGGGAAUACCAGGAGCUGGCUAGGUGACUAAUGGCUAAAAUACUAAUACAUAGAGAUAAAUAUAAAUACAAAAAUAUAUAUAUGGUACUAUGCCUUUAAAUCUGGAAUGGACAAAGUAUCCCUAUAAAUGUGCAAAAAUGUGAAUAAAGGUGCUAUGAGUGGAGAUCUCAAAUAAACGGGAUAUCCCUUUAAAUAUGCAAAAAUACAAAGAGAAUGCUGCUAUACCUUUAAAUGUCCUUUAAGAGUGUGCAAACAUGCAAAGCAGUGCUAUAUAGGGGGGGUGAUAAAUAAAAAAAAAACGUAUAUAUAUAUAUAAAUAAAUAAAUAAAUACAAAAAUGCAAAAAGGGGAAAGAUGAGAGACCAAAUUCUCUGCUGGAUGACCAAAAAAUAUGUAUGAAACUGGUGUCUAUAUCCCAAACAACAUGAGGGAUAAAUGAUACCUGUUGCAAAUAAUAUACUUAGUAAAAGAUAGAAGUAAAAAAUAAUAAGCUAUACAGUACAAGGAACUGUUAGCUUUAGGCAAUAAAAAUGAAAACAAUAUAUCGCUGGAAAACUGAAGCAUAAAACUGGAUCACUUCAUAUAAGAAAAAAAUGCCAGUUUAUUGAAUAUAUUAAAAUAACUUUGGAAAAAGUUAAAUAUAAAAAUACAGGUCACACUAGAUUCAGAAAUGCAUUACCAGACUGAUGCAUUGAGAAAUAACAGCAAGGACCUUCGGAUUGUUAAGGAUGGAUAUGGAUUGUGAUGAUUCAAUAUACAGCUGCCGGUGAGGAUGGCUUGUGUCUGUGAGCACGUCCCGAGCAGGAGCCUCACUUCAGGGGACGUGCAGGACAGAUGCCUCCGGUGGCGGUACUUUCCAAACAGGUCCUGCGUGUGGAGAUUAGUGGUGCUGCUGGUACAUGCGUCUGAUCCCGUGUGUUGCUGGAAUGCCUGUCUUACGCGUUUCGUAGGGAAUGGGCCCUACUUCAUCAGAGACAUAAUAGUUUCUAGUGCUUCAGUUCUUCUUUAUAUACAUUGCCUAAUUAUCAAUCACAUUUAGGUGUUAAAACCAAUAUAUUCUAUACUAAUAAAAACAGUAUUUGUACCUGCAUAAAACGAUACAUACAUAUACAUAAAAUGCAAAUCAUUGCCACUAGGGUAAAAACAAUAUUUAUAAAGUCUCAUAAAAUGUAGACAAAUACAUAAGACCGGUAAAUGUAAAAAUACAUAAAAGCAAUAUAUGAAUGUUCCAAAUGGAAGGAACAUAUAUAAUGAAUCAAUUAGAGAUAAUGAAAUGCUGGACAUAAAUUGGUAUAUAUACAUGAAGAUAGGUGGAUAAAAUCAUAAUAGUAUAUUGACUACAUAUGGAUAACCAAUACUAGAUAGGUACCAUAUAGUUAUAGUGUGAAUCCUUCCUUCUAGGAGAAAACAGGAGAAAAAUAAUAGUUAAUAUAUACAAAAUAGAUAAUAAAUAAAUAAUCCCUGGUGGUGGUCUGUAACUAUAAAUAAAGAUGAAAAAAAAAAAGGGGGGGGACUAUAAAUAAAGGUGAAAAAAAAUAUAUAUGUAUAGAUUAUAGGAAAGCAUUAAGCUCAAAAUCUACAUUGAGUCCCUUAGGGACCCUAAGGGACUCAAUGUAGAUUUUGAGCUUAAUGCUUUCCUAUAAUCUAUACAUAUAUAUAUUUUUUUAUUUUUUUUAUUUAUCACCCCCCCUAUAUAGCACUGCUUUGCAUGUUUGCACACUCUUAAAGGACAUUUAAAGGUGUAGCAGCAUUCUCUUUGUAUUUUUGCAUAUUUAAAGGGAUAUCCCGUUUGAGAUCUCCACUCAUAGCACCUUUAUUCACAUUUUUGCACAUUUAUAGGGAUACUUUGUCCAUUCCAGAUUUAAAGGCAUAGUACCAUAUAUAUAUUUUUAUAUUUUUAUUCUCUAUGUAGUAGUAUUUUAGCCAUUAGUCACCUAGCCAGCUCCUGGUAUUCCCACUCUUCUAGAGAGUUCUUUUCCCUUGUUCUAUAUAGGUUUUUAGUGAAUCCCUAUCAUUACCAGUUUUCGAGCAGCUUAGUGCUAGUCUGUCUCCCUCUCUCCUGCGUGGUACAUUAGGUACACCAGAACCGUUCUACUAUUUGUCUACAAGAGUCUACACAAGCUUCCCAUAUUGCACCGUGUAUUUAAUUUAGAAGUUCUUAUCUCCUGCUCUGUUAAUAGCUUGAUAGAACCUGCAAUUGCCUCCUGUAUGAUUCAUGUUCAAUAAGGCAAUAAUAUAUUCUAAAGUAAACUGAUUGUGCUGUAAGACUGGGUUGUAAAUUAAACAAUUUUUUUCACGCAGGCUGUGUGAGUCUCAGUCUGGGGAGGUGUGACUAGGGUUCCAUAAACAAAGAGAUUUAACUCCUACAUGGAAGGAAACUGAGCGGUGAGAUUGCAGAGGCAUGAUCUAUACACCAACAGGGUUAUUCACUAAGGUGAGAAUUCAAAGUGAAUUUCAAAUUUAAGGUAAAAAUAGCCAAAUUGGAAGAAUUCUUUGUCCGCUAUGAUUCACUUUGAAUUCACCUUGAAUAUGUUGUGACUUCUAUGUCUGAGUAGUUAUGCUCUUUAGAAUAAUAUGAUUAAGAUAGUUAACCUUUUAGUGUUGCAGUUUUAAACCUCUGAGUCAGGACGCAAAAUUGGAUCCCCAUGUUAUUUUAGUAGGUCCUCAAAUGUAGGAACAGACCCAUCAUAUUCCUCAGCUCCAAGUCUACUGCCUAUAAUUAAGUGUUUACUGUCAUGGGAAUAGCUUGUUCUGUGUUACAUAACAGUGAAGGAAUGGAUCACCGAGCAAUUUUACAAUUACAGAAUGAGAUGCCAAGCUAAUGCUAUUUAUGUCACAUGAAGCCAUGUCAAAAAAGAAGAUUUUUCCCUACAUUGCUCUGUAUUCCUGAUUUCAAAGGGUUAAUCACUUUGUUGUUUCUUUAAAGAAUGAAAAUAUUUCCUUGUUAUAAUAAAGUUAAUAGCUUGCUUAUCUAUUAUUUAGACGUGCCAUUGGGAUGCUAAGAGGCCACACUGCUCCAAUUUUUUCCCUUGAAAUCUCUUCAGAAGACAACAAAAUAUUUUCUGUUGCCGUUGACACUACUAUAAAGGUAUAUCAAUAAUAUGUAUUGCAAUGUCCGCUGUAGUUUCUCAGUUUUAACAGAAUUAAAAAAUAGGUUUCAGAUUUGUUAUAUGUUACAGUAAAACGAGACAUGCUGUAAAUGGUUAGUAUUUCCAUCUGGUCUUACAUGAAAUAAAACAAAUCAAACACUCUCCCAAAUAUGAAAAAGAUACUGUGCAUAUAUUGUUGUUUAUGUUGCUAAAUCACAGCUAUCUGACAGUUCUAUCGCAAGCAGUUGCAGAACACUAAAUACAAAACCUGUCUGAAUGCGUUUACAUCUAAAGCUACCAAAAGUCUAGUUAAAAAAUCCAUAGCUUCUGACCAAGGUAUCAACCUAGAGCCUCUAUCACAGGGGUUCUCAACCCAGUCCUCAAGGACCCCACUACCAGUCUAGGAUUUAGGGAUUACCUGGUUGUGUCUAAGGUGUUUAGAAAAAGGAAAAAAAACACCUUAGACUCUAAGGUGCUUUUUUACCCAGGUAAUCCCUAAAUCCUAGACUGGUAGGGGGUCCUUGAGGACUGGGUUGAGAACCCCUGCUCUCACCUAAAACAAAUUCACUUCACACAGGCAGGUAGCCUUAGUGAGUACUUGGACUUGUUUUGGCCCAAGGUUACAUGUAUUUUGGCCCCCACACACCAAACUGAAAUUAUUAUUUUUUUUUUAGGUCUCCUUCUGCACCAUGCACAACCACGUUUUGUUAGGAAAAUUACUCCCACAUUUUUAUAUGCAUAUACAUGUAUGUAUUCAGAUUCACAUGUAUUUAUAUUCAUGAACACAUAUAUGGACAUAUACAGUAUCUCACAAAAGUGAGUACACCUCUCACAUUUUUGUAAAUAUCUUAUAUCUUUUCAUGUGACAACACUGAAGAAAUGACACUCUGCUACAAUGUAAAGUAGUGUACAGUCUGUACAACAGUGUACAUUUUCUGUCCCCUCAAAAUAACUCAACACACAGCCAUUAAUGUCUAAACCGUUGGCAACAAAAGUGAGUACACCCCUAAGUGGAAAUGUCCAAAUUGGGUCCAAUUAGCCAUUUUCCCUUCCCGGUGUCAUGUGACUCGUUAGUGUUACAAGGUCUCAGGUGUAAUUGGAGAACAGGUGUGUUAAAUUUGGUGUUAUCGCUGUCACACUCACUCAUACGGAUCACUGGAAGUUCAACAUGGCACCUCGUGGCAAAGAACUCUCUGAGGAUCUGAAAAAAAGAAUUGUUGCUUCACAUAAAGAUGGCCUAGGCUAUAAGAAGAUUGCCAAGACCCUGAAACUGAGCUGCAGCACAUUAGGCAAGACCAUAUAGCAGUUUCUCAGGACAGGCUCCACUCAGAACAGGCCUCGCCAUGGUCAACCAAAGAAGUUGAGUGCACAUGCUCAGCAUCAUAUCCAGAGGUUGACUUUGGGAAAUAGAUGUAUGAUUGCUGCCAGCAUUGCUGCAGAGGUUGAAGGGGUGGGGGUCAGCCUAUCAGUGCUCAGACCAUACACCGCACACUGCAUCAAAUUGGUCUGCAUGGCUGUCGUCCCAGAAGGAAGCCCAUUCUAAAGAUGAUGCACAAGUAAGCCCGCAAACAGUUUGCUGAAGACAAGCAGGAUUACUUGAACCAUGUCCUGUGGUCCGAUGAGAUCAAGAUAAGCUUAUUUGGUUCAGAUGGUGUCAAGCGUGUGUGGCGGCAACCAGGUGAGGAGUACAAAGACAAGUGUGUCUUGCCUACAGUCAAGCAUGGUGGUGGGAGUGUCUGGGCCUGUAUGAGUGCUGCUGGCACUGGGGAGCUACAGUUCAUUGAGGGAACCAUGAAUGCCAACAUGUACUGUGAUAUACUGAAGCAGAGCAUGAUCCCCUCCCUUCGGAGACUGGGCCGCAAUUCAGUAUUCCAACAUGAUAAUGACCCCAAACACACCUCCAAGAGGACCACUGCUUUGCUAAGAAAGCUGAAGGUAAAGGUGAUGGACUGGCCAAGCCUUUCUCCAGACCUAAACCCUAUUGAGCAUCUGUGGGGCAUCUUCAAACAGAAGGUGGGGGAGCGCAAGGUCUCUAACAUCCACCAGCUCUGUGAUGUCAUCAUGGAGGAGUGGAAGAGGACUCCAGUGGCAACCUGUGAAAAUCUGGUAAACUCCAUGCCCAUGAGGGUUAAGGCAGUGCUGGAAAAUAAUGAUGGCCACACAAAAUAUUUACACUUUGGGCCCAAUUUGGACAUUUCCACUUAGGGAUGUACUCACUUUUGUUGCCAACGGUUUAGACAUGUUGAGUUAUUUUGAGGGGACUGCAAAUGUACACUGUUAUACAUGCUGUACACUUACUACUUUACAUUGUAGCAGAGUGUCAUUUCUUCAGUGUUGUCGCAUGAAAAGAUAUAAUAAAAUAUUUACAAAAAUGUGAGGGGUGUUAUCACUUUUGUGAGAUACUCUAUAUACGCAGACACACUCAUUGAUAUACAUUCACACACACAUGCAUUCACACAAGGACUCAUACACACAGACUCAUAUGUACGCAAAGACAUUCAUAUACACACUGUUACAUCCAUAGAUAUACACACCGACUUCGUUUUUAGUUUAUUAAAUAAUGAAAUAAAGUUUUUAUACAGUGAAGUCCACACAGCCUCCCUGUUCUUACUUUGACCGUGAGAACUGGAGUGAAACCUCAUCCCUGGGGUCCAGUUGAGUGCUACUGGUAUCAGUCUCGGUGUGCUGACUUCCCAGCUCCCCGCUUUUCUGUACUUUUGUCAAGGCAGGAAUGACGUCAUAUUCCAGCAAGUAACCUGCAAUGUAAUUUUGUAUAAAAUAGCCAAAGUGACAAUAUUUUUUCAAUGUUACAAUUUAUCACCACUGCUAAAGGAUGAUAUUUUUUGCAACAAAUGAUGCUCUCCAGUUGCUUGUCUUAAGGCUUAGCAUGGUAAACAAAGAUGCAUUUUAUUGUAGAUUAUUUAAUGGGUGUUUCUGUCUGAUGCAGACCAGGUCUAAACUAUUAUCAUAUGAACUCAACAGGAACUUCAUAUGCAUUAGAACAACUUGAAUGGUUUUAUAUCAAUAUAAAUAGAAAGAUUAAACCAUGUCGUGUUACACUGAUGCCAGGAAUAAAACAUGUGGUGGUUUCUGCCCCUUUAAGUACAUCUACUGAAAAACAGUAAAAUAUGAUGUUAAAUAACACUUUUAUUUCUAAUUUAUAUAACAUAGUGGUUUUAUUUAUUCAGAUUUGGGAUAUACAAAAUCAAACCUGUUUGUUCACUGCCUGUUCAAAAUCCAGCGGGAUUAGAGGAGAGCUUACUGCGUGUGUAUAUAUCCCCGACGUUAAAGCACUUUGUGUUACAACAGAUUCCAUCGCACUUCUUCAGCUCAAGCUAAAGUAAGAAUUAUAGUUUAUCUUUAGACUGUUAUUAAAAUCCACUAAAACCUGGUGGGUUUAAGGUAAAUCCUUCAGCAGAAUUAAUGUUUCAAAAGUGUGUCUAUGCCAUUUAUUCAUAUUUUAACAUCUAACAUUUAAAGGGUUACUCCACCCACCAUGACCACUUCAGUGAUUUGACAUGGUAAGGGGGCUUGGUUGUGCUUUAUUUCCCUUUGAAAUGCUGUGAGUACAGAGUUAAAGCCCUUUGCUGCUUGAGGUGUAACACCAAUUCUGGCAGUGUCUUCAGGUUAUAACCAGAGUUAUGGGCUGGCUAAAUCGCAAUUCAAUUAAAACCAAUUGCACAAGUAUAAUUUCUAAACACACUUUUUGUAGUUAAAAGACACAUUAUUGUGAACAUUAUUGCUGCAGAGCUUUGUUAUACACUCAGACACAUCAACAGUACGGAGGUCCUAGAAAAGAGGGAAGACACAAUUGGGAUUUGGACCCAAAAUAGGGAAUGUCCCUCCUAAAUAGGGGAGGUAUGCCUGCCUGUGUGCCCUCUUUGUCUAAUGCAGACUCCUUUGUUUAUAUGAAUGUGAUCGUGGGUUUUCUCUUACUUAAAGGGCUAUUGAUUAGGAUAACUAAUAAAGAGCACUCCAGGUAUAAUUUCUCUAGGAUUUUCCUAAAUUAGCAAGUUAUUAUGUGAUAAAACAUCUGAAGACAUUUACUGAACAGCAUAUUAUUGUAGACAAAAAUUCUUCAAUAUCCUUAUAAAAAUUAUGAAAUCAAUUUUAAUAUAUCCAGACUCACACGACAAUGGUUAAUUAUGUGAGCAUACAAUAAAAUACAUUUGUUCUUGAUAGUAACAAAAAAUAAAUCUUUGUAUAUAUAAAGUGAUAUCUGCUAACAGUUCAUAAUGAGAGCGCCAUAGUUCUGGCGUUGCCAUAUUAAUUCAGUGAUGUCAAUGCAAAAUAAUGUUGCAGAAUUUUAUACAAUAUUGAAAUGCUAGACAUUUCAAAAACAAAAAUUUCCCAAGGGAGUUGUAACACGAGUGCCAGGAGUAUAAUAAUUACAAGUUAUUUACUUACCACCAGUUUUCUCAAAUUAGGUUAAAUGGCAAAAGUAGCAGUUUUGCUAUCUGGAUUAAUGCUAUUUACUCAUCCCCUAUCCUUUAAUCAGUAUGUAUUUGUAGUAUGUUAAAAAUAAAAUUAGAAUGUAGAAAUAUGCAGCUCUUUAUGCUGGAACAGGGUGUCUUCAUCUUGCAGGACUAAGACUUCCUCUAGUGACUGUCUAUCAGACAGCCAUGAGAGACACUUCCUGGAUUCUAGCAAACUCUAGGUCCCUUAAACAACUCACCCUCUGCCUUAGAGUCCUCACCCACUGCCUGAAGACAUCCAGUGUCAGUGAAAUUCCUAAAGGAAAGCAUUGAGACAAUGUUUUACCAUGGGGAGUAUCUCAUGUGCACACAGCGCUCUCCGCAUAUGCGAAUUAGAUCCCCCCACCGGAUGACGUCAGGGGAGGUGGAGCAUUGACCCAGUGCCGAAGGAAAUUAGCACUGGAAUAAGGUAAUUAAAUAAAGGUGUAUUUAGCCAUUAAUCUGCUAUCUGCUAUGGGGGAGAGGGGAACCAGAGGCACUGUAGUGUUAGGAAACAGAUUUGUAUUCCUAACACUAUAGAAUCCUUUUAACAUGUAUUGUCUAUACUGUUCUGUAUAAAGUUUAUUUAGUGAAUGGUUUGUCUUGCUUUUAUUAUAACUUUUUAGUCUUAUAACCACUUAUGUAUCACUUAGAUGUUCAGAUGUUAAUGGAUUAAUUUAACAGUUGCAUAAAGAAAAAAACAAUAAAUAAAGGCCUCAUGAAAAGUGGCAUGUGUGACCGGUAUAUAAUGAAAAUAUGUAUAUUACUGUAGCAAAGUUUUUUUCUUUUUAUUAUAAAAAGGUCACUCACUCAGCCUCACUUGGACUUCACUCACAAGGAGCCGGUUUUGUGUUGCAAAUAUAACAAAGCCUUUAAACAGGUGAUCACCUGCUCAGAAGGAUCUGUAAGUGUUUACCAAUAUUUUAUUAUAUGAACUACUUACUGUCUUACCAAUGCAGACCAAUACAGAUGAAUGACAAAAAUCAUUGCUAGGUGACAAAAAUCAUUGCUAGGUGACAAAAAUAUCAAGGGUAAAUCUUAUGGCCCCUCCUACAUAUAGACCCCCAAAACCCCAACCUUUACACACCCUAUGUCCAACCCUAAACAUGGUCUAUGCAUCACAUUGCGACAACUAGUUGUUGCAUGAAUUAAAAUUAAUGAUCAUGUAUUUUAACAGUUGCAAAUUAAAUUUGUUUGUUGCACUUAGUACAGGUCUGCACCUUUGACUGGUUGCAGAUGACUGCUGUUGUUCCAUCCUGGUCAAAAAAAUAAAGUGUGGGAAGGCUUAAAGAACCACUAUAGUGCCAGGAAAACAUACUAGUUUUCCUGGCACUAUAGUGCCCUGAGGGUGCCCCCACCCUCAGGGACCCCCUCCCACCGGGCUCUGGGGAGAGGAAGGGGUUAAACACUCACCUUUCUCCAGCACCGGGCGGGGAUCUCUCCUCUCCGCCUCUUCUCCUCUUCUUCGGCUGAAUGCGCAUGCGCGGCAGGAGCUACGCGCGCAUUCAGCCAGUCUCAUAGGAAAGCAUUCAUAAUGCUUUCCUAUGGACGCUUGCGUCUUCUCACUGUGAUUUUCACAGUGAGAAGCACGCAAACGCCUCUAGCGGCUGUCAAUGAGACAGCCACUAGAGGCUUUAGAGGCUGGAUUAACCUAUUAAACAUAGCAGUUUCCCUGAAACUGCUAUGUUUAUAAAAAAAAAUGGGUUAACCCUAGCUGGACCAGGCACCCAGACCACUUCAUUAAGCUGAAGUGGUCUGGGUGCCUAGAGUGGUCCUUUAACACAGAUAUGAAGCCUCCCAACACAACCACCGAACUCACCAAGCUGCUAUAUUUAAACCCUCACUCACAUUCACAGCACAUUUACCUCCAAAACUCACACUGCUACAGUGAGGGAAAAAAGUAUUUGAUCCCCUGCUGAUUUUGAACGUUUACCCACUCACAAAGAAAUGAUCAGUCUAUAAUUUUAAUGGUAGGUGUAUUUUAACAGUGAGAGACAGAAUAAAAAAAAAAAAUCCAGAAAAACGCAUGUCAAAAAAGUUAUAAAUUGAUUUGCAAUUUGCAUGUCAAUGAGUGAAAUAAGUAAUUAACCCCUUCGACUGGCAAAAACCUUGUCAGCAAUCGCAGAGGUCAGAUGUUUCUGGUAAUUGGCCACCAGGUUUGCACACAUCUCAGGAGGGAUUUUGUCCCACUCCUCUUUGCAGAUCCUCUCCAAGUCAUUAAGGUUUAGAGGCUGACGUUUGGCAACUCGAACCUUCAGCUCCCUCCACAGAUAUUCUAUAUAAUUAAGGUCUGGAGACUGACUAGGCCACUCCAGGACCUUAAUGUGCUUCUUCUUGAACCACUCCUUUGUUGCUUUGGCUGUGUGUCAUUAUCAUGAUGGAAUACCUAUCCACAACCCAUUUUCAAUGCCCUGGCUGAGGGAAGGAGGUUCUCACCCAAGACAUGGCCCUGUUCAUUGUCCCUUUGAUGCGGUGCAGUUGUCCUGUCCCCUUAGCAGAAAAACAUCCCCAAAGCAUAAUGUUUCCUCCUCCAUGUUUCAUGGUAGGGAUGGUGUUUUAGGGGUCAUAGGCAGCAUUCCUCCUCCUCCAAACACAGCAAGUUGAGUUGAUGCCAAAGAGCUCGAUUUUGGUCUCAUCUGACCACAACACUUUCACCCAGUUCUCCUCUGAACCAUUCAGAUGUUCAUUGGCAAACUUCAGACAGGGGGACCUUGCGGGCACUGCAGGGUUUCAUUCCUUUACAGUGUAGUGUGCUACCAAUUGUUUUCUUGGUGACUAUGGUCCUAGCUGCCUUGAGAUCAUUAACAAGAUCCUCCCAUUUAGUUCUGUAUGUAUGCAAACAAAGGAGGAUACAGCUGCAGAUCUACAAAAUGGAUACAAAACAAAAUAAUAGUGUAACACUGUUUGAUAAGAUAUAAAUGCACUAUGUGGAAUAUAACUCAAAAGAAGGAUGAAAUAAUAUCGCCCAAAGGUGCCUCCCCUGAUGUGGGUGGGGCAGUGUGUAUAUGGGGUGGCAACGUGUAUAUGGGGGUGCAGUGUGUAUAUGGGGGCUGUGUGUACAUAAGGGGGCCGUGUGUGGUGGGGUAGUGUAUAUAUGGGGGGUUGUGGGGGCAGUGUGUAUGGGGGCUGUGUGUAUAUGGGGGCAGUGUGUGGUGGGGCAAACCGCGGCAACAUUCCGUGCUCGAGAGAGGAGACCCGGCGGAGCUGCAAGCUAGAGCUCCCGGGUCUUCUCUCCCUCCUCUCUCCGUACCGGCCGCCCAGCAAUGUGCCUGCGGACCGAGGAGGGAGAUCUAUGAUCUCCCCUAUGGUCUGUGAAGGCACUUAGCAGGGCCGGUGCUAUCCAAGGAGAGAGCAUCGGCUCUCGCAGGAUCCGCCACUGCCACAUAGUCACCCUGCACAAACCUCCCCACACUCACCCUGCCACAGUCACACUGUCACACUCACCCUGUUACAAAAUUUGAAAUGUACAUUCUCUGAAAUGUCAUUCAGUUAAACUCAUACACAAACAGUCAUACUUCACACACGAAACACAGCUUCACCACAAUGCACACAUCCAGACCGGAAAGCAGACUCCCCAUUCACAAAACACAAUGCAAGCAGCUCCCCCAGACACAUACACUUCAAAACACAGGGAUACACACACUCACAAACACAGAGAUGCAACCAAAAACACAGGCACAGAUAUACCAUUAUCCUUUAGACUGAAGGCUAAGCAGCGAGAGGGUAAGCAGAGACACUGGAUCAUGGGAACCCAAGUUGUAACUUUGCAAACUGCAAACUACUUUAUUCAUUUCACUGCUGACACCUCCCAAAGUGGGACCCGACAAUGACCCGUGUUUGAUAUCAAUGCAGGCAAAACGGUACAUUCAUUCCCAGCUCCUACCAACAGAUAUCUCAGCAAGCUGAGGAAUUGUUAUACAAUUCAAUAAGCACUUGCCAUUUUCUAUAAUUAUAUGUUUUUCUUUUACUUCUAUAAAAACAUUCUUACAAUGCAGUGACAUUAAAUGGUAGUCUUAAAUAAAAUUCUGAUGUAUGGUACGGUACAUUUGUACAGAAAACAUUUCAACAAUAUGACAUUUUGGAAGGAAUAAGGUUACAUAAUUAUGUAGCUUUGAGUUAAAAAAAAAUAAAACAAAGGAUUAAAACGCUAUUUGAAAGGAGACACAGAGUAAUUUCAUUCAAGUGGAAUUAUUGUGCUAAGCUCUUAGAAGUACAUUUGGUGCACUCCCACGCACUAAAUCCAGCUAUAUCUUCAUUUAUUACGGAACGUUGCAUGGACUUUGUGCUAUUAUGAUAGACCCCAAUGUUGAGGGUGCAGGAGGUAAUACAUCUACAUUGCUAUGUAAAAGCUGAAAUCAAACAACUAGCCUUUACUCAUACAGGGUGAGCCAAAAUUCAGAGCAGGAUUUGUCAGGUAAAAAAACUUAUUUGUUAGUAGUUCAAUUGUUUUGUUGCAGGUACAUAUUAUAAUUAAUUCUUAGGAGAUUCAUCAUGGGUGAUUUCAAAAAGGAGCCACAAGUAAAAAUAGUGGAAUUUUUUUUCCAAAUGGCAGAUCCAUUAUUUUUCUGCAAAUAAGACAAAUCAUCCUGUUUAGAGUAUUAGCAUGUUAUAUAUUCACAAAUGGCUCUCAGAACUUGUAGUAAAAUAGAACUUCUCUUUACUUCAAUACACACACAUAAUGACAUAACACAAGAGAGACUAACACAACAGAACAAGUGCAUAACUUCACUAUGCUGCCUUCUACUGGAAGGUGGACUGCAUAAACCCCAAUACAUGACAUUCUGGAAUAUCAUUUCAACAGGAUGGGGCUGCUGCCCAUGCAGCCAGGGCCACAAUGGACCUCCUGAGACAACUGUUAUCGAGCGGAUAAUUUCAAGAAAUUCCCAGAUUAAUUGCUAAGGGUACCAAAUUAGGGAGGAAGCUGUUUACUAGAUAGCUCCCUUACUUGGUAUCAAAUUGAUAUAAGAUGGAAAAAACAGAAUCACUUUUUUGGCAGGAGCUUUGGAAAUUUAAUUAUAGGAUCUUUCAAAAGAUUUAAAAAAAAAAAAGAAAAGAGAGAGAGAGAGUGAAAGAGAAAGAAAUAUGGGAAAGGAUGAAAGUGGAACAGGGGGUAAAUGGGCAAUUUAUGACUCAUUCACUUCCUGCCCUUUUGGUCCUUGUCUUGGGGAGCAAACUACCAGAGUGCCAAGGCAUUGCAGCGGACUGUCGGUGGGGGGAGAAACACUCUACCACUUGAGGAAAGAGAUAUUGUAUUGUUGAAAAUGUCACAGAGAAACAACAAGAAAAAUGUGUAAAUGGGAUUUAAGUCACCACAAACAGUGACAAAAAACCCAAAGUGGAAGCAGGGGAGAGUGAUGGGGCAGUUGACAAAGUUUCAGGGCAAAGCCUUUUGCACUUUUUCAGUGCUUAGCUGACAGUGGACCUACAGACUGUAAAAGCAGUUCCCUAGCAAUUAACUGGCUGUGUGGCAGAAGGUAAGCAGGCAUAGCCACACCACUCAAUACAAAAGGGAAAAAGGAUAAGCGCUAGAUAACUAAACCAAGCUAAAAAAGUAGGCAGCUCAUCUAAGGCUAGGGGUUCCCUCAAACCCAUGAAACAAGUAACUUGGAAGACAGGUAACAGGUAGCACCCAAGAUAUGUUAAUAACCACACAGGAAAAUAUAAUGAAAAUAGAACAAUAACUAAACAGUGAUAUAAUAUUACAAAUAGGUCAAUCAAAAGGUGGCAAUAAGUCUGAAAAAGUGUGUCCUUUUCUUAUCAGUAGAGUCAGAUAAGGCUUCUUUUCAAGGUGUGGAUUUGUUUAUAAAUGUAAAAGGAAUCAAAGACACAGGAAAACACCAAUAUUGUAAUAUGUCAGCUUAAAUGGAGCACAGAUGACACAAAGGUAAGUGAUUGCCAAUUCACAUUUUUUUAGAGCAAGGACCAGCUCUGGUAUGAACAGAAUGCAGUGAUAUAGAACCCCACUUGCUGGUUAUGCAGAUAUAUUGAACCUCUUCAUUUGCUGCAGAAUAUUGACCACAUAGAUCAUCCAGAAAAGAAAAGUACCACACUAGUGCUCUCUAUAGGUAAGUAUAGGGAUAGAUAGACAAAGAUAAAAUCCUACUUACAAUUUUUGUAAGUAGAAAGAAAUAUGGGAAAGGAUGAAAGUGGAACAGGGGGUAAAUGGGCAAUUUAUGACUCAUUCACUUCCUGCCCUUUUGGUCCUUGUCUUGGGGAGCAAACUACCAGAGUGCCAAGGCAUUGCAGCGGACUGUCGGUGGGGGGAGAAACACUCUACCACUUGAGGAAAGAGAUAUUGUAUUGUUGAAAAUGUCACAGAGAAACAACAAGAAAAAUGUGUAAAUGGGAUUUAAGUCACCACAAACAGUGACAAAAAACCCAAAGUGGAAGCAGGGGAGAGUGAUGGGGCAGUUGACAAAGUUUCAGGGCAAAGCCUUUUGCACUUUUUCAGUGCUUAGCUGACAGUGGACCUACAGACUGUAAAAGCAGUUCCCUAGCAAUUAACUGGCUGUGUGGCAGAAGGUAAGCAGGCAUAGCCACACCACUCAAUACAAAAGGGAAAAAGGAUAAGCGCUAGAUAACUAAACCAAGCUAAAAAAGUAGGCAGCUCAUCUAAGGCUAGGGGUUCCCUCAAACCCAUGAAACAAGUAACUUGGAAGACAGGUAACAGGUAGCACCCAAGAUAUGUUAAUAACCACACAGGAAAAUAUAAUGAAAAUAGAACAAUAACUAAACAGUGAUAUAAUAUUACAAAUAGGUCAAUCAAAAGGUGGCAAUAAGUCUGAAAAAGUGUGUCCUUUUCUUAUCAGUAGAGUCAGAUAAGGCUUCUUUUCAAGGUGUGGAUUUGUUUAUAAAUGUAAAAGGAAUCAAAGACACAGGAAAACACCAAUAUUGUAAUAUGUCAGCUUAAAUGGAGCACAGAUGACACAAAGGUAAGUGAUUGCCAAUUCACAUUUUUUUAGAGCAAGGACCAGCUCUGGUAUGAACAGAAUGCAGUGAUAUAGAACCCCACUUGCUGGUUAUGCAGAUAUAUUGAACCUCUUCAUUUGCUGCAGAAUAUUGACCACAUAGAUCAUCCAGAAAAGAAAAGUACCACACUAGUGCUCUCUAUAGGUAAGUAUAGGGAUAGAUAGACAAAGAUAAAAUCCUACUUACAAUUUUUGGAGCAGGAGGACCGCUCAAGAUGUACAGCGUGGGUCGUAUUAUCCUCUCCUAGGAUUCUUUGUCCAGCCUCAGCAGUUUUGUAGUAAAGAUGCCAGGUAGAAAUACAAGCAUAAAAGAGUACAAUAAUAAAAGUAUAUGGCUACACAAAUUAAAAGUGGCCAAAAGAUACUUUAUUAUUUUAAACACAAUUCAUGUAAUAUCCACAACACGUUUCACCAGUUAGGGCUUUAUCAAGUGGAUCAAAGAUAGCCACACUGCUGAUGCAGCCAUGAGGGGGAAACACUUACUUAUUGAACGAAUUAACAAUAGUUUUUGUUUCUCUAAACCUCCAGUACACACACCCUUUGCAGCUUAAUUUUCACACAUGUCAACUAAAAGACUAAGAAGAACCCUAACCUCAAUUAGAGUCGAACUGUGGAGCUGGGUAGUCCAACUUGGGCAGAUUAAACUUUAGAAAGGCAUUCUGCUCCAUAGGAUUAGGUAACAUUUGCAAGUGCUGAGAAUUCAGUAUAUAUUACCGGUUACAGAAAACACACGCUCACUUUUUACAGUGGUUGGCGGAUACAAUAGGAGCUCCUGGGCAACCAGAGAGAGUGAAGGCCUCACACUCUUUUAGUCAUCCCAGUUGCUAAGAGGGUCAACAAAGGAGGUUCGAAGAGGUAAAAUCUGGUAAUUUCAGAGCCACUACUCUCUUUUCUGGUGCUUGCUGUUUCAGUGGGUCCAACUACAAACCCAAAUGCCUUGCCCAAAAUGUAGCUCCACUGUGUUAUGAUACUACUGUCAGCACUGUUGCUGAGAGUUGAAGGCAUCUCAGGCUCCUGCUGCACUUCACCCUCAGACAGAAUUUCCCUCUUCAGCUGCAAGUCACGCACCCUACAUCUGACUCACGGUGUGUAUAUGGCUGAAGUAUCCAUUUAUAUUCUAAAAGAAGGGAUGAGUUUUUAUCAUUUCUGUUUGCGUAUACUUGAUUUAAAAAAAAUCUAUUUCCUUUCAUUACUUGAUGAAAAUAUAAUUAUAUAAAAAAUUGUUCUGAGGUUGCAGUUCUCCUUCAAGGGGUCCUUAAUGGCCAGAAGCAUCUAGAGGGUUAUCAGGGUCUAGUCAACUCAGCUCAAUCCAACCCAUUUUAAAAUUAGAUUUAUUUGAAUUGUUUUGUAGGCCUUUCAGUUACAAAAAGGUUACAAAUCAAAUGAACUGUUUAAGAAAGAUACACAAUAAAGACAUUUUCCUGUAUAGUUUGUGAAUCUUUUUGAUCAUUUGGUAUGUGGAGGUUGAUGUUUUUGUUUAUCAUUGUUACAUUUCACUGUGUCUAACAUCAUUAAUUUUAUAGCUUUCUGUCUGUGCAGCUCAGAAUAGCAGCUCUCAAAAGUAAUUUAAAUGAUGAUUGCUUGACUUCUGACAUGGCUAAUAACUAUAAUUAUGUUUUUUUUUAUAAUAAUUUUCUUCAUUUUGUGCUUAAAAUACCUCUAAUUUUACCAUUUCCCAUAUCUCUUUCCUUACGUGUAGCUGGUGAAAGUAUGGGACUUUGAGACAGGAAAACAAGUAUUUGAAUUUAAUGAAGCUCAUGGCGAUGCAGGCAUAACAUGUAUGGACUUUGACCCUAGUGGAAGAAGGUAUCCAGAUAACGAGAUAGUGUAUUUAAUUUGAGUGAUUCUAAAUAAAAUAAUUGUAGUGAGCCCUCAAUAUGGUGUGUAAUACAUUCCAGGUGGGUGCACAUUGACUUUAGACGCAUAGUCUAGAAUAGGCAGAUAAUAAGGAAAUAAUAAGGUCUUAUAUGUCAAUUUGCUAAAAUUUUCCACUUGCCCACUUGCUUUUGGCGAGUGAACAUUUAGCCCUGUCGAGUAGAAAUGUACCCCUGGUAAUUGUGCCAUGGUCUGUCCAGACUUGCAAGGGUAAGUAAGUUUUAAGCCUGUCUGGUGGGGUAGGCCAUCCAGUCAGCUGCCACCUUUAACACACUGAUUUUUAUUUUAUUUAUGUAUUUUUAUGGAGACAUGCUCUGCUUUCUUUAUUAUCUAUUUAGUUUGGGUUUAUUUUGUAUCUACAAGACACUGGCUGGAGCGAAGAAAAAUACUUCUUCAUGCUACUAGUGGAGCAUUUAUUUUCUAAGAUUCCUGAAUUCAAUUCAUUCCAAAUCUAUAGCAUGAUCUUUUAACAGUAUAUACUGACAGAAUUAUAUCCUUAUAUCAGUGAGGGUUAUAAUUCUCUGUUAAUUAUGUAAAUCUCAGUUUAUAACUUAAUGUUAGCAAUAUUUUAAACAUUUCGAGGUCGCAAACAAUUCAUCACCUUAGUAAAUAAAAAAUACUACCUACACAAGCCUAUAAAAGAUUUAAAUGGACAGUCCUCUACCCAACUACAAAAAAAAUCACCAUUUAGUAGAUUUACCCCCAAUGCAUGUAUUUUUUUUUUCAUUGGGGGUUGUAUAUAAAAGCAGCUUACAAAAGCUGAAGUUUUCUUGUUUGCAACCUUUGCAAACCCUCGCCUUCUAACCCAGCCUAGACUUUUUGUGACUGUCCAAUCACAGACUUCUCAAUGCAGCUCAAUGAGAACUCUUUGCAAGGCAGGUGCUCUGAGCAAGUUUCUGCCUCUUGAGUUUAUGUCCACUGAGCUAACCAAACCAGGAAGUAAAAGAACCGGUUGUCUGAUUGGCAGUCCAGGGGGUGUAACAAGGAUCAUUUAUAAAAAUGCUGAUCUCCAUUGAAAUUUGCACUUUUUGUAAAAUAAAAAGAGGACACACUCUUCAAACAUAAUGUAUUUUAGCAAGCUAAUGUGCUUUAGGUGUUUAGAGCGUUCUUUAAAAACACGAAUGAGAGUCAGACAAACCGACAGCUAUUUACACGAUCUACUUUUAUACUAUAGGUUAAUUACUGGAGGAAGAGAUGGCUGUUUGAAGAUUUGGAAUCACAAUAACGGACAGUGUUUGCACACACUGAGAAGAGGUAAUUUGUUUCCCAUGGUAACUUGGUCUCCAUAAGGAUAUAUGUAAUAAGAUUAUCUUAGUAAAAAAUAUAUAUUUUUUUUAAUUAUUGAGCAUGGGAGCAAAAAAUGACAACUGUGCUGAUACUGCAGGUUACAUAAAUUAAUAGAAUAUUCAGAUUGUUUUUGACACUUAUACAGAUGGAGAAAUUUUCCACUAGUUAUUUGAGAUUUUUGUUUACCAGUAGAUAAUUAGAGAUAAAGAUAUCAAUAUUUAUGUCGCUAUAUACCUGUAUAACUUUUGCUUCACGUCCCAGUUAUGCUAUCUUUGGUUUAGCCAGUGCUGUACCCAAAGCAUUACCUACCUCCAACAUUUGCAUCUCAUGAAGCACAUGAAUGGGGGCAAAAGUGGACGGACCAGUGAUACAAAUCGUGCCAUUGGUGCCACCCAAAUGGAGGGAAUCUACUCAAGCAGGCUGGCCCACCACAGUUUCAUCGCUGUCUGCAUGGUCCUAGUACUCUGAGCAAAGCUCAAGCGCAUCCAUUUCUGGGGGCAGUUUUCUGGUUUUCCCAAAAGUGAUAUACCAGGGACUGAAGUCAAAACAGAACCUUAAAAUAGGAAAGUUGUAGAUGCCUACUUAAUGCUGCCUGGGUCCAAUGACCUUCCUCUAUGUGCUACCUGGGUCCAAUGAUCCUUCCUUCAUGUGCUACCUGGAUCCAUUGACCUUCCUUCACGUGCUACCUGGAUCCAUUGACCUUCCUCCAUGUGCUACCUGGGUCCAAUGACCUUCCUUCAUGUGCUACCUGGAUCCAUUGACCUUCCUUUAUUUGCUACCUGGGUCCAAUGACCUUCCUUCAUGUGCUGCCUGGGUCCAAUGACCUUCCUCCAUGUGCUACCUGGGUCCAAUGACCUUCCUCUAUGUGCUACCUGGAUCCAUUGACCUUCCUCCAUGUGCUACCUGGGUCCAAUGACCUUUCUUCAUGUGCUACCUGGGUCCAAUGACCUUCCUUCAUGUGCUGCCUGGGUCCAAUGACCUUCCUCUAUGUGCUACCUGGAUCCAUUGACCUUCCUCCAUGUGCUACCUGGGUCCAAUGACCUUUCUUCAUGUGCUGCCUGGAUCCAUUGACCUUCCUUCAUUUGCUACCUGGGUCCAAUGACCUUCCUUCAUGUGCUACCUGGGUCCAAUGACCUUUCUCCAUGUGCUACCUGGGUCCAAUGACCUUCCUUCAUGUGCUACCUGGAUCCAUUGACCUUCCUUCAUGUGCUACCUGGAUCCAUUGACCUUCCUUCAUGUGCUACCUGGGUCCAAUGACCUUCCUCCAUGUGCUGCCUUGGUCCAGUGAACCAAUUGGUGGAAGCCCCAAACAGGAGCUUCCAGCUCUCACUCAGGAUGAAGAGAUUAAGGCAUUAAGGCAUUAAGCGGCAGCUGGCAGACCCCAGUUGAGAAGUCAAACCAUUCUAAAAUUAUUAUUAUUAUAAAUAAAUGUAUAUUUUUUUUUAUUGUUUUGUGGGGUUUUUUUUUUUUUUUACUUUUUUUAAAUUGCAGUGAUUUUUUUCCUGUAAAGUUUUUAAACCUUUGCUGAAAUGUUUGUCUUGCAAUAGAAAUCAAUAGAAACUCAAUAAAAUAAAAUGUUUUGUUUUCAGCAAAUACAUCUGCUGAGAUCUGUGACUGUGCACAUGUCGAGAUAAACAGAAACAAGUAAGAUCAUAUCAUAAUAUCUGUUUGUAAAGCAGAAACAAAAAUUGUUUCUGGAAAUGGUUGGAAUAUAAAUGUAAAAUAUGUUCUUUAAAAGCAUAAUACUUAUUUUUGGUGCUUUUUUUUUUAUUUCAGAUAUAUUGUUGGUGUUGGAUGGGAUAGAAGAAUAAACAUGUUCAUUGUGAGCAUACAUCUUUUUCAAUUUUUAUCCACUUUGUAAUAAGGGGGUUGGUUACAAAUGAGAACAGGAAUUAGGAUAAAUGCAGCAGGAGUGGCACUGAAGAGGAACUAAAAUAAAGAAUAAUUCUUGGGUGGGACAGAAAGAGGAAAAUUUAAUCUGGAAUGGACAGGACAUUUCUGAGUGGAAAGAAAAUAAAUGGAAGAGUUAGUGGAUUAGGCUGGGAGGAAAUUAUACAUUAGAUUGGGGUUAUAAUGGAGCAUUCAUACGAGCAAACAAAUCCAUUUUGAUUUGGGGAAAUGAAUGAGAUUUGGUUAGGGUGAUUAGUUCAACUGUAAUGGUAAAAAGACAGUAGGGGAUUUUUACUAAAUUUAAACUGGCCUGGCUAAUGUUAAUUCUAUCCAUAUUGCCAUGCAUGGAAUGUCAAUCAUUAACGAAGAGCGAUAAGCCAACGAAUGAGCUGCAGAAGCCGAAUGUUGUAAACCAGCUGCAGAGCAGACCCGAUGCCUGUUCUGUAUUGAAGGAUCUUUUUCUUUUGGUUUUUCUAUUUCUGUGUAUUUUUACACUUUUUGCCUCCCUUAUUUGUAGACUGAGAUAUUUGGAUUAGUUAUCCCAUUGGCAAACUCUUUCUUUACUCUUCCUUUUUCUUUUUCUUUUACUUUCCUAAUAAGCAGUGUUUGUUUAAAUCCUAGGACUCUGAAGAUGAUUUACGUCACUUCCAGGAACCCCAGGCAUGCUGGCAGGAUGAUUUAGUAAGAAGCAAUCUUGUUUUGGAAUAUACAGUGUGUAAUUAAGGGCACACUUUAGGCACCAUAACCACUAUAAUGUGCCUUAAUGAUUUUGGUACUAGAAAUUAGCUGGUAAUCUGUCAACCAUUUAGGAGCAGUUUGACACAUAGCUUGUGGUGUUGGGUGCCCUUAGUCUUUCCAGUGUGAGUUUUCCUGAUAAAGUAGAACCUUUGUACUUCAUAUUACCAUGAACGAUUCAUACCAGGUUUAAAAAAAUAUUCACUCUCAACAAGUGCAUAAUAUUUAAACAUGGUAUGAGUGGGAUGAAAACAAACUCCUGGAGUGAACAUUACACUUUAUCAAGAAAACUCAGUCCAAAAUGUGUCCAGAGAAAAAUUAAAGGGGAAAUGUUACCACAUGGGGACUUUGUAUACUUUGCAAAGACCCCUGAAGGUGACAUUGCCACUGGGGGUCUGGUUCCCUGGGGGGGCAGGCAAAGGUGAGUGUAACUUACCUGAAUCUGUCGUUUGGGGGUGCCGCCAUCCUCUUUCGGCUGGGCGUCUUCUGCGCAUAGCAGCACCCCAAUGUCCUGUAUGUAAUUAGUACUCUGUACACAGGUCCAGAGAUAGAAGGAGCCAUGAAAGAUGUCUACACCAAUAUAACCACAAAUCUUGAUGCCCAGUUUCUUUGUAGCUCUUUGCCUUGUUGGGCUCCGCUCCUCUGUAGUUCAGCGAGGCCCUAAAACAGGGGUAGGCAACCUUCGACAUUCCAGAUAUUGUGGACUAUAUCUCCCCUGAUGUUUUGCCUGCUUUAUGGCUGUAUGAUCAUUAUGGAGAAUGUAUUCUGUAACAUCUGGAGUGCCAAAGGUUGCCUACUCCUGCCCUAGAAUAUCACUGGUGAGCAGACUUCAACUUGAGUCUUUAUUGAGCCUCUUUGUGUUCCAAAGUAGAAAGACAAAUGUACAGCUGAGUUAUUGUUUAAUACAAUUCCUGAUGACUCCUUGUCCAUUGUUCUGUAGAAGCGAGGUCAUCGUGAAGACAUUUUGUGCAUUGCCCAAAAUCCACCUAAUACCCUUGCCAGCUCCAGUUAUGAUGGUGAAAUUAUUGUAUGGAACAUGAUCUCAGGUCACAUACACUGCCGUAUUAAUACUCCUGCUCAUAUUAAUUCCACAGGAGAAACUUGUAAGUAUUUCUAUGGGGUACCAGUAUGUUUUAUAAGCAUGUUAUACAAAGCAUUUUGUAUAUAUCAUCACAUAACAUGACCAACUAAAUCAAAUUAAUAUAUUUAUAUCUGUCAGUUGAGGGACUGCUCAGUGUAAUUCUUUGAAUAUCACCAUGUUAAAACAAAAUAUCUCUACAUGACACUAGGUCUGGGAAUAAAUGAUCAUGUUUGAUUAUAAGUAGCACAAACUCUUAUUUAUGAUUAAUUAUUCUCCUUAUUUAACUUGUGAUCUAUCAGAAACUUCAGUUUCAAGUAGUCUGGCUUGUAUAAUCUGCCCUUUAAAAACAAUAAUAUAUAUAUAAAUCCAUGCAGUGUAUAUAUCUUGAUACCAGAAAAGUGUGUAUACCCUUGCCCUAGUACAAAUAUAUUACAUUAUAGGUUUGAUUAGUGAUGUCACUGGGUCAACCUCUCAAUAACGAGAAUUGGCUAGUUAAAAGCUGUGAUUGGCUAAAUUUGAAUCUGGCAUGAGUGUUGCAUUCCACGGCAUUAAAUAAUCAGAUGUAUAGUCCACCAAUUUUAUAGGUCCAUUUUCUUUUUUUAAUUUAAAUUCUUUAAGAAAGGGAAUUGGGUAGCAUGAAUGGUGGUACAUUUUAUCUCCAAUACGCAGAUUGGUCAUGUUUGUCAUACCCUUAUACAGUUUGUUCUCGUAUAUCAUUUGGGUCGGUGGGGUAAAAAAAUGGGGUAGUUGGGUUACAAGUUUCAAGCCAACAGCUAUCAUUUUGCAAACGUUUAUAGUGGUGUUGGAGAGGGUGGUAGUUUGUGCUGGUUGACAGUUUCUUCUUGAGUCUCUCCUGGUGGGUCUGAGUUGUUGUGCGUUUGAUGUCCUUUUGAGUAGUAUGUCUGGUGUUUGUUUACCUGUGGGGGCCUGGGUGCCCUCUCGGAUCAGAAAUGUUAUUGUGGAGGUUGUUCUGGGGGUUAUGUGUAGUUUGUCGGUUGUUGGUUUUGUGCAGGGCAAGCGGUCCCCGUAGUCCUCGGUGUCUACGUUGUUGUUGAUCGGUUAGUUUCCCGGUAGUCGUGACAGGUGGUGAUUUUGUCUUGGUUGUGCUUGUGUUGUGUUUGCGAUGGUAGUCGUGCGUUUAGUGGAUGGUCGAGGGUGUUUUGCGUGUUCUCUGUCAUGAUGGGUUCUGCAGGGUUUCCAGUGGGUGUGGUGUAUGCGUGGGUUUACUUUGAGUGACUUGUGGGUUGGGGGGAGGCAGAUGGGGGGGGGGUCGCUGCUGUGAGUGAGGGGGGGAGGAGGAAGGUCCCGGAGCGGCCGCACGCCCCGGACAGUCCCCUACACCCCAACUAGGUGCCUCGUAAUCCAUGGGUCACAGAUUUUGUGGAAGUGUUUUGUUGUGUCGUGUAGGAUGGCUGAGAGUUUAUCCAUUUCCAUGGUUUCAUUAGUUUUUUGGAUCAUUUUUGCUAGUGUAGGCAUGUUGUGGUUUCCCCAUUGUUCUGCUAUGGUGCGUCUGGUGGCGAGAGCUAUCUUCAUAGAUUUUUGUGGGGAUUGUCCUGCUUUUAGAAUGUUGGCGCGCGUUUUUCUUUAUUUAAACUAAAGUCUCUAGUUAAACUCUCCUCUGUGUGUUCAAACAGAAGAACGUUUGCUAUAUCAAGGUGGCUAAUUCUUUCAAACCCAUCUGGUUUGUCAAUCUAAACCCCAUCUACUGUAACUAAUCAUCAAAUAGGUGUUGUUGCCAAAAAGACAGUUGUACAAGUAGCAACUUUCUGCUUAUACACUAGAUAGUUACACAGUGCUGUUAUUAUACAUUAUAAUUAUCUUGGUUUAUUAAUUACAGCUCUGUGUAGUUACUGACGUAUCUGUAUAAACUACCUGUAUUAACUAGGUUGCCAUACAACAGAUGUCUGUAAAAUAUCUUUGAUAAGUGAUUCAUAUGUUUGCCAAGCUGGACUUGGUACCAUGUUCUUUGUGUGAAAAAUUAACCAAAUCAUUCAGUCCAUUUUCGUCGCUUACUAAGAGCAUAUUGUGUCUAAAAUAUUCACUCAGCUAAAAUAAAAGUAGAAAUCUAAAGAUUACUGUAUUCAAUUUUAGACAUUUGAGUCUAUAUUUAAUUUAAAUGAGCAGUGUUACUUAGAUGCAAAGCUAUUUAUCUUUCUAUAGAAGAAUUCACAGUAUUUUUUUAUUUUAAAGUGAUUUGGCUGAAACGGUCCUUUAACAAUCAGCUGCUAAAUACACUUGAACGUACUUCAACAAUGCACAAGACACCUCUGCACACAACAUUUCCUUCUGUGUGUCAAAAUCACUUCAAGUAGUAUAUUAAUAUGUACCCAACAACACUUACAGCAACUAUGGUAGUGUUCCGCCGGGACUGAUAUCAUCUCGUACAAUAUGGCAUUGAGUGGAUGUGAGUUCAGGGAGGUGAAGCUGCCUUUCAUUCCCAAGUGAUUCUUUUAUUAUCCCGCAGGAGAAACAUCAACUGCAUAGCAACACUAGCAAUACUAUUCAUUACUCUGUGGACUAUUAGUCCGUUUUAUAAAUUCCAAGUGUAUUUCGGGAUAAAAAAUAAACAAAACCAAAAACAGGCUUAAUUAAAAACAAUCCAUCCAUUGCAUCAAAUUUCUGAUUUGUAUUUAUUGACUCCAAAUUGCCCUGAAGUUUAUUUUCAUAUUAGUUAUUAGUUCUCAAAGUUGCUUCUAAAUUAAUUUGACAAAAUAUUGGAAUUUAGAUGGUUGUUUACCUAACAGAGAAUUAUGUAAAUCCAUAAGGAUCAACAAACAAGGUUCUUCCAAAAUGCAAUGUGUUCAGGAGCUAGGCCUUUUUGGCACCUGUGUGUCACUGUAAAUUAACGCGUUCUUUUACAAUGCACCCAUGCAUGCAAUUAAUUGGGUUUUUUAAGGACAGAUAGGGCAUUAUUCUAAUAUUUAUUCUUAAAUUCACCUCAUGUGAGCAUGCCAUAGACACUCUAGGCUUGCAGUAGUUAGUAACUUUUAAGGCCUGGCUAGUAUCAUAGUCGUGAAAAAUAGAAAAAUAAAUGUUUUUUCACCGGUUUUCACAUAAUUUAUAUAGAACUAGUGCAACUACAGAAAAAUAACUCAAACUAUAUUUACUUAUUAGUCUUGGUUAAACUCCCCAGUAUGUUUAGAACUUACAUUAAUGUCUGGAAGUUAUUGGUUAAAUAUUGCAAGGAAUAAAUUACGUUUUUUUAAACUGAAUCUUUGCAGAAUUUGAUCUGCUGAGACUAUAAUAGCAGACACCGAAUCCAAAACUGCUAAACAACAGUAUAUAUUUGUAGAAAGUAGAAUCCCCAAAUUAUUUAACUAAGAACAUUUGGAUAAUUUCCAUGUAACUAUUUAUCACUAACGUCUGCCAAAUCUGCUAUUUAUAUUUAUUUAGUUUUAGUGUCUGUCUCACUAAAUAUCCCCUAUAUAGACCAGAUUGUUAAUGAGUUACAGGUUAAAAUUACAGGCACACUAAUUUUAGCUUCCACCUUUCCAAUUUUCUCCUAUGUCAAUUUGGAACAUAAUAGAGCACUUUACCCCCAUCAUAUACCACUUACAUAAGAAAACAAGCUGAGUCUUCCCAUUUGGCUGUUUCAUCACCAGUUCCUUCCAAGUUUAGCAGUACAUUUUAUUUUUUGUCACAUACAUAUUGAAAUUUAACGGUGCAUUUCAUGGAUCUCCUACUCUUUUAAAAAAAAAAAACAGAUUUGUAUUCUGUGUUAUCUCCAAAGUAUUAGUCCAGAUGUAUACCUUUGCCAUAUUUGUGUGGACCUUAUAAGGUCAAGAUGGAGACAUGCAUGUUCACUUGUUUCCCAGAAAACCUAUUUCUUGAAGUGUCACUAUCUGUGUCACCAUAAUGACCAGUGUACAAUUGUGAUGCUAUUUCAUUUCUAUCUAAGUCUAAUUGAAGCAAAUCCUUAACCAAGCUAACCUUAUCUAACACUAACUAGCCCUAUCUUACCUAAACCUAACUAACCAUAACUGUAGCUAAUCCUAAAUCUGUCAUUAGCUAAGCCUAAUUAACCACAACAACGCACUCUGUAGUAGGCAAAUUGAUAGCUGUGGAAGCCAAUCACAGUCACCACAAGCCUUAGAUGAUGGUUAGAACUUGUCAGCACAGUGACUGGUUCCUUUUGUGACAAUGCCACAUCAAGCCCACUGCCUGUUGUCAUUAUGGACUUAGUGACAAACACUGUACAUCCAUUGUUAUUAAAGGGAAAGGAUUCAUUCUUACAGAUUUGUUUAAUCUAAACUAACAUGCCUAUUUAAAAUAUACUGGGCAUGAUUAAAAAAAAACACUAACCUUUGCAUAUGUUUCAGGUACAGACAGAAGUGUUAGCCAGAUUCUUUUUUUGAAAAAGAGAACAUUGAAAUUGCUGUCAGCAUCCCUGGUCUCCAACGGAAUUCAAGGUAUAAUGAAAAACAACAGUGAAGUUUAUUAAUCUGGCUAUUACAACUGCUUUAGUUACUAAUUAGAAAGCGCCUGAUGUUUUUUUACAGGUACUGUCAAUUUUUGGAAUUUGCUGCAUGGUGGGAAGCUGGCUGCAAGUUUUACCCCAGUAAGUGUAACAUGUCUAUAUUGCUGAAUAUGUUUCAAAUCCUGGUAGAAUAGUAACAUUGGAGCAGAGCAUCCACACACUUUAAAAACAUAAUCAGAUAAAAUGUUAUGGAAUCAAACUCACUGCAUUUGAGUCGAUUGUGUGCCACUCUCAUUUUAAGAGCCCACAAUGGAUCAAGCUCCUUGAGUUCAGUGGAUCCACCAGGCAUAAACCGGAUGAAAUGUGUUUUAAGGAAAGAAAUAGAGGAAAUGUGAUACAGUAGUAUAUCUAAAUAUAUUUAUUGCUAUCAGCAAAAAGCAAGAGCCAAGACCUUGUUAUUUUUCGAGGGUCACACUAAAUACCAUCAGUAUGACAACUGAACUAAAACUGUUGAUCUAAUUAUCGUUUAAAUACACUGUAUCUAAGUACCAUAACCACCCACUCACAGUGGUCUCAGACAUAGAAACAUAAAACAUAGAAUGUGACGGCAGUUAAGAACCAUUCGGCCCAUCUAGUCUGCCCAGUUUUCUAAAUACUUUCAUUAGUCCCUGGCCUUAUCUUAUAGUUAGGAUAGCCUUAUGCCUAUCCCACGCAUGCUUAAACUCCUUUACUGUGUUAACCUCUACCACUUCAGCUGGAAGGCUAUUCCAUGCAUCCACCACCCUCUCGGUAAAAUAAUACUUCCUGAAAUUAUUUUAAAACCUUUGUCCCUCUAGUUUAAGACUAUGUCCUCUUGUUGUGGUAGUUUUUCUUCUUUUAAAUAAAGUCUUCUCCUUUACUGUAACAAUGUAUAGAACGGAACCAGCGCUUAUGUGUUCUAAUAGUAAUAUACCACUUUGUGUAGAUUUAGUUUAGCUGCUAAACAUUCAAGUGAUUCCUUACAAAUACAGAAUAAAGACAAAAUAAGAAUGUAGCGCUUAUAUAAAAUACAGAAAUAUAUAUUAAUCACCUUUUUAGCUGUUGUGGAAGAUUCAUAUAAAUGCCUAUAAAAAACAAUCAGACAUAGUAUGAUUCGUACAUGAUAAAAUACUAUAUAUUAAAUCCAGUGUAUGUACACUCACAAACAGAGAGCUAUAGACCCAGCUCUGGUUUGAAUUGUGUCUGGGUCCAUACUGGCGACCCCCCCUUAUUUCCAAUGGGGAUCUUGUUCUAAACGGAAAAAUAAAGGCACAACCAAUUGCACAGUAUUACUGGAGAAUACUCUAUGAAUGAAAUAAAAAUCCCAAAUGGGUACUCAAAAGUAUACAGUCCUAUAAUAAUGACUCAAUAUUCGAGCGUUGUGCAGAUUGAGGACUGCACCACCUGCUAUGUAUGUAAUAGUGCUGGGAACCAGGAUCGAUGAAUUAGAAUAAAAAAUGUAUUAACAUAAUAUAAUAUACAAAUAAAAGGAGCAUAAAUAUGCUAACGUUUUGCCACUGUCAGCGUGGCUACUUCAACCGGGUAAAACAAUUCAACAUCUUCUGGUUCCCAUACAAGUUUAAAUAUCCAAAAAAGGCGGGUAAAAAGCCGAUGAAAAUCAACCGCCGCACACCGAUACCACCCACAGGUAUGGUGUGUAUGGUCCAAGCCUCUCUCUCGUGCUGGUAUCGUGGAGAAGUCGAGUGUGUUGCGCCUACGUAAUCAUUUCGGCUUAGUAUGUUCCUUCAUGCAGUUAAAUAAAUACAUAUUGGUUUCACAUUGUGCAUAUUUUUUAUAGUCCAUAGUCCAGUGAUUUGAUCAAAAUCCUCUUAAUAAUGUCCUCAAGAGUCCAAUUGACGUAAAUUGAGCCACAUACAAAGAAUAGGAAACAAAAAACACACAGUAUCAGUCCAUAUAUUUUUGGAAACAUAUAAUUAAUUCUUAUCAGUGCAAUGUUACAUUAUAUUUUAUAAGAUGCAAUUUCUCCGCUAACAAAAUAACAAAGUAAGAUAAAUCUCAAUUGUAAAUAGACAGAUCUAAUGUAUCAGAACAGUGUGUGUUCGAUCAUAAUAGGAGCAAAUUGAUACAUUAAUAAUUCCAAAUUUGUAACUGGUAAAAACAUCAAUUUAAUAGAUACCAUCUUAAAAUAGCUCAAAUACUCUCUAUUAUAAUGUGUUAAAAUUGUAAUACAAAUAAUGUGCCGAUAGAAAUUCGUUAUUCUGUUUGAGAUAUAGUAUUGUAAGUUAUGCAGACACCCAUUUUUAGCUUUAUUCUCAAAGCCUACAUUAAUGAACCUACAUCCAUUCAUUUAUAAAUUAGUAUUGACCUUUAGAUUACAGUUUCGUACACUUUCUAUUAUUUAUUUUUAAAUUAAUUAUCAAGUUUAGUGUGGUAUCUUAUUCAUUCUGCGUAUUUAUACAUUUUUUUUAGCCUUAAUAAAAUAGUCUAAACUUAUAGAAAUAGUCUAAAAGUAAUAAAACUCUAUAGAACUGUUACAUAAAAAUCAAUAUAAAAAAGAAGAAUAUAGAAAUAUAAAAAAUAUAUAAAAAAUAAUAUUAUUAUUGUAAAAAAAAAAAAAAUCGCACAACUCAAAAUCAGAAUUGAGUCCAUAAGGAAUCAAUGUGUUGAGCUUAUAGAUCCAUUCCAUCUCACAUUUUCCCAGAUCUCUUAUAAAAUCUCCACCUCUCCAAUUUUUAUUAACUUUGUUGAUCCCUAUAAAGGUUAAACCUUCCGGUUUUUUAUUGUGGCAUAAUUUCAAAUGAUUUGAAACACUAUGCUUUUCAAAACCUAUUUGAAUUUUGUAUAUAUGUGUUCCCUAAUCCUAGUGUGUAAGGGUCUUGUCGUUCUCCCCACAUACCUUAAUCCACACGGGCAGACCAAAAGAUAAACCACAUUCUUGGUAUAACAGGUUAUAAAUUGUUUAAUCUGAAUUUCCCUGUUGUCAUUAAGAUUUAUAUCCUUUAUCACUCUUCGGGUACACCCUAAUUUCUUGCAGGCUGUGCAUUGUCCACAGCCAUAGAAGCCUUUUUCAUUAUUAAAUAUAGUGGAGGGAUAAUUAUAUUCCUGUAGAGAGCUCCGUACUAGAGUAUUCUUGAGGUCUUUUGCACCUCUAUAGAUCAUCCUAGGUUUUGAAGGGAGGAUUCAUUUUAAAGCUGGGUCUUGUACUAUGAUCGGCCAAUACUUCUUAAUAAUCUGUCUUACUUCGUAAUUAUUUGUGUUAUAAUUACAAAUGAAAGGAACAUCCUGCAUGUUUGUAGAAGUUUUAGUUUUGUAAGAUAAUAAAUCCUUUCUCUCUUGAUUCCUAAUUUCACUUCUAGAUUCUUCUACUUUGGAUACAUCAUAGCCUUUUGUCAUAAAGUCAGUUUUUAUACAUAAUGAUUGUUCAUCAUAAGUUGCCAAAUCACUACAAUUUCGACAGAUUCUGAGGAAUUGUCCUUUUGGAGCAUUCUCCAGCCACGGAGAGUGGUGGCAACUUAUACUUUCAAUAAAACUAUUACAAUCCACCUUUUUAAAAUGAUUCUUAGUCUUAAUGUUUCCCCCUUCUAUAAAAAUAUCAAGAUCUAAAAAAAGUUACUAAUUCUUUGCUCCAUGUGCUACUUAAUUGAAUACCUCAAUCAUUGGUAUUUAAAAAUUCUAAAAAACAAAUGAGAUCACUUUCCUCACCCUUCCAAAUUAAUAAAAUAUCAUCGAAGUUCUCCCCCCAGCCAUGCCCAUCAUACACAAAGGAGUCUUCCCAAAAAGACAUAAACAGAUUGGCAUAGCUAGGGGCGAACUUGGUCCCCAUGGCCAUCCCAUUAAUCUGUAAAAAAAAAAAAAAGGUAUCAUUGUACCAAAAGAAAUUAUUUUUCAAAAUCAGCUCUAUCCCUUCUACGAUAUAUUCAAUCUGUUCUUGUUGGAAUUCUUUUGUUUCAGUUAAAAAAUGUCUCGCUGCUCUACAUCCAUAUGAAUGUGGAAUAUUACUGUAGAGUGCCUCCACAUCACAUGUGACUAAAAUACAGUUGUUGUCCCAAACAAUACUUUCUAAACUGCUUAAAAUUGCAAUAGUAUCCUUAAUAUGUGAUCUAGUUUUCAAAACCAGAGGUUGUAACUGAACGUCUAUGUAUUGGGAUAGUCUGCUAGAGAUGGAGUCAAUACCUGCUAUAAUGGGUCUACCUGGAGGUUUAUUUACAUCCUUAUGAACCUUGGGUAGGAAAUUAAAAAAAACUGAAUUUUUGGGAAUUUGAUAUUUAAAAACUGGAAUUCUCUUAAAUUUAAAAUAUUUUCAUUGAGAUCUUUAUCAAAAAAUUUCGAAAAUAGUGCACAGAUGUCUUCACUUGGAUUCUUUCUUAAUUGUUGGUACGUAUUGGAGUCUUUUAAAAUAUUUUCUGCUUCCAUAUUAUAGAAUUGCUUAGACAUCAGGACUAUGCCCCCUCCCUUAUCUGCGGGUUUUAUAACUAAAUUUUUAUCUGUCUGAAGAUCUUUUAAUGCUUUCUUUUCCAAUAUUGUUAGAUUCUGUUUGAACUUAUCCUUUGGGGCAAUUUUAUUAAUUUCAGUCAUAACCAUGGUUUCAAAGGAUAUUAUUUCAUCUGAUAUCAUUUGUUUGGGAUAAAAGGAGGAUCUGUUCUUAAAGGAGGUAUGUUUGAAUUGCACAGGGUCCUCCAACCUUACCUCUUUAUUUAACGGAUCCCUAUUUAAUGGAUCUCCAAGAAAAAAAUUUUUAAACAUAAACUGCGUUUGAAACGAUUUAGAUCUAUAUACAUACAUCAAAAUGGUUGAGUCCUAUACUUGGGGCAAAUUUCAACCCUUUAUUUAGUACUGACUUAUGAUGGGUAUCCAAAACUUUGUCACUCAAAUUAAAAAUACCUUUUAUUAAUUCCGUAGGUUUAGGUACCUCCUUUUUGACCUGUAUCCGUGUUCCUCCCCUAAUCCCUGUGUAUCUGGAACUCUUCUUUUUUUGGAAUUUGUGAUGAUACCAAAUUCUUGAUCUGGUUUGUGUCGGUCUUUGGCUUUGGAUUGCCGAAAAACCUCCUCUUCCUUAUGGUCUGACAGGGUUUCAUAUCUGUUAUACGUGGGGGUUUUUACUCUAGCCUCCUGAUGUUGUCUAUAACGUCUUUGUUCCCUGUAAUUUUGGGGCUCCCUCCCAUUCCUAUAGUUAGUUUCUUCUCUCCCUAAAUUCCUUCCUCGGUAUGUAUGAUUAUAAUUACCUCUGUUUGAAUGUAAUCUUGGUCUCCACCUUUCCCUUGUCUCCUUUUGAUGAUACUUUUUAGGGUAGUUAAAUUUGUACUGAUUAUCCAUACAGGUCCUAUCCAUAUAACUUUCAUCAAUUCCCUCUUGAGGACAUUAUCAAGAGGAUUUUGAUCAAAUCACUGGACUAUGGACUAUAAAAAAUAUGCACGAUGUGAAACCAUUAUGUAUUUAUUUAACUGCAUGAAGGAACAUACUAAGCCGAAAUGAUUAAGUGGGUGCAACACUCUAGACUUCUCCACGAUACCGGCACGAGAGAGAAGCUUGGACCGCACACGCCAUACCUGUGGGUGGUAUUGGCGUACGGCGGUUGAUAUUCAUCGGCUUUUUACCCGCCUUUUUGGGAUAUUUAAACUUGUAUGGGGAACCAGAAGAUGUUGAAUUGUUUUACCCGGUUGAAGAAGCCACGCUGACAGUGGCGAAACGCAUCCCGGAUUUUAGCAUAUUUAUGCUCCUUUUAUUUGUAUAUUAUAUUAUGUUAAUAUUUUUUUUAUUUUAAUUCAUUGAUCCUUGUUCUCAGCACUAUUACAUACAUAGCAGGUGGUGCAGUCCUCAAUCUGCACAACGCUCGAAUAUUGAGUCAUUAUUAUAAGACUCUAUACUAGUGAGUACCUAUUUGGGAUUUUUAUUUCAUUCAGAGUAUUCUCCAGCAAUACUGCGCAAUUGGUUGUGCCUCUAUUUUUCCUUUUAGAACAAGAUCCACAUUGGAAAUAAGGGGGGGUCGUCAGUACGGACCCAGACACGAUUCAAACCAGAGCUGGGUCUAUAGCUCUCUGUUUGUGAGUCUACAUACACUGGAUUUAAUAUAUAGUAUUUUAUCAUGUAUGAUCUAUACUAUGUCUGAUUGUUUUUUUUAUAGGCAUUUAUAUGAAUCUUCCACAACAGCUAAAAAGAUGAUUAAUACAUACUUCUGUAUUUUAUAUAAGCGCUACAUUCUUAUUUUGUCUUCCUCCUUUACUGUGUUGAUUCCCUUUAUGUAUUUAAAUGUUUCUAUCAUAUCCCCCCUGUCUCGUCUUUCCUCUGAGCUAUACAUGUUAAGAUCAUUUAACCUUUCCUGGUAAGUUUUAUCCUGCAAUCCAUGAACCAGUUUAGUAGCCCUUCUCUGAAUUCUCCUAAAGUAUCAAUAUCCUUCUGAAGAUACGUUCUCCAGCACUGCGUACAAUAUUCCAAGUGAGGUCUUACCAGUGUUCUGUACAAUGGCAUGAGCACUUCCCUCUUUCUACUGCUAAUACCUCUCCCUAUACAACCAAGCAUUCUGCUAGGAUUUCCUGCUGCUCUAUUACAUUGUCUGCCUACCUUUACGUCAUCAGAAAUAAUCACCCCUAAAUCCCUUUCCUCAGAUGUUGAGGUUAGGACUCUAUCAAAUAUUCUGUACUCUGCCCUUGGGUUUUUACGCCCAAGAUGCAUUAUCUUGUACUUAUCCACAUUAAAUGUCAGCUGCCACAACUCUGACCAUUUUUCUAGUUUACCUAAAUAAUUUGCCAUUUGGCUCAUCCCUCCUGGAACAUCAACCCUGUGACACAUCUUAGUAUCAUCAGCAAAAAGACAUACCUUACCAUCAAGACCUUCUGCAAUAGCACUAAUAAAAAUAUUAAAGAGAAUGGGUCCAAGUACAGAUCCCUGAGGUACCCCACUGGUGACAAAACCAUGAUUUGAGUAUACUCCAUUGACUACAACCCUCUGUUGCUUGUCACUCAGCCACUGCCUUACCCAUUCAACAAUAUUGGAAUCCAAACUUAAAGAUUGCAGUUUAUUGAAAAGUCUUCUAUGUGCAACAGUGUUAAAAGCCUUACUGAAAUCUAGGUAAGCAAUGUCUACUGCACGCUACCCAAUCAAAAAAAUCAAUAACAUUAGUUUGGCAUGAUCUCCCUGAAGUAAACCCGUGUUGUCUCUGAUCUUGAAAUCCAUGUGUUUUCAGAUGUUCAACAAUCCUAUCCUCCUAUCCUUUAACAUGGUUUCCAUUACUUUCCCCACUACUGAAGUAAGGCUUACUGGUCUAUAGUUUCCCGACUCCUCCCUACUAGCUUUCUUGUGAAUGGGCACAAGUUUCACUAACUUUUAAUCUUCUGGGACUACUCCUGUUAACAAUAAUUGGUUAAAUAAAUCUGUUAAUGGUUUUGCUAGUACACCACUAAGCUCUUUUAAAAACUUUGGGUGAAUUCCAUCAGGCCCCAUUGACUUAUUUGGCUUUACUUUUGACAGUUGAAAUAGAACCUCUUACCAUACAAAGCACUGACAUUAUAUAUACCAUUGUAGAUUAUAUGGAGAUAGGUACAAAUGUAAGUAUUUAGAAAGCAAGCCACAGAAAUUAUAGUAUUUAUAUAUUUUCCUUUAGUCACUAACAGGAUCCCUGGUCAGCUGCAUCGCUGUGAAUGAAGAAAACACGCUGAUGUUUAUUGCGGAUGAUAUGGGUCAUGUGUACGCCUAUGACAUAACAGACUAUGGAAUGCACGGAACUGAAAAGGAGCCCGCAACAAGUAGGUUAGAUGCUCGCUGUAAAUAACAGCUUUAUUGUGGGAAUCACAUCUUUAUUGGCCUGAUCAAUGAUUCCCAAAGUUUGUAAAAACCAACAUGUAAAAUCUAAUAACACAUGACCUAAUUCUUAUUCUGAUGUCAUAAUGAUGCAAUAGGGGCUGUUUGUGAAUUUAUUAUAAUGAGUUUUAUAUAGACAUGUGCAAUUCGUUUCGGUCCGAAUGUGAAUUCGGACACUCAGGGGUGGGGGCUGGGGGGAGGACAUUAGGCCCCCCCAAUUGGUAUUUAGGGCCCCCACCCACCGCUCAGGGGUGGGGGCCAGGGGGGAGGACAUUAGGUCCCCCCUCCUUAUUCUAAUUUAGGACCCCCACCCACCGCUAAGAGGUGGGGUCAAGGGGGGAGGACAAUAGGUCCCGCCCAUUCUAAUUUAGGGCACCCACCCACUACUCAGGGGUGGGGGCCAGGAGUGAGGACAACAGGUCCCCCCCUUAUUGGUAUUUAAUGCCCCCACCUGCUGCUCAGGGGUAGGGGCGAGAGGGGGCAAUAGGGGGUACCCUAUUUUAUUUUUUUAACAGUGAGCAGCCACUCACUGUUUAAUAGACAUGUUCCUACUCGCGGUAUAGCAAGUAGGGGCAAAAUUUACUAAUACAAAGUAAUUUUUACUUAGUAUUAGUAAAUUUGGCUGAAAGACCAAUUUAGGUCUUUCAGCCUUUUGGUAGAUAACUCCCUAAUACCGUUGGAAUUAGGGAGUUAUCUACUAAGCGCUGCAAGAGAAGUCCCGAAGAGCCGAAGUUCUGAAGUGUCGAAGUACUGAAGUUCUGAAGUGUCGAAGUGCCGAAGUUUCGAAUUGCUGAAGUCCCGAAUUUCGGAAUGCCGAACCAUACCGAAAAUUUUCCCCAUGCACAUGCCUAAUUUUAUAAUCGCUGACCUGGUUCUCCAAAUACUUCUGCACAAGACUUAGUAAUUUGGGCCCUAUAUAAUGAAUUUUGAAUAAAUGAUCAAAAUCAUGCCCCGACAGGUUCAUCCAUUCUGAUAUUAGCUCCUAAAUCAACCCUUAGUUCCCACCUCUCUUGGGCAUUGUUGGGCCUUCUUUAGCACACUUUCCCCAAGAUACCCAUGUGCUUACACUGUUGCCAGAGCACUGGUUUUUGAACAGGACGACAGGGUGGAAAAGGGACCACAGUUUUAAAAACUAAAAAGUUUUUACUUAAACAUGUUUUUACUUAAUAGAUAUAUAAAUUUGCUUGCAGUUCUUCUAGAACAAUGUAUGGAUGAAUGUUUAUGCUGUCUAAUAUAAUAUUACAUUAUAUGUACAAUGACAAGUACACUAUAAACAAAAUGCAAGUGCUAGACUCGUUUUAUGGUAAUCGUUUCCAGGGUUUUAUUUCCUGGACCCUACAUACUUGGAUGCCAGAUGCCUCUUUUAUUUGGUGAUGCUUAUGGACCAUGCAUACUAGGGUGGGGGCAACAUUAAAUGGAUUGAUGUUCCUAUAGGACAGGGGUUCCCACCCAAUCUUCAAGUCCCCCCUACCAGUCCAAGAUUUAGGGAUUACUUUGUUGUGUCUAAAGUGUUGUUGAUAUUUUGCUGGAAUCUUACAGUCAUUUUUACACCUAAAAAACCCACAUGGAUAAGACUCCAAGUAUGCAUUUAUAGGGUCUAGUACUCGCUAUAAUAAUUAACAUCUGGGGCGAUUUUUUAAUGGAGAAAUCUUAAUCUAAUAGGCAUUGGCAUCAAAAAGGAAUUGUAUUUUUUUUAUUUUUUUUUAAAUAGGAAUUGCUCCAAAUAGUUAUUUUUCUUACUUAUUUAGAUCUACAGCAUAAUACAUAUGCAAGGCUGAAUUUGAUGGACUUAAGUCUUAUAUAACUAAGUAUUUAUUACUAAAUACUAUGCAUGUAUGCAGCAGGCAAGGGGCCCAUGUCUAGGGAGAUGUUGGUCUCUCCUAAACAAUGUCCAGAGCUACAUCCUUCGUCUUCUUUUUUUUAAAAUUAAUUAUUGAGAUUUUUCAAGUUUAUAACAAUGACAACAAGAUGAAAAAAUUACAUUGAUACAAUAAACAGAGAUGGUAUAAAUCCAUAUUUUAUAUAAAUCACAGAUUACUUAAUUCUAAUUGCUUAUACAAGUAAAGAGAGUGUAUGACUGAUGUUCAUUUAAGCCAGGGGUCCUCAAACUCCAGACCCCCAGAUGUUGCUGAACUACAUCUCCCGUGAUUCUUUGAAUUACAUAGAUAGCCAGAGAAUCAUGGGAGUUGUAGUUCAGCAACAUCUGGGGGGCCGGAGUUUGAGGACCCCUGAUUUAAGCCUUAAACAGAGCUACAUUCUUCUAACAUCAAGUAAGGGUUAUGUAUAAUAUGGUACCCUGCUAUUCACUCGCAGUGAUUGGCGUCCAAUAAUUUGCCAGUAAGUGAGCUGAGGAAAGAAAGAUUUGCAGCAUUAAUGCCACUGAUCUUGAUUCCUAAGGAAUUCUGAGGACAGAUUUCCUAACUUCGAGUCAUUGAUCUAGCAGCAUAAAAUCAUAUUGCAUAUCAUUAUCACAGUAAGCUAAGUGAAAGUGGUUGCACAUACAGAAUGAUGACAUUUACGAAGCCAGCAUAGCAGUUUCACAUUAUUCUUCCAAGCACAUACAGGCAAAUCCCCUGGAAAGAGUUCAGUAAAUGUUAAAUAAAUACAAAUAAUGAUUUACUUUUCCUAAAGAGAAUUAUUUUGUAUUUACACAGUGGUGAAUGACUGGCGUGCUCAUGUGGACAUGAUUACACAGUGAGUAUAUUGCAGGGUCUGUGUUUUUUGUUUUUACAUGCACUAACAUUAAUAUAUAUGAUAACCAGUCCACUGAUAUACGUUGCCCAGCAAUCACUGGGUGUUGGGCUAACACAGUACUCACAGCUUGUUGUCGUAGCUGAUUACUGCCAAGGUCGGAUAGUUUUGGGCAGAUAAUAUGAUAAUAAAAUGUCUUGUGCCCAGAGAUGCCUGCUUUUUUGUCAAACUGCUUGAAAUUGUUUGCGACAAAAACACUGGAAUUAGCUCAAAAACAUGUCUUGCUCCAUACCCACUCCCAUCACGCUGCAAAGCUUAGCUAAACUGAAAGUAAUUAAAUUUUAUUAAAUUAUAGGUAAUGCAGUCAUAUGUCAAAUUGCAGCAUCACCAAAGUGAUUAUUGUCAGCAACUCAAAGUGAAUUCGAAGAGAGUCUCUAAUUGUAGACCAAAAUAGCCAAACUGGAAGCAUUUCUGAAUUGGAGAAUUCUUUUUAAGUUCAGCUAUUUUGACUUUAACAUUUGAAAUUCACUUAGAAUUCCUGGCAAUUCUCACUUUUAUAAAUAACCCUGGAUGUGAAUUUCAAGUAAAUUUAAAAUCUAAGGCCAAAGUGACCAAACUGGAAGCAUAGCAGACUUGGAGAAUUUUUCCAGUUCGGCUAUUGCUGCCUUAAAUACGAAACCACGUUUAAAUUCACUUUAAACUCCCGGCAAUUGUUACGUUUGUGAAUAACCCUGAAUAUGAUGACAUUAGAGCAUAUGUAACAAUUUCUGACAAGUCAUUUAGCUCUCCAUAAGCAGUUUUGGUUAAAAUAAAGGAAACAGUAAAUUUUGCAUACACAAAUGGUACACAUACAUCGCAGUGCAGUGUGUGACAUAAUAAUCGUGUUACACACACUCUAGUUCUACCAAGAACUAUUUUCAAUUUCUUGGAGUACAGCCCAGAUUAUUGUUAUUAUUAUUAUAACUGGUUAUAUGUAGAGCAAAAGUCUGUUAUAAACACAUCCUACUCAGAAACAUGUGAAUGUUCCUCUGUUGGCAAAUAAGAUAUUUCUAUGACUGUCAGUUCAGGAAUGUGUCAUUUUCUCUAAUUACCUUAAUUAUAUUAUCGUACGCAGAGUUUUGUAAGCCAUCGAACAAUUUCAGCUAACAUCAGAACCUCGCAGUGAAAAUUUCAGCGUUAGGACAUGCCCGAUAGGACAUUAUGACUACAGUAUGCAAUUAGGGCAGAAGUGGAGGACCAGAAAUAGGUUCUCCUUUCCCUGAACAUAAGAAGUCUUAAAUAAGUUACUUUUUCUUAAUUGUGAAUUGAUUUAAUGCCAGGAAGUAGUUCAAUAUUUAAGAGUUUAAACUACCGUUAGGCUGCACAAUUCUACAGGGUCUGAAACCCUUACUCUGCCAUGGACUUAUGCAUUAACCCAUUCUGCUUCCCUUGUCUCUAUGUAUGUUCACUGCAAUGAACACUCAAUGACCACCCCAGUCAUAUAAAGUUCAAAAGACAGAGUAGUUGCUUUUUAAUGCAUGUACAUCGUAUAUAUGAAACACACUUUUCUUAGGGGUGUAUACAACAGAAGGCAAAAUCAACCAAUCAUAGAAAUGUAGUGAAUUAUUCAUUUAACAUUACGUAUUGCAGUUAGUCUAUUGCGCAUGUAUAGCACGUCUUAUCUGAAAUAUGCAGUCUGAGUUCUCUGUCAGUUUGACCUGUGAGAAUAACAAGGGAGUCGCUGCCUGCAACAGAUAGCAGACAGGGGAGAAAAUUCUUACUUUUAAUCCCUGCAGACGUGGUAAGACUUAACUAAGGCAAAGGCUUUCAACCCUUUCUUUAACUUUAUUUAUAACAAGUCCCCUUUUUCUGGCACUGCAGGAGAGAGGGUGAGGCAAGGUAUAUCCAGAUGUACUAAUUACACCUGUGGGACUUUAAUUAAUCACCUCUAUUCCCUUAUCCUUUCCCCCCGCCAAUAGAACCAUCAGAAAGGCCUGUACAGAUAUUUGUAGAUACAGGAUAAUAUAUGUUAUUAAAUCCACGUCUCAUUAUGCAAUACAUCCAUAGGUUAAUAUAUAUAUAUAUUUAUUUAUAUAGCUCUGUAUGUCUGUGGGAGUAUUCACUAAGCAUUGCAUAGGUAAAACAAUUCAUAUCCAAUCAAUUACCAAUUAAAUGUCAUUUGUCUUUGUUUAUUUUAGCUUGGAAGUAAUUGAUGAACACAAAGUCAUUUUGACGUCAUCUUUGGAUUGUGCUGUGCGUCUCUGGAGCUUAAACGGAGAGUUUAUUGGUUAGUUUUUGACUAUCAACCUUUCUAAAUUGUGUGUGAUAGAGGAGAUUUAUGUACUCUUUGCUUACAUUUCUUUUCCAGGAACGUUUGGCCAGGUAGACCCAUGGGAGGUUUUUACCCCAGCCUCUUGGAAACAUCCUAUGGUGCCAUAUGAGAUACUUAUUGAUCCAGAAAGUAUGCCUGUCCAUCCAAUUCUAGAGGAAGAAGCAGACCUUUCAGAAACAAAUUCUUCUGAAGUAAAAGAAGAACCUGAAGAUACUUCAGAUGCAAAGGUCUAACAGCAAUAGAAUGUCAGCUAACUUAUUGCACUACAGUAACUUGUCAGUUUGUCUUCUAGCUAGGAUACAACUGAUAUAAUACAGUAACAUGUUUUGUCUUGAGGUAGUCACCUGUAUCAGGCUAUAGAAUCAUUAUAGCAGAAGAAGCAAGCAAAAAUGAAACACAGCAAUUUUACAUUCCUUCACUCCCUCCCAACUUCGGUCUCUCCAUGGCCACCACUCCGCCCCAACUGAAAUUAUCAUUAACGAUGAUCUCAGCAAUCCAAUAUUUCAAAAUGAGAAGCACUGGGGACUACUGCUCUACCGCUCAAUCAGGAUCUCCUCAUAGAAAUACAUUAUCUCAAAAGCAUCUCUAUGGGGAGCAUUUGUUGUCUUCAUAAUGAGUAUGAAGAUGCCAAACCUCGGUCCUAAAAAAAAUUGUGACCGCCACAAAGUUGUUCUAAGGAAUCAAUGUAAACUCAUCCUUUUAUCAGAAACGUCAGCGUUUACACUGGUGAGACUGCAAGGUUAGUCUCUUUGCACCAGAACCAUUACGUUAGGCUGUAUUGGUUCCAGUGCAAUGUGUCCCUUUAAAGCAGGCUUCCCCAAACUGCGGCCCUCCAGAUGUUGCUGAACUACAACUCCCAUGAUUCUUUGAAUGAAAUAAAUAGACUGAGAAUCAUGGGAGUUGUAGUUCAGCAACAUCUGGAGGGCUGGGGUUUGAGGGCUUUAAAGAAAUCGAAUCUGAAAAGAAAUAUUGCCAUGUACACAAAGCACAUGUCACAUGUCAUAAGAAUGUAAUUUGUAGCCAUUAUUAAUGCUUUCUUUUUUGUAAUUUAGUAACCUAAUAGCUUCCUCUUAAACCCAGCUGCAUAUACAUGGUGGCUUACUGCAUGGACAUUCCUAUUAUGCAUCAAGGUGCAGGGGAAGAGAUCUGUGUCUCCAGCGCUCUUUCCUGUUUACUGCAUGGAUUUGCUCGAGCAAACCUAAGAGCAGAGGUUUAUGCCAUGGCCCCGUGACACAAGUCUCUAAAAGUGCUCAGCAUGGAUGUGUAGAUCAGCUUGUCCCUUGCAAACAACCAUUCUAUGGAGUCAAUUGACCAUAUAUGAUAGGUAGCAGAGAUAGUAGGUCCCAGCAGACAGUCUUAAGGGAACACUCCAAGCACCAUAACUACUACAGCUUUCCCAGAGUAAUUUAUCAAUGGUUUGACAACAUACCUGGGUCUCACAGGGCCCAUCCGCAGACCUGGUAAUAGAAUCCAGUUAGUUCCACCAAACUAAGCAAGGUCAUUCUCGUUGCCUGAGAGCUUCAGCUGAACACACUCAGUCAAUGGGGAAGGUCCUGUAUCAGACUUAUUUAGCUCAGUGAAGACAUCUAGCAGGAUCAGCGGAUGUGGUGCAAGUGCCUGGGAGCACCAAGGUAACUGGUCAAAUCAUCUAAAACAGUUUAACAAAUUACUCUAAUAGGGCACAGGUGACUCCGGGCACCAUAAUCACUAAUUCAAAUGCUCAUUCUACCUUCUUACACCUCUGUCCUUGGUUUAAUGUGUUUAAUAUGUUACAUUACAAAUGCCAAUAUGUAUUUAAACACAAAUAACAUUGUAUAAUACUAAAAUAAGUCAUUAAUCUAUAAUUGUCACUUGUUGCGAUAUAAUCCUUACAGAAUGAAGAAAACAAUAAUACAAAAGCCUUAGUGCUCAGACUUACAGAAGAAGAUAUCAAAGAAGAAAUCAAAAAGAAGGAAUUGUCAUAUGUCCUCGGAAAAAGGUAAGUCAGAGUUAAAGUUUUUUUUAAAAAAAACCAGUUCACAAUAUAAUAUGUCUGAUCGUUCAUCUGUCAGUGGCUACUCUCCUUCCACAAGAAAUCAGGGCCAUUGAGCAUUUCCAGAGUCCCCAAAGCCGCCAACAAACCCCUUUUACUAUCUAUAUAGGGCAUAGUCAACCUUCGGCACUGCAGAUGUUUUGGACUACACCUCCCAUGAUGCUUAUUAUGUGUGUAAGAGCAUUAUAGAGGAUGUAGUGCACAACAUCUGGAGUGCCGAAGGUUGCCUAUCCCUGAUCUAUACUAUUAGUUUAGAUAGGUCUAUUCAAUAAACUCCAGAUCCUCCAACUUUGCUAUUAUUAGGUUUAGUGGAAAAAAAAAUCACAAUAGCAAAAUUGUACCCCCAUAAACAGCCAUAUUCUCCCACCAUAAAACCACACCACUAUAUUGUGUAGCCAAGUACAUGGUGGUUAACUGGUUCCGUUUGCACGAGGGAGCUGAUCUGUAUAUAUCAUUCUGUUGCACAGAACAGCUGCUUCGCUGUUCUGUGUGUGAGUGGUAGCCUAAUGAUGAAGAAGACGUUAUGAUAUCAUAUCCCUAAGCAUGCUGUCCCAGAAAGCCCCCUCUAACACACAGCAUCAUGAGGGACCAGUGUUGUGCUAUGUGCUGGAGAAUGUACACAGCCAGAUUGUCAGUGUUCUCUCACUGUACGCUGCCAAAGAUGAAAAAAAGGAAAAGCAAAAUGUUGAGUGGCUUCCAGGCUGUCCUGCUGGUGUCAAAAUAGGAACUUGAACACACACUGAAUGUCCCUCUGUAUUGUCUCUAGCCCUGCUAACAAACACUCUGACUACCUUGGUUAGAUGGUGUGUGGGGAGAAUGUUAGCCUUUUUUGGCAAUACAGGGCCACUAACACAGCUGGGCCCCUUAUGACAUGCCAUGCUGAACCCUAGCUACAAACCAAGCCCUUCAACUGUCCCACUUCAUAAUUAGUAUUGGUUACCAGAAGUAGAUUAUAUAAAUAUAGAGAGGGAGUGAGGCAGAGAUACCUGUAUGCUGAUAUACAUCUUGCAUUUUUUCCCUCUGAUGUCAUCGUAAUAAUUUGUCAUUUAAUCUUGUAGGUUACGUCAUGAGAAAAACAAGAUCUUACAUAAACCUUUGAAUCAUGGUGGGCCAACAGCGUUUCACACACUAAAGUACUUUGAGCUAGAGAAUGGCUCUAUAUCCUUUAAAAAGCCGGAUAUUUCUGUUGCUGGUGUCGACCCUUCGCUGAGCUAUAUGUUCUCUUGAUAAAAGAAAGAGAACCGAAGCAUGGGAACUUUUAAUUAUUUACAGAAAUGUUUAAUUAUUUACAGGUUUUUGGAUUUAAUAUAAAAAAAUAAAAAAAAGAUUAUUCAUACUUCAGACAUAGAACUCAUCAUGUGAUUCCGAGUUAUACCUAAAGGGACACUAUAGUCACCAAAACAACUUUAGCUUAAUGAAGCAGUUAUGGUGUACAGAUCAUGUCUCUGAAGUCUCACUGCUCAAUUCUCUGCCAUUUAGGAGUUAAGUAACUUUUGUUUUUGUCCAUGCAGCUCUAGUCACACCUCCCCUGGCUGUGACUGACACAGCCUGCAUCAAAUCAAAAUGGUCUCAUUUUCCAACACACCUUACUUACUUCAGAAGAUUUUUUUUCUCCUGCACUGUAAAAUUAACUUUAAAUCACACACAGAAGGUUCCUGUAUGGUCUAGAACAGGGAAUUACCCAUUUGUGUCUAAAGUUUUUUUUUUCUUCUUCUUCUAAAACUACCUUAGACACAACUGGUAAUCCCUAAAUCAUGGACUAUUAGGGGGUACCUGAGGACUGGGUUGGGAACCACUGGUUUAGGCGGCUACUAACAGAGCAGGAGAUAAGAAAAUGUAAAUUAAACAGACUGUGCAAUAAGGAAGUGUAAACAUUGCAAGUAACAUGCAGGGAGGUAUGGCUAGGGUGCAUAAACAAAGUGAUUUAAUUCCUAAAUGGCAGAGUUUUGACUAGUGAGACUGCAGACACAUGAUCUAUAUGCCAAAACUGCUUCAUUAAGCUAAAGUUGCUUUGGUGACUAUAUCAUCCCUUUAACUAAUUUCCCAUUUUUUUCCAACUUGAAAAUUCAACCUUAACGGAAGAUACAUAGUAAGUAAAUUCCAUAACUGAUUUACUACUCAUUUUAAAGAGUUUAAAAGAGAAUGGGAUUUUUGUUUGAAACAUGACUGAAAAUAUGUUCUAAAAAAUUAGUGUAAAGUAAUAAAAGUGGAGCUAUCACUAUGGAAACCAGCAAAUCCAGCAGACGCAAUCAAUCCGUGGCUGCCAUUUUUAGCUAUCUGCACUUCUUUUCAAAAGACGACACUUUUUAAUCAUAACCCACAACAUUUCAGAAAGAAAAUCGCCUCUAAAUUUACCUCCAAAGCAGCAAAUAAUAGCGGGGCCAAAAAAAUCCUCUUCAAACAUGAGAGGUCUGAAAUCCAAUUCGGCAUCUCCAAUAGGCAUCUAUGGGAGAGCUGUACGUCUCCAUUAGCCCCUGCAGUGAAACUUAUUUACUAAAGUGAGAACUCACAGUGAAUUAAAAAUCUAUUUGAAAUUUAAAGGCCAGAGUUGAACUGAAAGCAUUGCUCACGUAGACAUGUUUUCCGCGAAUUUGAUCUUAAAUUUGAAAUUCACUUUAAUAUUUAUACAGAUAAAGGCACAUUUAUGUGGGUUGUUGAACCUAGAAAGCUUGGUGGAAACUCCAAAUAAACACGUGUGAAUUGUUGGUUUGGCAACAUUUAUUAAAGGAACACUCCAAACAAUAUAAUUAAUACACCAUGCUUUAGCGUUUAAGAUACCAGGAGUGCCCUUGUGUCCAUUACAUUAGAAGUAAAACCAUUUGCAAAUAACUUGAAAACUUACCUGGUGCCCACCAGACGCCGGUCACCUCCUUUGUAAGAUCUGGAAUCGCUCUUCAUUGCAAGUAGCCCUGUGGUGCAAGGCUUAGCUUAUUGGCUUAGAGCAAUCCGCUGAUGUGAUGAGCAAAUGAGCUGGCUGUACAGAAGAGUUUAGCGCAGAAGAACAGUUCUAAGAUCCUUAGCAAUUUGACUACUUACAUUGGGGGUACGAUGACCGGGAACUUCUGGCACGCAUAGUGGUUAUGGUGCAUGAAGCAGGUUCCUCAUCAACCGAUUGUUAUGGAAAUAUUUUGUAAUUAUCUCAAAUUAUUGUUACAUUUCCCCCUUCAUAAUAUUGUAAAGCGCUGUGUAAUAUGUUGGUGCUAUAUAAGUGCCAAUAAUAGUGUAGAUCUAUCCCGAAAUGCCUUGUAGCUCUUCAAAUUAGAGGUUCAAAAUAGUAUUUAAAAAAUAAAAUAAACAAACUACCUAAUAGCUUGAUCUGGGUAGUACUUUGUUUCCUUAACUUGGUGAUGAAAGGCAGUUACGUUGUAACAUUGCACAAAUACAUGACAGGCAAGAUAGUAGAUACAUAGUAUAGUGCUCCAGCCUAAAGGGUAAUGCAGUGAAAGAAUGGAGUCCUCUGGGGAGCAGACUGAAUGGGCAAUUGGUCCUCAUCUGCCAUCUAAAAUGUUGUUCUUGCAUAACAUUCCGUAACUUUAUACUGUGCAUUUCCUUCACAACAAAUUAAAGUGUUCACAAAAUGAAAC